CACUUCUGAGCAGUUGGAGCAUUCCCAGCCUUGCCUCGGGUGUAGGGAUUGCUUGGGAAAAAGCAAAACUACACGGAUCCCAACCUGUGUAGUUUUGUUUUUUGGGAAUAUUCUUGAGGCUCAACCGUUCUCACACUGGAUUUUGGAAAACAUUUCUGGAUAAGGAGGUUGUUUUGGAAGACUAACACCGCUUUGGGCUCCGUCCCCACUGUUCAAGGCACUCUUGUGGAUACAAGGUGCCCAACAUCAUGACAACACAGGCGCCAACAUUUACACAGCCGCUUCAGAGCGUUGUGGCACUUGAGGGUAGUGCCGCAACGUUCGAAGCCCAAGUUAGUGGUAACCCAGUUCCUGAGGUGAGCUGGUUUCGUGAUGGCCAGGUUCUUUCUGCUGCCGCUCUGCCCGGCGCUCAGAUCUCGUUCAGCGAAGGCCGCGCUGUUCUGAGGAUCCCCGCCGUGACAGCCGCACACAGCGGAAGAUUUUCUGUGAGAGCCACCAAUGGCGCUGGACAAGCCACUAGCACUGCUGAACUCCUGGUUACAGCGGAAACUGCGCCACCCAACUUUAUUCAGAGACUACAAAGCAUGACCGUGAGACAAGGAAGCAAAGUGAGACUGGAUGUCCGUGUGACAGGAAUCCCUACACCUGUGGUGAAGUUUUACAGAGAGGGAGCUGAGAUUCAGAGCUCAGCUGACUUUCAGAUUGUUCAAGAUGGAGACCUUUACAGUUUGUUGAUUGCCGAGGCUUUUCCUGAAGACUCUGGUACAUACUCAGUUAGUGCCACUAACAGCAGCGGACGUGCGACUUCAACUGCAGAACUACUGGUUCAAGGUGAAGAGGAAGCUGUGCCUGCUAAGAAAAUUAAGACAGUCAUUUCAAGCUCUCAGAUUUCACAGGCCCGCCAAACCAGAAUGGAAAAGAGAAUGGAAGGUCGCUUUGAGGCCGCAUCCAUGCAGAUGCAAAUGGAAGGAGAUAUUCUUGUUCAACAGAUGGCCCACAAGACUCCACCACGUGUGCCACCCAAACCAACCUCCAGGUCCCCUCCAUCCCUUGUGACUAAAGUUUCAGCUACUCGUCAACAGUCACCUUCUCCUGUGAGGCAUGUGAAGGCACCCACACCAACUCCUGUCAGAACUGUAUCCCCCUCCACAAGACUGUCCAUAUCACCCAUCAGACCUGUCAAGUCCCCAGUGAUGACCCGCAAACAGGUUACAACAAGCACAGAGGUUCUGCCUCCAUGGAAACAGGCGGGCUAUGUGUCUGAGUCCAGCUAUGUAGCCAGCAUGGCAGCUAGAGCUGCACAGGUUCAAACCACUACUCAGGUCCGCAUGGAGCAGCGCUGGGAAGGCUCCAUCGCCAUGCAGCAACAAGUCAGCGGUGUCGCUGUCAAAGAGGGUGCUGAGAAAAAGGCUGGAGCUGUGGCCAAAGUGCUUGCUGCGGUGGAUCAAGCACGUGUACGAAAACCUGUGCAUGUUGAGAGUGCUUUGGCUGAAGAGGAAAUGGACAUAAAACAGCAGGCAAUGCUAAGUGCUAAGCAACAGGCUGCAAGUAAAGUGGAGCUGUUGCAAAUUCCCAGUGAUAUACCAAGCACUUCCACCGAGCAGACCGUUCAUGUCAGCCAGAUCCAAAGAACUACUGAGGUUAAGGCCCAGGUGGAUACUGGCCUUGCCCCAUCCCCAGUUCCUCAUUUCACAGUUUCAAAAGUUACUGUUCCUAAACCUGAUCAUAGCUAUGAGGUCUCAAUAGCUGGCUCUGCUAUUGCCACACUACAGAAAGAAUUGUCUUCCACUCAUACUGCUCAAAAGAUCAUCAAGCCUGUCAAGCCUCCAACUUAUAAGAUUGUGGAGACAAGAGUGACUCCAGAACCCACCCCUCCUCCUUUUAGAGAUGCCACUGAGAAAUAUCAGUUGCAUUUCGACACAGAGUUACAGAGACAGAUAGGUGCAUCAUAUACAGGGGAAUGGGAAACACAGGUUCUUGAAACAGCUGCAGUUCCCUCAGCUGCCAAGGAGCCAAGUAUUCCUCCAACUGUUGUUGCUGGCUUGAAGAACCUGACUGUUACUGAGGGCGAGUCUGUGACUCUGGAGUGCCAGAUUUCAGGCCACCCCACACCAGGCAUUAUGUGGUUCAGAGAGGACUACAGGAUUGAGAGCUCCAUUGACUUCCAGAUCACAUAUGAGCAAGGAUAUGCCCGUUUAGUGAUUCGUGAGGCUUUUGCUGAGGAUAGUGGACGUUUCACUUGUACAGCUACAAAUGAGGCUGGAACUAUCAGCACCUCCUGCUACCUGCUUGUUAAAGUGUCUGAGGAGAUUGAGACCAGAGCAGAGAUUACUAUGGAGAAACAGGCUGUUAUUGAGACUAAAGAAGUGGCUACGUCCGAAGUCAGAGUUGUCUCUGAGACUGUGGAAGCUGGAGCAGCUGCAGCUGCAUUCUUUGUGAGGAAGCCAGUUUCACAGAAACUUGUGGAAGGUGGAAGUGUUGUGUUUGUUUGCCAGGUUGGAGGCAGCCCCAAACCUCACAUCUGCUGGAAGAAGAAUGGUGUCCCUCUCACAUCAGGAUACAGAUAUCGCGUAAGUUACAAUAAGGACACAGGAGAAUGCAAAUUGGAAAUCUCCAUGACAUUUGCUGAUGAUGCUGGAGAGUACACUAUCACUGCCAAGAACCAGCAUGGAGAGGUAUCUACCUCCACAAGACUUCUUGAGGAAGAGGAAUAUGAAGCUUAUAUGAAAACACUGGAUGUGACAUACAAAACAGAAGUGAUCACUACAGUGGUUCAGGAGCCCAAGGUGGCAGACUUGCCCCCUGUGGUCAUAAGUGAAUAUGACAUGCAAAGAAGGAUGGCUCAACAAGCACAGAUGAUGACAUUCAUAUCAGAGAGGGAAUUCCAAAUCUCUGCUAUUGAGCAGAGAAUCAUUCAAGAGAUUGAGAUAAGGAUCCUAAAGAUUACAUAUCGUGAACUGGUGAUUGAGGAUGGAGAAGAAAUGCUGUUGAGUGCAGCUGAGCAUGAGGCAAUAGGAUCCUCUUUCAGCACACCCGUCAAAAGCUACAGAAUCAUGGAGGGAAUGGGUGUGACAUUCCACUGCAAAGUGGAAGGAAAUCCCUUGCCAAAGAUUGCAUGGUACAAAGAUGGCAAGCGCAUCAAGCAUGGAGGCCGUUAUCAGAUGGAGGUUCUUCAGGAUGGUAGAGCCACUCUGCGUCUUCCUGUGGUGCUGCCAGAAGAUGAGGGAGUCUAUACAGCAUUAGCUAGUAACAUGAAGGGUAAUGCUGUCAGCUCCGGAAAACUCUAUGUGGAGUCCACAGCUGCUGCUCAGCCUUUUUAUCCUCAGACAGAAGCAAUGAAGAGAGUACAGUCUGAAUCCCCCAUGUCUGCACGCUCCAUUAGCCUCUCCCCCGGACGUUCCCCUGCACGUUCUGUUAGCCGUUCUCCUGCUCGCAGACUGGAUGAGACAGAUGAGACCCAGCUGGAAAGGCUUUACAAACCUGUGUUUGUCAUGAAACCAUCAUCCUUCAGGUGUGCCGAAGGACAGACUGCAAGAUUUGAUUUGAAAGUUGUUGGAAGGCCCAUGCCCGACACUUUCUGGUUCCAUAACGGGCAACAAGUGGUGAAUGACUACACCCACAAAAUUGUGGUGAAGGAGGAUGGAACGCAGUCAAUGAUUGUGGUGCCUGCUAUGCCUCACGACUCUGGAGAAUGGACAGUUGUUGCUCAGAACAGGGCUGGAAAAACUACUGUUUCUAUGACUCUAACUGUAGAAGCUAAGGAAAACUUGAUUAGACCACAGUUCAUCGAAAAGCUAAAGAAUGUCAGUGUCAAAGAAGGAACCUUGGUUGAGUUGGCUGUCAAAGCCAUUGGAAACCCGCUCCCUGACAUUGUCUGGCUGAAAAACAGUGACAUAGUAUCUCCUCAUAAGUACCCAAAUAUUAAGAUUGAGGGAACCAAGGGAGAAGCACGUUUCAGAAUCCCCCAAACUGCUGGUUCUGAUAGUGCAUGGUACACAGCUACAGCAAUUAAUAAAGCUGGACGGGAUACCACGCGCUGCCGUGUCAAUGUUGAGGUGGAGUUCGUUGAACCUGAACCAGAAAGAAGACUCAUUAUUCCUAAGGGAACUUACAAAGCUAAGGAAAUUGCUGCACCAGAGUUGGAGCCACUGCAUCUCCGCUAUGGUCAGGAACAAUGGGAGGAGGGCGACCUUUAUGACAAGGAGAAGCAGCAGAAGCCUCACUUCAAAAAGAAACUGACCUCAGUAAGACUCAAGCGUUUUGGUCCUGUACACUUUGAAUGCAGACUCACCCCUAUUGGUGAUCCCACAAUGGUUGUUGAGUGGCUACAUGAUGGCAAGCCCCUGGAAGCUGCUAACAGGUUACGCAUGAUUAAUGAAUUUGGCUAUUGCAGUCUUGACUACGAGGUUGCAUAUUCCAGAGACAGUGGUGUCAUCACAUGCAGAGCUACCAACAAAUUUGGUGUUGACCAGACCUCAGCCACCCUGAUUGUGAAAGAUGAGAAGAGCCUGGUUGAGGAAAGUCAGUUGCCUGAGGGGAGAAGGGGACCGAGAUUAGAUGAAUUAGAGCGCAUUGCUCAUGAGGGAGCUCCUGCUGGAGUUACUGGAGAUGAAAUCACUGAAAAAACUAAGCCUGAGAUUGUCCUGCUUCCAGAGCCCAUUAGAGUGCUGGAGGGGGAAACUGCUAAAUUCCGUUGCAGAGUAACUGGAUACCCAACCCCAAAAGUCAACUGGUACCUGAAUGGACAGCUCAUUCGCAAGAGCAAAAGAUUCAGGCUACUGUAUGAUGGCAUUCACUACCUUGAGAUUGUGGACUGCAAGUCUUAUGAUUCAGGAGAUGUCAAAGUAUUGGCAGAGAACCCUGAGGGCACUGCAGAAAACACUGUGAAGUUAGAGAUCAAACAGAAGGAGGAUUUCAGGUCAAUUCUGCGGCGUGCUCCUGAGAUUAAGGCUCCAGAAGGUCCUGGCCCUGAGCAUGGCAGAGUAUCUUUUGAUGUUGUUAAGGUGGAUAAACCUGCUGAGCCCUCACAAGCCAAAGAGGUUAUCAAGCUAAGGAGGGCUGAGAGAGUUGUUCAUGAGAAGCCUACAGAAGAGACAGAGGAAUUAAGGAGCAAAUUCAAACGCAGAACUGAAGAAGGCUACUAUGAGGCCAUUUCCUCAGUAGAGUUUAAAUCUCGCAAGAAGGAUGAGUCCUAUGAAGAUAUGCUGAAGAAGAGAAAGGAGGAGCUUCUGCACUGGACUAAGGAGAUACCUGAAUCUGAGAAGAAGAAGAUAGAAGAGGAACGCAAACUUACCAUUCCUACCAUCAAGCCUGAGAAAAUAACUCUUUCCCCCAGCAUGGAGGCACCAAAGAUCUUAGAACGUAUUCAGAGCCAGACCGUCACCCUGGGGGAAGAAGUACGCUUCCGUUGCAGAGUUGUUGGUAAACCAGAUCCAGAAUGCCAAUGGUUCAAGAAUGGAAUCUUGCUGGAAAAAUCUGACCGCAUUUAUUGGUACUGGCCUGAGGACCAUGUCUGUGAACUAGUUGUUAGGGAUGUCUCAGCUGAAGAUUCGGCUAGCAUUAUGGUAAAAGCCGUUAACAUUGCAGGAGAGACUUCAAGCCAUGCUUUCUUGCUGGUGCAAGCCAAGCAAGUUAUAACCUUCACACAGCAAAUAGAGGAUUUACAUGCCAAAGAAAAGGACAACAUGGUAACCUUUGAAUGUGAAACAAAUGAGCCUUUUAUCAAGGUUAAAUGGUUAAAGAACAAUGUUGAGAUUUUCUCUGGGGAAAAAUACAGGAUGCACUCUGACAGAAAAGUGCAUUUCCUGUCUGUCCUGAUUAUCAGCAUGGAUGAUGAUGCUGAAUACACUUGUGCUGUUGUUGAGGAUGACCACAUAAGAACAUCAGCCAGACUUCAUGUUGAAGGUGCACCACUUGAAAUUGUGAAGAAUUUGGAGAGCAUUGAAGUACCAGAGUCAUAUGCAGGGGAGUUUGAGUGUGAAGUGUCCCGUGAGGAUGCUGAAGGCACCUGGUACUUUGAGAACAAAGAGAUCACCCCAGGUAUGAAGCAUGUUAUGUCCUCUCGCCGUGGAAGACACAGCCUGUGUGUCAAGGAUGUGAAGAAAGAGGACCAAGGCAAAUACACUUUCAAAGUGGGUGAUCUAAAGACAAGUGCUACCCUGAAGAUGAAAUUGCGCCCAGUUACACUGAUGCAAGGCCUUUCUGACUUAACCGUCUGUGAAAGUGAUAUUGCUCAGAUGGAGGUGCGAUUCUCUCAGGAGAAUGUGGAGGGAACUUGGUUAAAGAAUGGUCAGCCCAUCUCUCCUACUGAUAGGAUUCACAUUGUUAUCGACAAACUGGUACACAAGCUCCUUAUUGAAAACGUCACCAAAGAUGAUGCUGGAACUUACUCCUUCAAUGUUCCUGCUCAUCUCAUUUCCACUACAGGAAAACUAACUGUUCAAACAAUUGGUAUUGUAACACCUCUAAAGGAUGUUAGCACAAUUGAAGGCACAAAGGCUGUGCUAGAAGCCAAAAUUUCAGCUGCUGAUGUGAGCUCAGUGAAAUGGUACCAUAAUGACAAGCUACUGACUGCUAGUGACAGAGUCCAGGUCGUGACUAAGGGCUCCAAACAGCGACUAGUAUUGAACAGGGCAUAUGCUUCUGAUGAAGGACAAUAUAAACUGGUUGUUGGCAGAGUUGAGUCAUCAUGCAAGCUAACUGUUCAGAAGAUCAGUAUCGUAAAGCACAUGGAGGACCGUGUGUGCACUGAGACCCAGAAUGUCACAUUUGAGGUUGAGCUGUCUCACCCUGGCAUUGAUGCUCUCUGGACUUUUAAGGGUCAACCUCUGAAGGCUGGUCCUAAGUACAAAAUUGAUUCUAAGGGCACCAAGUAUAGUCUCAUUGUUCUCAAUGCCAUGAAAGAUGAGGAGGGCCCUUACGUGUUUGCAGCUGGUGAAAAGACUUCAAGCGCCAAACUUACAGUAUCAGGCGGCGCCAUAAACAAACCACUGCAGGAUGUAACUGUUGCAGAGUCCCAGACAGCUGUGUUAGAGUGUGAAGUUGCCAGCGCAUCUGCUGAGGGAAAGUGGCUUAAGGAUGGACAUCCUGUUGACUUCAGUGAUAACGUCAGGAGUGAACAGAUUGGUGCUGUAAGACGCCUUGUCAUUGUCAUCUCAAGACCGCAGGAUAUUGGAGAAUACACAUACCAGGUGGCAAACUCUAAGACCUCAGCUAACCUGAGAGUUGAAGCUGUAAAGGUCAAGAAGACACUAAAGAACCAAACUGUCAUUGAGACACAAGAGGCCGUGUUCAGUAUUGAACUCACUCAUUUAGACGUGAAAGGGUCCCAGUGGAUCAAGAACGGAGUUGAACUUCUUCCGAGUGAUAAAUAUGAAAUCACAGUAGAAGGCAUGGUUCACACCCUGAAGAUUAAAAAUUGUAACACCCAGGAUGAAUCAGUUUAUGGAUUCAAACUCGGAAAACUCACUGCUAAUGCAAGACUCAAUGUUGAGACAAUUAAAAUUGUGAAGAAGCCAAAAGAUGUGACUUCCCUGCUAAAUUCUACUGCUUCCUUUGAGUUAAGCGUAUCCCAUGAUAAUGUCCCUAUUAAAUGGAUGUUCAAGAACCAAGAGCUUAAGCCAAGUGCCAAUAUCCAAAUCCUUUCAGAGAGGAAAGCUCACAAGCUGGUCAUUUCCAAUGUUGAGGAAAACAUGGAAGGAGAAUACACAGCUAUAGUGGGACAUGUGCAGUGCAGUGCAUUUUUACAUGUUGAGUCUUUGAGGGUCACAAAGCCCAUGAAGAAUAUUGAGAUUCCAGAGACCCAGGUGGCCACAUUUGAAUGUGAAGUUUCACAUUUUAAUGUUCCGUCCACAUGGCUGAAAAAUGGAGUUGAGAUUGAAAUGAGCGAAAAGUUCAGAAUAGUGGUGCAGGGCAAACUCCACCAACUGAAGAUCAUGAACACCAGCAGAGAUGAUACUGCAGAAUACACAUUUGUCUGUGGAAACGACAGAGUCUCAGCCACCUUGACUGUUACCCCUAUACUCAUCACCUCCAUGCUCAAAGACCUCAACGCUCAAGAAAAGGACACCAUUACAUUUGAAGUAACUGUAAAUUAUGAGGGCAUCACCUACAAAUGGCUGAAGAAUGGUGUAGAGAUUAGAUCCACUGACAGAUGCCAGACUCGUUCGAGACAGUUUACUCACUCUCUCACCAUCCGCAAUGUGCACUUUGGGGAUAGUGCAGAGUACAAGUUUGUGGCAGGAUCUGCUGAGACAUCAGCAAAGCUGUUCGUUGAGGCUCGUGUCAUUGAGUUCACAAAACACAUCAAAGAUAUCAAGGUGACUGAGAAGAAAAAGGCCAUAUUUGAAUGUGAGCUCUCUGAGCCCAAUGUUCAAGUUACAUGGAUGAAAAAUGGGCAGGAACUUGAGAUAUCCGAAAGGUUCAAGGUUUCCACAGACAAAUACAUUCAGCGCUUAAUGAUACAGACUGUUCGCAUGUCUGAUGCUGGUGAAUACUCAGUGGUUGCUGGGUCAAGCAUGUCCAAGGCUCACCUCACAGUAGAGGGCAAAGAUGUCCGCAUUACUGAACCUGUUGAGAAAGAAAUAACGGUGCUUGAGAAGCAGAGAGCUACACUGGAAUUUGAAGUCAAUGAGGAUGAUAUUGAAGGACGCUGGCUCAGAAAUGGUGUUGAAAUUCAAUUCACACUUGAUAAGCGAUAUAGCUAUGUGACCAUUAGGAAAAUUCAUCGCUUGACAAUCACUGAAACCUGGAGGAGUGAUGCGGGAGAAUACACUUUCAUUGCUGGGAAGAACAGGAGUGUGGUGACACUACAUGUCAACAUUCCUGAGCCUCCUCAGAUCAUCAGGCAUAUGGAACCUUUGUCUGUUGAGGCUGGUAAACCUGCACGCUUCUCUGUGGAAGUGACUGGCAUCCCUCAGCCCCAGGUCUCCUGGUAUAAGAACUCUCAGGCAUUAUCUCCUGGAUUCAAGUGCAAGUUCCUGAGAGAGGCAAAUGAACACACUCUGCUGCUCAUUGAAGUCUUCCCAGAAGAUGCAGCUCUGUACACCUGUGAGGCGAGAAAUGACUAUGGGCAGGCCACCAGCUCUGCUUCGCUGAAUGUUGAAGUUCCAGAGGUUGUUUCACCUGACACUGGUGCACCUUUAUCCCCACCUGUUAUCAUAUCUCCAAUACAACACACCUCUGCCACUGAAGGAGGAUCUGCCAGAUUUCAGUGCCGGGUGUCUGGAGAAGAUCUGACGAUUACCUGGUUCUGCAAAGACCAAGAGAUCAAACAGUCAAACUUCUUCAGAAUGUCUCAAUUUGACGACAGCUGUCAGCUGGAGAUCGCCAGAGUUUAUCCCGAGGACGAAGGAGAGUACACCUGUGUUGCUCGCAAUUCUGCUGGAAUGGUUUCUUGCUCCGCAGUACUUAAACUGGAAGUUACCAAACGUGAGGAUAUUGAAACCAAGAUUGAAGAAGUCGUCAAAGAGUAUUCUAGUUUGACUUGGAAGACUGACGAAGAAGAAGAAGAAGAAACCUUCAGCACUUCUCUACAAUUACCUGAAACAGCUAAAACACUUGAACUCAAGCCAGAACAAAAACAUUACUCCAGUUCUUUCGAAAAGAAAAAGAAAGCACCUGAUUUUAUAACCAAGUUAACACCAUCUGUAGUCACAGUUGGCAGUUCAGCUAGGUUUACUGUCACUGUAUCUGGCUUUCCAAAACCUAAAGUUCAGUGGUUUCAUAAUGGAAAAUCCAUUACUUCUUCAUCUGUGCACAAGUUUGUGGAGGAAAGAAAUGAAUACAGUCUAAUUAUCAGUGAGGUUAAAAAGGAAUUUGAGGGCGAGUAUUCUUGCACUGCCAGUAACAGAUUUGGCCAGACUACCUGCACAACAACACUGAAAGUAGAAAUUAGUGAUUUAUCUCCAGCAGAGAAAUGGGUUGAGAAAAUGUUUAAAAUUGCUGGAGAGCCACCCUGUUUUACUACACAAAUCCAGUCAGUGCAGUGUGCUGAGGGAUGUGAGGCUAAAUUUCAGUACAAAGUGACAGGGAAUCCUCAUCCAGAGGUUCAGUGGUUUAAGGGUAGUUAUCAAAUUAAACCUAGCCCAAAUUGUUGUGUAGUCACAGACCCUGAUGGCACUGGUUUUCUUAUAAUGAUUGAUGCACAGCAGAAGGACAGUGGUCUCUACACAUGCAGGGCUUCCAAUUGCUUUGGAGAGGCAACUUGCAGUGCUGAAUUGGUUGUGUUUCGUAAAAGUUUCUCGGUAUCUCAUCAACAGCAGCUAGCUCGGGGUCAAAAGGCUUAUAAAGUGUCCACAACUGAAGAAGCAACUGAAUCUCGAUUGUACAGUGUAAGUCUUCCUAUUCAAGCCAGAACCCGAGUGCAGGAAGGACACCAGAUGAUUUAUACAAUUGGCACUGAAGAUAAACACACUAUAGCCAGUGAACAAGUAGGUACAUUCUGUGAGAUAGAUGUUUCAGCUGCAACCAUGCACAAGGAGCAGGUAACUCACCAAGCUGCAGUUCUGCAGUCUCACAAGAUGCAGGAAAGAGUAACUGUAACUCCCAUCCAGCCACAAUCAGCUGUGGCAACACCUCUGAAACAGCUUCACAUGGCUGCAAUGACCUCUGCUGUUCAAGAAAACCAAGGUUUCACAGAGCAGCAUUUUGACCGUAUUAAAAGUCCUGAAGUUACAGAGCUUGAAAUUGCAAUGGAGCAGCCAUCAAAGUGUAUGUCUGCUAUAACAGAGAGUGUGACUCCUCUAACAAUAGUUAAAGCAGAGCCUCUAGCUAGGCAAGAAGAAAAGCAGCUAAAAGCAACUCCUGAGCCCAAGCACCAAAUGUUAAGUCACCAGGUAGAAACAGCCCUCGCAAUAGUUAAAGAACAAUCACAGAUUAUACCACAGACAGAAGCGGAAAAGAGCUACCAAGUUAAAGAGGGUAUUAAAAUAUUGUAUUCAGCAGUUUCCACAGAAAAACAACAACUAACUGAAGGACAUGCAACAGAUAUCUCUGUUUUAGAUUCAGCCAUUCGGUCAUCAGUAAAGACAGAAUCUUCAAAACCAGUCAUUCUUUCAGUAAGUGAGACCAAGCAAAUGCUAUCAAAAGAGGAGAAAUUUUCUAUGCAGAGGACAAAUGAAGAGACUGCAUCUCUGGCUAAGGAUAGGGUAUUAAGGUCAGCUCUUGUUGCUGAGGAAACAAAUGAACUUAAAGCUGAUAUAACAAGUAUAAUUCCAGGUUUGGACAGUGCUGUUUCAGUUCACACACAGAGUGAAGAAGAACAGGUAUUUAAUUUACAGAUAUUUACAGAUCAGACAGUUCUUCCCUCUGAGGGUAGAUUCAGUAGUGAGAGGCCAAGUCCUGAGCAAGCAGAAGUUAGAAAAUCUCCUACUCUUAUGCAGACAGUGUCAACAGAUGAUCAAGGGACUGUUACAUGUGAAGAGUCAACUCAGUUAUCUGUUCAAGAGACAGCAAUUUCCAUAGUCCCUCGUAAAGAGGUUCCUGCCCCUUUGCAUCUACAGGCAAUUCACCCAGACAACAUGCUAUCGAAAGAGGGGAUACUCUCAGCAGAGCAGCCAGACCAGCAGAUGGCAGUUCUGAGACAGGAAAGGGCCCGCAAACAUGCAGUUACUACAGAGGAGAAAAGGGAGCUGACAGCAGACUAUUCCAGAGCUCUUGAUGUUUCUGUGGCAGGAUUUCAAUCUGAAAUCAGGAAAGAACCAAAACCUCAAAACAUUUUGCAAGUGUUCACAGAACCAAUGCAACUACCAAAAGAAAAGCCAUUUGCCAGUGACAUUAAGCAACAACGUGCAUUAGUGCAAAAAGAGGAUCACUGGAAUGUUUUACAUGCCAUGUCUGUAUCAGACAGAAAAGAUCUUGACGAAGGACAUACAGAGAAUUUAGGUGCAGCUGAACAAUACACAUGCUUGACUAAGAUGGAACCUAAAAUAUCAUCAGAAUUUGUUCAUGUUGAGGAGAAGGCAAUCUCUACUGAAAGUACAAUUUCUCUUGAGGCUGCAGAACAAGACUUUGCUGUUCAGAUUCAAGAAGGACAGUCCAUUAGACAGUCAAUAUUAAUGGAAGAGAAGCAUGUUAUAAGAGGUGAAGUAUCUCAGAAUAUUACAAAAUCAGAAACUACCAUUGCUGUGGCUAGUCAGCAGCAAAUGGGUGCUCUACUAGUGUCAGAGUCCAGAGAAAGCCAGGUUCUUCCAAAGGAACUUACUUUUGUUAUCUCAGCACCAAAAGCACAUAGCUUAGACAUAAAGCACCAGUUGAAAAACAUGCUUUCAUCUGCUGUAGCUAGAGAUCAGCCAUUAAUCCUCGCAGAUGUGGUUGAACGUUUAGAAGUUGUUGAAGUGCAGGAAGUGAAAGUGCAGAAGGAGCCCAAGUAUAUUAUAUUCACAUAUCUUAUUACAACUGCGGGCGCUCCCAUUGAGAUUACAAUUGCUUUUGAGGGAGAGUAUCCUCAGACUGCCGACCUCAAGAGUGAACUUCAGGCUGCAUUUUAUUCCAUUAUAUUUCGUGAGCAUCAGGUUCUUACCUCUGAACAGCCAGGAACAAUGCAAAUUGACAGGCCCCAGAGAUCACAAGUUAGCAGGGCUACCUCCAAGGAAAGGAUCUCACCAAUGGUAGAGACUGUGCGAUUAACUGAAAAUGCGGAAGGUUUUUUGCCACCUAAAACUCAAUCAGCUGCUCUGAAAACUGAAGGCGCAGCCACUUUCCAGUCUGUUAGUUUUCAGAAAGAAACUAUUGUGGAAGACUCUAGGAGUAGAAUGAUGCAGAUGUCCAAAGAGUCAAAAAUGGAAUUGAAGCAAUCUGUUCAUACUGAAAAACAGGAAAUCAGAUCAGUGACAGUAGAAAGUCAAGAAAGAGAUGUAGGUGCAGGAGAUAUCACAACUAGUGUGUCUUUUGGGCAAGUACCAGUUGAACAACCUGCUGAUGUAUUCGUUAGGAGUGAAGGACUGCAGAAAUAUCUAAUGGAAGAGACAAUCAUAUUACAAGAAGAAACAGUUAGGGAUGAUCACUCAGUUUUUGAAAGUACUUUAGAGGACAUCACCCUUGAUGAAUAUUCUAAAGCAACCUUUUCUGUAACUAUAAGAAAUGUUUCAAAGGUGAAUUGGCUUUUUAAUGGAAAACAAAUUAAGUCUGGCAAAGAGUUCAAGUGUUCAAAAGACAGGGACACCUAUACACUAGUAAUAGACAAUGUUAUCAAGAAAAAACAUGAAGGCGAAUUCACGUGUGAGGCUGUGAGUGAAGCUGGCACAACAAGGACAUCAUCAAGGCUCACAGUAGUCACAAGAGUGCCACCUGUUUUCAGGCAUAAAAUCCAUGCUCUGGAGACUAAUGUUGGCAGCCCUGCCAAAUUUGAAUGUGAGAUUGAAGAUGCUCCUAAUGUUACCUUCAAAUGGUUCAAGUCUGGUUCUGAGAUCAGGCAGAGCGACAAGUACAAGAUCGUCAGCCACUCUACCACAUCAUCGCUGGAGCUUCUGAGUCCAACACAAGCUGAUAGUGGAGAGUAUAUGUGCAGAGCUUUAAACCAACAUGGUAGCGACAGUUGCUCUGCUAACCUGACUGUGACAGAGGUUUUCCCUCCAGAAUUUGUGUCAAAGCCUGAACCGAUGACAUUAUUUGUGGGCAAACAAGCAAAAUUUCAGUGUGUUAUCACUGGUUCUGCGCCAAUGAAUGUUGUAUGGUACAAGGACAACAUUGCUAUUUUGCCCGAUGAGCACUAUAAAGUGUCCUUUGAGAAGAACAAGCAUUGUCUUGAGAUCAUGAAACUUGAGCAAAAUGAUCAGGGAACUUACCUUUGCAAAGCUUCUAACAGUGUUGGCAUGGCUACAUGCUGCACUGAAAUGAGAGUUAUAGACAAACCCAGUUUUGUGAAGACCUUUGAAUCAACUUCUGUAGCUGUGGGUAAUCCACUGCGGCUUGAGUGUCAGGUAAAUGAAGAUACAGGAGUGACUAUCACUUGGACAAGGGAUGGCAAGAAAAUCCAUAACACUAUGGAUAGCAAAAUUUCUUUUGAUGAGAAAGUGGUCAGCCUUGAUAUCCCAAAGACCAAGAUUAAAGAUACAGGCACUUAUGUCUGUACUGCUACAAAUGAUGCUGGAAGCAGCAGCUGUUCUUCUGUGGUUACGGUGAAAGAACCUCCGGUAUUUGUUAAGAAACUGGAGCCUAAGAUCCUGUGGAAACAAGGCAUUUCUGCACGCUUAUUGUGCGCUGUUAAAGGAUCUCCUGAGCUCCAUGUCAGUUGGUUUUUAAAUGACAAACAACUCAGUUCCAGUGAAAGACACAAAAUCAUCUUCAAAGAUGGUCAAGCUACACUUGAGAUUAUUGACCUUACUGUGUCUGACAGUGGAAAUUACACCUGUGAAGUAAUGAACGAGGCUGGCUGUGAAAGCUGUAGCACCAACUUGACUGUUAAAGAACCCCCUGCUUUCAAAAAGGAGUUAGAAAUGGUGGAAGUGGUCAAGGGGUAUGCUGCAAAAUUCCAGUGUGAAGUUACUGGCACUGCUCCAUUUGAUGUCACUUGGUUUAAGGAUAAGAAACCAGUGACCAUUGAUAAAAAGCACAACAUUGUAACAAAGGACACCAUUUCAUAUUUGGAAAUACAUUCAUUUGACAGUGCAGAUGUUGGGGACUACCAAUGUGUUGUUUCAAAUGAUGUUGGUAAAAUAACUUCUAAAUCAGUAGCCAAACUGAAAGACCCUCCAUCUUUUGUAAAAAGGAUUGAAAACACAACUGCAGUUUUGGGCAGUGCUGUGAAACUGCAGGGUGCUCUUAAAGGCUCAGCCCCUAUCACUGUCACAUGGCUAAAGGAUUCUGAGCUACUCAGACAAGAUGAUCCUAAUAUUACAAUGACUUUUGAAAACAACAUUGCAAGUUUGGCAAUAGCACAAAUAGCCAUGAACCAUGAUGGAAAGUACACAUGCCAAGCUGAAAACGAGGCUGGCCAGCAAAAAAGUGAAGCCAAGUUAUCAGUUCAAGAACCUGCUAGAAUUGUUGAUAAAGCACCAUCCAUCAGUGUAACAGCAGGAGACUCUGCAACUUUGGAAUGCACUGUGUCAGGAAGUCCGGAUCUCAAAGUUAAAUGGCUUCGUGAUGGCAAGGAAGUGAUAGGAGGCCGAAAAUAUAAAAUCUCUUUUAAGGAAAAUGUAGCAAGCUUAAAAAUCCUCUCAGCAGAGAGGGGAGAUAGCUGCGAAUACACAGUGGAAGUUUCCAAUCGGGUUGGAAAAGACCACUGCUCUUGCUCAGUCACAGUUCUUGAUAAAAUUAUACCUCCAACCUUCACAAAAAGUCUUAAAAAGGUUGAUGGUAACCUUGGAGGAAAUAUACAGAUGGAAUGUAAGGUGUCAGGGUCGCAGCCCAUGACAAUAUCUUGGUUUAAAGAUGGAAAGGAGAUCACAACUGGGAUAAAGUACCAAACUGAAUUAAAAGAAAGCACUGCUUUAUUGAAAAUAUUCCAGUUGGAGACUGCUGAUGCUGGGGUUUUCACAUGUCAUGCAACUAAUGCUGCAGGGCACAGUGAGACCAGUGGAACAGUAUCUGUUAAAGAGCCACCGGUCUUCACAUUGAAACCUGAAUCGCAAGAUGCUAUACCAGGGUCUAAUGUUGUUUUGAAAGCUGCUUUUAUUGGAACACCAAGUUUUACUAUUAAAUGGUUCAAAGAAGAGAAAGAAAUAUUUACUGGAGAUACUUGUUUCAUCAAGAAAGAUGCUUCUUCAAGUACCUUGGCACUGCACUCUGUAAAGCCAUCACAUUCUGCCAGAUAUACUUGUCAAGUUGCCAAUGAUGCAGGAAGUGUUUCAUGCACCGCAGUCUUAUUUGUGAAAGAGCCUCCAAAGUUUGUGACGAAACUUGAUUCAACUAAAUUAGCAGUGAAUGGCAGUGUUGUGGUUUUGGAGUGUGAAGUAACUGGCAGUCCUGAAAUUUCUAUUACUUGGUAUAAAAAUAAUAUAGAAAUCAGCCCAAGCAAUAAAUAUCAAAUGACCUUCACUGACUCAGUUGCUACACUGCAGAUAUCUAAUUGCAGUUUUGAAGAGAGCGGGGAUUAUAUUUGUGUAGCAUCCAGCGAUGCUGGCAGUGACAAAUGCAGUUGCUUGGUUACCGUCAAAGAACCUCCUGCGUUCAUUAAGUUAUUUGAAUCCAGAGAAGUCGUCAAAGGUUCUGAUGUUGUACUUGAGGGAUCUGUCUCAGGAACACCUCCAUUUGAGGUUUCGUGUUUCAAAGACUCAAAGCAGAUCAGAAAUGACCGCCGGCAUAUCAUUGGGAUAAAGAAUGAUGUAGUUACUAUUGAGAUUCUCAAGUUUGAACCUGGAGAUGCUGGCAAAUAUAAAUGCACAGUAGCAAAUGAAGUAGGACAGACAUCGUGUGAUUGUGAAAUUAUACUGAAAGAGCCACCAUCAUUCACGCAGAAGCUAGAUAACAUGGAUGCCUUACUAGGCACCGAGCUUAAAAUGCUGUGUGUUCUGAAAGGCUCACUGCCUAUGACAGUGUCAUGGACAAAAGGUGACCAUGAGGUCAGAGAUACUGAGGAUGUCCAGAUUUCUUUUGAGAACAGAACCGCAGUUCUGCAUUUCUCUAAUGUGAAGUUAAAACAUUCUGGAAAGUACACUUGUCAUGCCCAGAAUGAGGCUGGAAGUCAGAAGUGUACAGCAGCUUUGGUGGUCAAAGAGCCAGCAAAUAUUACAGAGCAGGCCAAGUCUAUCAGUGUCACAGUAGGAGAUCCUGCCACUCUGGAGUGCAGGUUCUCAGGCACUAAAUCCUUGAAAGUUAAAUGGCUGAAAGAUGGAAAAGAGCUGACAUCUGGCAAAAAAUACAAAAUACAAAGCACUGAUACAAGUUCCAUAUUAAAGAUCCUUUCUGCAGAGAGGAAUGAUGAAGGCGAAUAUACAUUUGAGGUUUCAAAUGAUGUUGGCAGCAGCAUUUGUGAGGCCUCUGUAACAGUACUAGAUCAAAUAAUUCAGCCAUCGUUCACAAGAAAAUUAAAACAAUUGGAAAGUAUUAAAGGAUCCUUUGCACACUUGGAAUGUCUGAUCGCAGGAUCUCUGCCUAUAACAGUCACUUGGUUUAAGGACAACAAGGAGAUAGAUACAAAUGAAAAACAUAAGAGUGUUUUCUUUGAGAAUGCAGCAUCUUUGGAAAUCAGUCGUCUUGAUAGUUCGGACAGUGGAAAUUACACCUGCAUUGCUACAAACAAAGCAGGCAGUGCCCAGUGUUCUGCUGUCUUAAAAGUUAAAGAACCUCCUGUUAUCAUUGAGAAACCUGAGUCACAGCAGGUCAUACCUGGAACCAGAGUGAAAUUCAGUGUACUUGUGUCUGGAACUCCCCCGCUGACCAUCAAGUGGUUCAGAAAUAGAAAAGAAGUCUUAUCAGGUGUUGACUGCUCCAUUCAGAAAGACGACUCUUCAAGCUCACUUGAGCUGUUUUUCACUAAGCCAUCCGACUCUGGAGACUACAUUUGUGAAAUAAGCAAUGACGUUGGCUCAGAUUCCUGCCAAACAACACUCUUUGUCAAAGAACCCCCCAAAUUCAUCCGAAAGCCAGACAAAGUUUCAGUAGUGAAACCUGGACAGUCCGUAAUUUUUGAGUGUGAGAUUGUGGGCACACCGGAAAUAGACACAUACUGGUUUAAAGACGGUAAUGACUUAAGUCCAGAUGACAAGCAUAAAAUGAGUUUUGUCAACUCUUUGGCACGGCUUGAGAUUACUGGUGCUGAUCUUAAAGACAGUGGUGUAUAUUACUGUGAGGCCCGUAAUGAGGCAGGUAGUGAGAGCUGUAGCAUGGAUCUGAAAGUGAAAGAACCACCAGUUAUUGUAAAGCCAUUCACUCCUGUAGAGGUUGUGAAAGGUUUGAAUGCCUCUUUUGAGUGUCAAAUUAGAGGCACAGCUCCUUUUAAAAUAACUUGGCAAAAAGAUUCCAAGGAGAUAAUGCCAAGCACAAAACAUGUGUUCUCUCAGAAAAAUGGUUCACUAAUGUUACUUGACAUACAGAAAUGUGAUGACUUGGAUGUUGGCGAGUACCAAUGCAUUAUUUCAAAUGAAGCUGGAAGUUGUUCAUGUAGAGCAACACUAAGCAUAAAAGAACCACCAUCAUUUGUAGAAAAGAUCCAGAAUGUUACUACAGUGUUGGGAAAUGUAGCAGAGUUUAAAUGUGUUGUUAAGGGGUCACCUCCUCUGAACAUACAAUGGCAGAAAGAUGAAACAUGGAUCUUGGAAGAUGCCGAGAUUGUGAGAACAUUUGAAAAUAAUGUUGCUACAUUAAGAAUUCCCAAGUGCCAGUCUAACCAUAGUGGAAGAUACACCUGCCAGGCUAUGAAUGAGGCAGGCCAGGAGAAGUGUUUUGCCACUCUUUUGGUUCAAGAGCCUCCCCAGAUUAUUGAAAAACCAGAAAUUAUAAAUGUCACUGCUGGAGAUCCCGUCAGUUUUGAAUGCAAGGUAACAGGCACUGCUGAACUGAAAGUGAAAUGGAGUAAAGAUGGCAAAGAGGUGGUCCCAUCCAGACAACAUAGCCUCAGUUUUGUCAACAACAUCAGUAACCUUAAGAUUCAGUCUGCGCAGUUAGAUGAUGGAGGAACUUACCUUUUUGAGGUCUCCAACUACAUCAGUACCUGCAAGUGUAAAGUGACUUUAAAUGUCCUAGAACAAAUAAUUCCUCCUGCCUUCAUCAAACCCCUGACUGACAUGGAGGAGAUUCUAAGUUCCCCAGUAAAACUAGCAUGCAAUAUAUCUGGCUCGCUCCCAAUCUCUGUGGAGUGGUUUAAAGAUGGAACUAAACUGACAGGAAAAACCAAGCAUAAACUCGUUCAGGACCACCACAGUGUCUCUUUGGAGAUUGAGCGGUUAGAGAAAGCAGACACUGGAACCUACUCUUGUAAACUUACAAACAAAGCAGGCAGUUGUGAAUGCAGUGGAACACUGAGGGUGAAAGAACCCCCAAGCUUUGUGGUAGUGCCUGAGCCACAGGCUGUCAUACCAAAUACCACUGUUCGUUUUAAAAGUACCUUUAAAGGAACACCUCCCUUCAUGGUGAAAUGGUUCAAAGAAGAUACUGAACUGAUUACUGGACCAUCCUGCUUUAUUGGCCUUGAGGGCCUUUCAAGCUUCAUAGAUCUUUAUGCUGUGGGACUUUCAAACACUGGGCCAUACUCUUGCCAAGUUAGCAAUGAUGCUGGUACAGCGAAAUGUACCACAAGCUUAUUGGUGAAAGAACCACCUGAAUUUGUACAGAAACUACCAGCAACAAAGUUUCUAAAGAUGGGAUUGCCACUCCGGCUUGAAUGCAAAGUUACUGGCACACCACCUUUGAAAAUUAGCUGGUACAAAAAUGACAAUGCAGUCAUUGAGAGUAACAACAUGAUGAUGGCUUUCGAUGGCUCGAUGGCAGUGCUUGAGAUUUUAAGCACCUCCUGUGAUGAUGAUGGAGUGUACACCUGUGAAGUUCAGAAUGAUGCAGGAACUAAGAGCUGCAGCACCACUCUCUCAGUCAAAGAACCACCAGUUUUCCAGAAAGUGCCCUCACCUGCUGAGGGGUUGAAAGGCAAAGAUGUAAGUCUUAGCUGUGAGCUGAAGGGACAUGCACCAUUUGAGAUAACCUGGUUUAAAGACCAAAAGCAACUGAAGGAAAGUAGAAAGUACAAAUUUGUGUCUGAGGGACACUUUGCUACUCUGCACAUUCUUGGACUGGAGGCAUCAGAUGCUGGUGAAUAUGAAUGCAAAGCCUCAAACAAUGCAGGAAGUGAUGCCUGCCAAGGAUUGGUGAAACUCAGAGAACCACCAGUUUUUGUCAAGAAACUGACCAAUAUGACAGUCAUAGCUGGUGAGGAAGUUACUCUUGUGGCAACUGUCAAAGGCUCUGAGCCAAUCAGUGUGUCUUGGGUACAAGACAAGGACCAUGUUCUUAGAGAUGGUGACAACAGAAAAAUUACAUUUGAAAAUAACCAGAUAUCUUUGAGGAUCUUUAAAGCUGAUUCGACCACUGCUGGGAAGUAUACCUGUGAGAUUAAAAAUGAUGCUGGUGUGGCACAAUGCAUGGCAAACCUAACUGUUCUAGAACCCGCUGCCAUUUUGGAUAGGACAGAGUCUGUAAGUGUCACAACUGGUGACCCAGCAGUUUUAGAAUGCACUGUAUCUGGAACCCCAGAGCUUAAACCAAAAUGGUAUAAAGAUGGAAUGGAGCUAUCUUCUGGACAGAAAUACAAAAUCACCUUCUCCAAAAAGAUAUCCAGUCUUAAGGUGUUAUCCACAGACAAAGGUGAUACUGGAGAGUACACCUUUGAGGUCUCAAAUGAAGUUGGAAGUGAUAGUUGCAAGAUGCACCUUGGUGUUUUAGAUAAAAUUAUCCCUCCCACAUUCUCAAGAAAAUUGAAGGAUAUGCACAGUAUCGUUGAUAAACCUAUUGAAUUGGAUUGCAAGGUCUCGGGUUCUGAACCUCUUACCAUUUCAUGGUAUCACAAUGGCGAGGAGAUCGAGAGUGGGCCAAACUAUGAAAUUAGUUUUGCUGAGAACACCUGUACGCUCAAGCUGCCCAUUCUAAAACUGUCUGAUGCAGGUUCAUACAUGUGUAAAGCAGUGAACAGUGCUGGAACUGCUGAGACUACUGCCUUACUUGAUGUUAAAGAACCUCCAUCUUUUGUGACACCCCCUCAGCCAGUUGAGGCACUCCCGGGAUCAAAUGUCACAUUCACUGCAACUGUGAGAGGAAGUGCCCCAUUAAGGCUGAAAUGGUUCAGAGGCAGUACAGAGAUUGUGUCUAGCAGAGCCUGUGAGAUCGCUCUGAGAGGAGACAUAGCUACACUAGAACUCUUUAAAAUUGACAAAUCUCAUGCAGGAGAAUACACCUGUCAAAUUAUUAAUGACGUUGGGAAGGAAAACUUCCCUGUGACCCUUUUUGUCAAAGAAGCUGCACGCUUUGUCAAAAAGCUGAAAAACAUCUCUGUUGAAGUGGGCAAGUCAAUGGUACUUGAAUGCACGUAUGCUGGAAGCCCUAAGAUUCUGGUGAAGUGGCAUAAAGAUGGCCAGGAGAUCUUCUCCUCUUAUAGAUACAAUAUUACAACUACUGAGAGCUCCUGCAUCCUGGAGUGUCUCAACUGUGAUAAAGAGGCAGGAGGAAAAUACUCAUGUGACGUUUCCAAUGAAGCUGGCCAUGACACCUGUGAUGCAACAGUGUCCAUUUUAGAGCCACCAUUCUUUAUUGAGAGUUUGGAACCAAUGGAAGUGACUGCAGGUGAUGCCGUCUGUCUGAAAUGCCAGAUUGGGGGCACUCCUGACAUCAAAGUCUCCUGGUUCAAAGGGGAUGGCAAAGUUCGAUCUUCUCCGACCUGUAGAAUUGAGUACUCCAAAGGCGUUGCCUGUUUGAAAUUAGCCAAAACCUCCAAAGCUGACAUUGGAGAAUACACUUGUACAGCAGAAAACAGCAUUGGGUCUGCCUCUUCUAGCUGCCACUUAACUGUACAAGAGGCCAAGACGCCACCAUCUUUUCCCAAGAAAAUUACUAGCAUUCAGCAAACUGUAGGACAUAGUGUCCAGUUUGAGUGCCGUGUUGCAGGAUCAUCUCCACUGGAGAUCUCUUGGCUUAAAGAUGGUGAAGUUCUAAAGAGUAGCUCAGAGUACACUAUGACUUUCGAUGAUAACUCUGCUGUACUGAGAAUUGCACAGGGAGAAAUGAGACACUCUGGGGAAUACACUUGUGUUGCAACAAAUAUUGUUGGAACUGCCUCUUGUAGAGCCAAGCUCACACUUCAAGAGCCAAGAUACCCACCUGUGUUUGAUAGAAAGCUUUCACCUGUGGAUGUUUCAGUUGGAAAUACUGUGCAAUUGGAAUGCCACAUGACUGGAUCAUUGCCUAUAAAAGUCACUUGGUCAAAGGAUCAUAAAGAUAUCCGCUCAGGGGGCAAUUAUAAGAUAUCAUGUGUGGAAAACACCCCGCAACUGACUAUUCUAAAAGCAGAUAAGGCUGACUCUGGCCUCUAUUCUUGCCAUGCUAGUAAUGAUAUGGGGAAGGACUCUUGUUCAACAGAGGUCACUGUGAAAGAACAAAAGAUUCCACCAAGCUUCACCAAAAAGCCUUCGGCAACCCUUGAGGAAACUGAAGGCAAACUGUUGAAGAUUGAGGCACGUGUUGCUGGAUCACUGCCCAUGAUUGUCAACUGGUAUAAAGAUGACAAAGAAAUCUUCAGCUCUGACAGAUAUGAUAUCACCUUCAGAAGCAACAUGGCUGUGAUGGUGAUAAAGAGUUCCUCCAGCUCAGAUAGUGGUACUUAUACAUGCAAAGUCACCAAUGAGGCUGGUUCUGCUUCUUGCCAGGUUUUGGCUCAUAUUACAGAGCGGAAGGUACCGCCGAACUUUGACUUGCCUCUUAAACCUGUGACACUGAAUGAGGGUGAGACACUUUCACUUAGCUGCCAUGUACGUGGCUCUCCACCACUGAAAAUUCAGUGGAUGAAGGACAGAAGGGAGUUGAUGUCCUCUGCUAGCACCAAGAUCACCUUUGUAGAUGGCACCGCUACACUAGAAAUGCUUAAUGUGUCUAAAACAGAUGCAGGAGAUUACCUCUGUAAGGCAACCAAUGAAGCUGGUAGUGAGUUCUGCAAGUCCAGAGUUACUAUCAAAGAGAAGCCAAAAGCUCCUGCUGCUGCUCCCACUCCAGCUCCUGCAGUACCUGCAGCUCCUGAACCAGUUAAGAAAUUGGACAAUUUGUUCUUCAUUGAGGAACCCAAGAGUGUCCAUAUCACUGAGAAGGGCACUGCGACAUUUAUUGCCAAGGUUGGCGGUGAUCCCAUUCCUAAUGUGAAAUGGAUGAAGGGCAAAUGGAGGCAGAUGACUCAUGGUGGUCGCAUUGCCAUUGUGCAGAAGGACCAAGACGCCAAGAUGGAAAUUAGAAAUGUGACCAAAUCUGACGCUGGACAGUAUAGAUGUGUAGCAUCAAACAAACAUGGAGAAAUCGAAUCCAGCACUGAUCUGACUGUUGAUGAGAGGAAAGAGAUUACACCUGAAAUGGUCACACUGAAGAAGACACCCUCAAAACAGAAAAGCCCCAAAGAGGACAAGGACAUUGAUAUUGUUGAGCUGCUCAGAAAUGUGGAUCCCAAAGAAUAUGAGAAAUAUGCACGCAUGUACGGUAUCACAGAUUACCGUGGCCUUCUUCAAGCCAUUGAACUGCUAAAGAAGGAGAAAGAAGAAGAACAAAGUGCAAGACCUGAACUGGAACAUACAAGACGUGAGUCAGAAGAAGAAGAUCUAUCAAAACUUGUGGCUGACUUACAGAAGAGAAUGGAGCAAACUGAGCCUGUAACACUGAUCAGAGACAUCACUGACCAGACUAUAGUUGCCAAUAGAGAGGCUGUGUUUGAAUGUGAGAUCAAAAUCAACUACCCAGAGAUAACACUGUCCUGGUACAAAGGCACCCAGAAACUUGAUACAAGUGACAAGUACGAGAUUAAAGUUGUUGGUGACCGCCACAUCUUAAAGAUCAAGAACUGCCAGACCCGAGAUGAGGGCAGUUAUCGCGUUGUAUGUGGACCACAUAUCUCCAGUGCCAAACUGACAGUGUUGGAAGGUGAAGUGGAACAGCACAUGGAGGAUGUUGCUGGUAAGGAAGGCCAAACCUGUACACUCACAUGCCAGUUCUCCAUACCUAAUGCAAAGGCUCAGUGGUUUAAAAAUGGAAAGCUUUUAGAGCCUCAUGGCAGGUUCACAUAUUCUGUGGCCAAUUACACUCAGAAGCUAUCAAUUAAAGAUGUUAGGCCUGAAGACCAAGGAGAAUAUACCUGCAAAUAUAAAAACCUUGAAACAACUGCAAAUCUUUGGGUUGAAGCGGAGCAAAUACAUUUCACUAAACGCAUCCAGAACAUUGUGGUUCGGGAACGACAGUCUGCAACUUUUGAAUGUGAAGUGUCCUUUGACAAUGCAAUUGUAACAUGGUACAAGGACAUAUGGGAGCUUAAAGAAAGCCCAAAGUACACAUUCAGGAGCGAAGGCCGACGACACUUUAUGAUUAUCCGCAAUGUAACUUCGGCGGAUGAAGGCGUAUAUUCAGUGAUUGUCAGAUUGGAGCCCAGAGGCGAAGCCAAAAGCACAGCAGAGCUUUACCUGUCAGGGAAAGACAUUGAUGUAGGAAGGGUACCUUAUGAUAUUCCUGACUCGUCAAUACAAGUCCCUGAAGCACCAUCUGCAUUUACUGUCGAAGCUGAAUCAUCUGUUGAAUACUAUCAAUAUGAAGAAAAGAUGGAAAUUCAAGAAUAUGAGUACAGAGCAGAAGAAAGGAUAGUAGAGGAAAUCUCUGUUACAGCCCCAAGAAUUCCUGUGGAAGAGAUUGUUGAGAGGAAGGCACUUGGAGUGAGAGAAGAAGUACCAACCAAAGUUCCUGAGAUGGUUGAGAAACCAGAGGAGAAACGUACACCAGUUGAGGAAAAGAUAGAAGCACCCGUAAAAGUACCCGAAGCUAAGAAACCUAAAGAAGAAAAAGUCAUACCACUCAAAGUAGAAGAACCAAAAGUACUUCCCACUAAAGAAGAACGCGAAGUGGUACCUGCUCCGCAGCCAACCAAAGUUGCUCCUGAGAAAGUGCCAGAAGCUGUAGCACCUGUGGUUUCCAAGCCUAAACCUAAAGAACCUACACCUAAACCUCCAUCAGUACCUGAAACCAUACCAGAGCCCAUGCUGAAGGCCAAACCUGAGCCUACACCUGAAAAGAAGCUAGAAACAAAGCCUGAACUGAAGCCUGUACCUCUGAAGGAAAUUGAGCCAACUCCAGCCAAAGUUCCUUUGGAGUUAAAGAAACCAAAACCAACUGAACCAGAACCACCAAGGGCAGUACCAACCAAACCAGAACCAGCACAAGUCACUGUGGUUCCUAAGGACAUAGUCCCUCAAAAAGUACAAGAACCUUCCAAGAAGCCAGAGGUUCCCUCAUAUAUACCUGCAGAGAAAGAGGAAGUGCAAGAAGAAAUAGCAUUGUUCAGGAAAGAAAUCACACAUAUCCCUAAAGUAGAAGAAGACAAAGAAGAAAGGAAAAAGAAAGCUGUUCCUGACCGCAAGGAUGUAACACCUGUACCUCAAAUAUCUAAACCCAAAGUUACACCUGUCACCGAGUCCAUGUUGGAGGCCAAGCCCGAGCUUAAGACUGAACGUAAACCUGAGUUCAAACCUGAACCUAAACUUGAUGUUAAGCCUGAGCCCAAACCUAAGGUCAAACCUGAGCCAAAACCCGAGGUGAAGCCAGAGCCCAAACCAAAGGUUAUGCCUGAGCCUAAACCUGAGAUCAAACCUGAACCUAAACCUGAGGUUAAGCCAGAGCCCAAACCUGAGGUUAAGCCAGAGCCCAAACCUAAGGUUAAGCCAGAGCCCAAACCUGAGGUUAAGCCAGAGCCCAAACCUAAGGUUAAGCCUGAGCCUAAACCUGAGAUCAAACCUGAACCUAAACCUGAGGUUAAGCCAGAGCCCAAACCUAAAUUUAAGCCUGAGCCUAAACCUGAGAUCAAACCUGAACCUAAACCUGAGGUUAAACCAGAGCCCAAACCUGAGGUUAAACCUGAACUUAAACCUGAGGUUAAGCUUGAACCCAAACCUAAGGUUAUGUUUGAACCCAAACCUGAGAUUAAACCUGAACCUAAACCUGAGGUUAAGCCAGAGCCCAAACCUGGGGUCAAACCUGAACCUAAACCUGAGGUUAAGCCUGAACCCAAACCUGCAGUUAAGCCUCUGCCUAAACCUGAAGUCAAGCCAGAGAAACCUGCACCUGAGAAGAAACCUGAGUCGCUUCUACCAAAAGUUCAUGUGGAAGAAGAGAAACCAAAGCCAACUCAUCGCGAACCAGCACAAGCAGUGCCUACUAAACCAAAACCAGCCACUGUGGUUCCUAAGGAAAUAUCUCUUCAAAAAGUGCAAGAACCUUUCAAGAAGCAAGAGAUUUCUUCAUACAUAUCUGGACAGAAAGAUGUCGAGGAAAUGUCACUGUUCAGGACAGACAUUGUGCCUGUCUAUAAACCAGAGGACAAACAGAGAGAUACUGUUUUACCUAAAAAAGAUAUUAAGCAACCUGAGGUUUCUCAGAAGAAAGCAAAACUGAAAGAUGAAGUUUCUCCUAGGCCUACAACAGAAGAAGAAGAAAUAAGGCUCAAUAAGCGAGGAGUCAUCUCAACUAAAAAAGAACAAGCAGAAAUAACAACCAUGCCUAAGACAGAAAAGAAGGGAUUAGUUUUAACUACUGAAGCAAUAAUGAUGUCUCAAGAACAGAAGGUAGCACGUGUGCCAAAAAUAGAAGAAACAACAGAUAUUCUACACAAGAAAGAAUUUGUCUUAACUUCAGAAAAAGAAAUGGUCCCUCAAGAACUUAAGGUAGAACCUGUACCAAAAACAGAUAAAAAGGAAAUUAUUCCACUUAAGAAAAAAGAAUUUAUUUUAAUUUCUGAAGAAAAAAUGGCACCUCGAGCACUGAAGGUAACACCUGUUCUGAAACCAGAGAAAAUGGAAGACAUUCCCCCUACAGAGAAAGAAUCUGUCUUAAUAUCUGAGGAAGAAAUGGUCCCUCAAGAACCUAAGUUAGUGCCUAUACCAAUUACAGAGAAAAAAGAAGGUAUUCCACUUAAAAAGAAAGAAUUUGUCUUGACAUCUGAAGAAAAAAGCGUGUCUCAAGAGCUGAAGGUAGCAUCUGUGUCAAAAAUAGAUGAAAGUACAGGUGUUCUACAUGAGAAAGAAUUUAUCUUAAUUUCUGAAGAAAUGGUUCCUCAAGAACUUAAGGCAGAACAUGUAACAAAAAUAGAGAAAAAGGAAGGUAUCCAACUUAAGAAGAAAGCAUUUGUGCAAACUUCUAAAGAAAAAAUUCUGCCUGAAGAGCUGAAGCUAGCAACUGUGCCAAAAAUAGGGAAAAAGGAAGGUAUUCCACUUAAGAAGAAGGAAAUUGCCUUAACUUCUGAGGAAGAAAUACACCCUCAAGGACAUAAGGUAGAACCUGUACCAAAAACAGACAAAAAAGAAAGUAUUCCACUUACAAACAAGGAAUUUCUCUUAACUUCUGAGGAAAAAAACUUGUCUCAAGAGCUGAAGUUAGCACCUCUGUCAAGAAUAGAUGAAAGAAGAGGUGUUCUACAUAAGAAAGAAUUUAUCUUAAUUUCUGAGGAAGAAACUGAGCCUCAAGAACUUAAGGUAACACCUGUGCCAAAAACAGAGAAAAAGGAUGGAAUUCCACUUAAGAAGAAGGAACAUGUCUUAACUUCUGAAGACAAAUUUGCAACUCAAAAGUUGAAGGAAACUCCUGUGCCAAAAGUAGAAGAAAAGGAAGAUAUUCUGUUCAAAAAGAAGGAAUUUGCUAUAACUUCUAAAGAACAAGAAUUUGCUCAUCAACAGCUAACUGUAACACAACAGCCAAAAAUAAAAGAAAAGGAACAGGUUCUACUUAAAAAGAAAAUUGAUUUAACUUUGAAAGAAGCAGAAUUAGCACCUCAAAAACCUGAGAUAACACCUGAUAUUGGAAAGGAAACAAAAUAUCUUAUAACUCCAAAGAAAGAAGAAACAGUGUCACAAAAAACAGACAUAAUAACAGCCAUGCCUGAAAAACUUCUAUCUAAGAAGAUUGAGGUUGUUUCUUCUGAAAAAGAACCUCAGCUUCAAAAAACAGUGAUAGUUCCUGGGAUUAAAUCUGAAGGGGAGGAAGAUGUUCCACUUAAACAAAAACCUACUCCUUCUCUGAAGAAAAAAGAAUUUGUGCCUCAUAAGAAAGAGGAUACUCUUAUUCCUGCAAAGGAUGACAGAGAAGUUUUCCAAAAAGGUGUUACUGCUGCAAAAGUUCUUUUGGAGCCAAAAGAAGAGCUGCCAAGAAAACUGGAUUCAAUUCUUGUCUCUCCAGAGAAGGUCGAACAAGCCCAAGAUACACAUGUCAGCAUGAGACCAGAAGCAGUCUUACCCAAAUCUAUUGUUGUAGCUGAAAUGACUUCUCAGAGAAAAGAGACACCAACCAAAAGAGAACUGCAAGCAUCAUCUUUGAAUCUCCAGACAAAUGUUCAAUCUCUGGUACUUACAGAGAAAACGCCAUUCAUGUCACUUAUGACUGAAAAAGCUUCUUAUGAAGAAGAACAUCUACAGCCAAAAGAAGUGUCUUUUGAGAGAAUAAUUGAAGACAACUACAUUGAAGAGGAGGCUUCUCUUAAUAAAAACAGAUCCAUAAAGGGAGGACGGAAGGGUACAGUGGAACAAGACAUUUUCGAUAGACAUGUCAAUGAAGAUCAUCAAAUUCCUUUCCAAUCUCUUAGUAAUGUAAUCUCAUCAGAUAAUCAGAGGGGUACUAAGAAAGGGAAAAUGGCAGAGAGAAAUAUUUCAAUAAAGCAAAAAUCUUCCAAAUUAGAAUCCAUUGGUGAUAAAAUGAAAAAUAUUCAAGAAAUUGGAAAAGACUGUAACCAAAAAGAUGAAGGUAUAAGGAAAGCCAUGGGUGUUUUAGAGAGAAAGAUCAGCACUAAUAAAAAUAGUUUAGAGGAUGAUCAGGUCUCACAAUUAGAGAACCUUCCAUGUAGUACUAGAAGUAUGGAAAUAGUAGGGAAACAAGAAGCAGUGGAACAUAGUAUAGAGGAGGAUAUUCAAAAGAAUGUUAAUGUACCAGUGAAAGACCAUGGAAGAAAGGAAGCUAGCUCAAAAAGCACAUUAUACUCCUUGGUUGAUAGUGAAAAACCUGAAAGUUUAGCCUGCAAAAUUCAAGGGUUAUCUAAGGAUGAUAUUUACUCUGAUUCUAAUCUAAAGGAUCUUUUAGUAACAUCAAAAAGAGACAUGCCAUUGGCAAAAAAUAUAGCUUCAGUAGAACUAACAGAUCAAGAUUUAGUAACUAGAGAUGUCCAGCCAAUCAGCAGGGUCAAAUUUAUAGCUACCAAACCUGAAACAACUGCUCAGAUAGGCAUGUCAGAUCUUAAAAAAAGUAAGCCCAAUUUGACAGAUGCAAGAACUAAAUAUGAAAGACAAGAUAUUCCUCAAAAAGACAUUCUCAAGGCAGAGAGUCAGGCAGAUAUUCAGUGCAGGAUAAUAGAUGAUGAAAAGCCUAUGGACACAACAAAAAGAGAAAGCCUUAGAAAGAAUGAAUUUUGGCUUCCAAAAGAAAUUGAACAAACAGUAUUACAAGAGCAUGUGCUAUUCAGAGACAGUCCAUCAUCUAUCUUUGAUGACACUAAAAUCAUUAAACCUAGCAGUACUUUUCAGCCAUAUUUACCAGCACAAGAAAAUAAAACAUAUCUGAAAAUGAUUAGUCAUCCUCAAAUUUCUGAUGAACGAAUAGAUGUUGUGUCUCCUGAUAUGCCAAAAUAUGUAGAUGAUAAUCCUAUUGAAGAUACACCUGUUAAAAGUGAAGAAAUCAAUUUAGAAUGUAGAGAAAAGGGUGAAAAGGAUGAAGCACAUACAAAAUUGGUACAUAGUACUCCUCUGAGAAAGAGUGAUUCAUUAAAGGAGGAAUCAGUAUCUCCCAACAAGGAGAUCACUUUUACUAAAGUGCACAAAUCUUUACAUCUGGAGGAAGAUCUCUAUGAGGCACCAAAAAAGUCCACAGCAAAAAAUUCUGUCAAUGAGAUUAAUUUUAAAGAGGAAAAAUGUCAGCCUAAAACAGACACAUUUAAUGGCAAUGUUGUUUCAGAAGCAUUAAGCAUUCCUAAAGAGAUAUAUCUAAUGAAGCCUACACAGGAUCACUCUGUGAAACCUAUCAAACAAGCUGUAAAAGAAAUCAAGAAGUCAUCUCAUUCUGCAGAAGAUAUGAAAAAGAGAGCCGUUCCAGGAAAAGAAGAACCAAUACUUUUGGAAGGAGACAGCGAGACGCACAAAGUACCCAACAUUGUACAACCUAAAGACAAUGAAUCUUUGAAAGAAGCACCUUUACCAUUAACGAUAUCAGCUUUGUCAAACAAUGAUGGGUCAUUUAUUUUGAGAGUUUCUGAUCAGAAGACUGAGCCCUUGCCACAUGAUGAGAAGAAUAUUAUAAAACUAGAACAUAUAUCUAGUAUUAGUGAAAACGAAAUUACCAAGAAACCAUUCAAAGCCAUAGAGCAAACAGAAAGGGAGAAUUCUUACUUAAAUAAGAGAUAUAUUCAGGAGGAGAAAUCUCUUCAAUCAGGGGAUGUAAUAUUACCCUCAUAUGAAACCAGUGAAUUGCCUAAAAGUCUUCUGAAAUGCCGAAAUGAUGUUGAGGAAGAUGAUUCCACUAAACCACUGAAACCCUUUGAAACACCAAAGGAUGAAACCGAACAGUUUCCAUGCAGUGAAAUAUUUACCCAAGACUAUGAAGAACACUCUUUGGACAAAAAAGAAAUCAUGCUUAAAGUGAAGCCUACCUCAAAGAUGGAUCUUAUACAACAGCAUGAAUUUACUCUUCCAGUGAGAGUGCCUGAACCAGAGAAGAAGGCUCCUUCAGAAAAGCCAGCCAUUCCUCUGAAAAAGGAGGACGUUGCUCCCAAAGUUGAAAAGAAACCAACUCCAGAGCCUGCAAAGAAAAUAUCUCCAGUUGAAGUUAAAAAAGAAGCACCACCAGAGCCUGCAGUUGUGCUGGAAGCAAAGAAAGUUCCUCCUGUUGAAGUUCAAGAGAAGAGGAAGAAGGCUGAAGAUCUUAAGACCAUGGAGAAGAUAACAGAGACACCAGUACCCACACCACCAGAACCCAGUAUAUCAAAACCAACUGCAAAAGAAGAUCAGAUACAUCAUGAUCAACAACCUAAAGAUGGUGAAAAGGAACCAGUUGCUGCACCUGCACCCACACCUGUGAAAAAAGGGAAAAUUCUUAUUACUGAGGAAGAAAAGCUAGAAAUGCCGACUCUAAAGAAAGUUACAAGGAUCUCCAAAGACAAGCAUGAGGAACAAGAAACAGUGAAAUUGAAGAAGGUUUACAAACCUUCACCAGAAGAACAUGAAGAAAUCAAGAAGGUCUAUGCUGAAGCUGCCACUGAGAUUUUAAUUACUGAGAGUUAUGAGGCUGAAAGGCAGUUUGAAAAAUAUGAACGUAUCAAGAGAACUGAAAUAAUAAGACCUGAAAAAGACAAAAUAACAUCAGUGGAGCCUGAUGAAGAACCAGAAAAGACAAAAACAGAGGAAGAAAAGGUGGAAAAGCCAGACUUGAAGAAAAUAGCAAAGAUUCCAAAACAAGAUGUGCCCGAGGAGCCUGACCUGGCUUUGAAGAAAAUAAAGAAAUUACUGCCUGAAACAAAAGAACAAGAAACAGUAAAAUUAAAACCUUUUGAAAAACCUGGAAAACCAGUGCCUGAACCAGCAAAAGACACUAAAAUAGAACCAACGGAAAAAGAACCUGUAUCUUUCCAAAAAGGCAGAGAACCUAUUAGUUUUGAGAAAGCUGAAAAACCCCAAAAAGCUGAUGAGCAAAAAGAACCGGAGGUCACCAAGAAAACAACAGAGCCUCCUAAGCCUGACGAGAAGAUGCCAGAUGAGGCUGUACAUAAACCCGUUGAUAGAGCUAAAAAAGAUGAACAGGCAAAAGAGCCUGAUACACCAUUGUGGAAAGGCAAAAGGAUCCCAAAACAAGAUGAGGAACCUGAGAAGGUUCAGCUAAAGCCUUUCACAAAGAAGCCUUCAGCUGGAUCACCGGAAGAAAAAGAAGCUCCUGAACCCAAGGAACGACAGCCAAUAGAAAUAUCACCACCCAGUCGGAUGUCAAAGACAGAACUCUUAAAGGAACCAAAAACUCCACAAAAAGAAGCUGAAAUUCCUGAAAAAGAAGUAGAAAAGAAGCCAUCUGUGGUACCUAAAGAAGAAGAAAAGAAGGAAUUUCCUAAAAAAGUAACUCCUGUGAAAAAGGAGGUGACUCCAAAGAAGGAGGAUGAGAAGAAGCCUCUAGUGAUCAAAAAGGGCAGUUUGCCAAAGGAGCCUGAGAAAGAAGAGGUUAUACUUAAACCCAUUGAACUUGCAAAGAAGGGUUUGGAGCCUAAAAAGUCUCCUUCACCCAAGGUGACUCAAGCAGAACCAACUGAACUAGCUCCACUGGAAAGAAAGCCAAGUGUAGGUGUGGCUAAGAAACCACUCCCUGAAAAGGUUUCCCCCAAAGAAUCAAUUGAAAGUGUUAUCCUGAAAAAAGUGCCUAAGAAAAUUUCACCCCAGGAGAAAAAGAUUGAAGAAAUUCCAGCAGUACCUAAGAAAAUCUCACCCCAGGAGAAAAAGAUUGAAGAAAUUCCUGCAGUACCUAAGAAAAUUUCACCCCAGGAGAAAAAGAUUGAAGAAAUUCCUACAGUACCUAAGAAAAUUUCACCCCAGGAGAAAAAGAUUGAAGAAAUUCCUGCAGUACCUAAGAAAAUUUCACCCCAGGAGAAAAAGAUUGAAGAAAUUCCUGCAGUAAAGGGAAGUGAAGAGAUUCCCUUAAUAAAAGAGCUGUCCCCUGGAGUUGUGGAGUUAAGAAAAAUUUCAACACAAAUGGAAGAAGAAGCAUUUGAAGAGGAGAUGGCUGAGGUUGGAGAUGAGGAGGAAGAUGAGGCAUGGGGAUGGGAGCUUUCUCCUCAAGAUAGCUAUGCUUCUGAAGACACAGAGUAUUUGGAAGAAGGCGCACUUGAGACUGCUGGGAUACCAGGAGGUAGACGAGAGGGAAAACCAAAAGAAGAAGCCGCGAGGGGGCGGGGACUGAAACCAAAACAAACUCCAUCUCCUGGUGAUGCAGGACGUGGAAGAGGACUGAAACCUGGUGCUGGUGGUGACAAACCUCCAGGACAAUCCCCAUUUGAAUACACGCUAAAGGCUGUUCCUCUGAAGUUUGUAAAGGAGCUUAAAGACAUUGUGUUGCAGGAGGCUGAGUCUAUUGGUUCCUCUGCUGUGUUUGAGUGCCAGAUUUCUCCUUCUACUGCUGUAACUACAUGGAUGAAAGAUGGAAGCAACCUAAGGGAGGGUCCAAAGUACAAGUUUACUUCUGAUGGAAAAGACCGCAAACUGGCUAUUGUUGAUGUCCAGCUGUCUGACACAGGGGAAUACACAUGCGUUGGCAAGCUUGGAAAUAAAGAGAAGACCUCCACUGCCAAACUUAUUGUUGAAGAGUUGCCUGUGAAAUUCACAAAGAACCUGGAAGAGGAUGUUGCUGUAAUUAAGGGGCAGCCCAUGUACUUGACUUGUGAGUUAAGCAAAGACAGGGAUGUGAUUUGGAAGAAGAAUGGAGAGCCACUUUCAGAAAUUGCUGGCAAGAUUGCCAUCAAUGUUAUUGGACUGCAACGUGCUGUAACAAUCCAGGAUGCAAAUGAUGAUGAUGCUGGCGUUUACACAUGCGAGUGUGAAAAUCUCAAAACUCAGUCCAAUGUUAAAAUCAUUGAGGUCAUCAGAGACUGGUUGGUGAAACCACUGAGGGACCAGCAUGUGAAACCAAAGGCCACUGCUACCUUCAAGUGCGAGCUCUUCAAAGACACUCCCAACUGGAAGUGGUUCAAGGGAAAUGAAGAGAUUCCAAAUGAGCCCACAGAUAAGACUGAAGUCAAGAAGGAGGGAAAAGACAUCACUCUGACUAUUAAGAAUGCUCAACCAAAUGAUGCUGAUGAGUAUGCCAUUGAAGUGGAAGGCCGUAGAUACACAGCAAAACUGACACUUGGAGAGCGUGAAGCUGAGAUCCUAAAACCCCUUGCUAGCGUGGAAGUGGUUGAAAAAGAGGAGGCCAAUUUUGAUACUGAAAUCUCAGAGGAUGAUGUGCCCGGAGAAUGGAAACUUAAAGGGCAGGUUCUAACAAGAUCACCGACAUGUGAUAUCAGAGCAGAGGGAAAGAAGCGAUUUCUUACUUUGAAAAAUGUUCAGCUUGAUCAGGCGGGAGAAGUAACAUACCAAGCUCUGAAUGCCAUCACAUGUGCAAUGCUUACAGUCAAAGAAAUUGAAAUGGACUUCAUAGUACCACUGAAGGAUGUUACUGUACCUGAAAAGAAACAAGCAAAGUUUGAGUGUACCAUCACUAAAGAUGUGUCUAAAGUUAUGUGGUAUAGAGGAUCUGAUAUUAUAUCAUCAGACCAGAAAUAUGAUAUCAUUGAUGAUGGAAAGAAACACAUGUUGGUUAUAAACCACUGUGAAUUUGAUGAUGAGGGAGAUUACAGUAUUGAGGUCUUAAGCAAAACAUCAAAAGCUAAACUGACAGUGGAGGGUAUUAGACUGAAGUUUAUCUCACCAAUGUCGGAUCAAACUGUGAAGGAAGGCAAAACUGCUUGGUUUGAAAUUGAGCUUUCUCAUGAGAAUGUGCCAGUGACUUGGUAUAAAAAUGAAAUAAAACUGCAUCCAAGCAGAACAGUGCUUACCCAUGUUGAUGGAAAGAAACAUAUUUUAGAAAUCAAAGAAGUCACACUAGAUGAUACUUGCCAAAUAACAGCAGAGGCUAAAGGAAUAUCAACUACAGCAAACCUGACAGUACUAGAGGGAGAUGCCUACUUCACAGUUAAACUUCAAGACUACACAGCAGUUGAGAAGGAUGAAGUCACUCUUGACUGUGAGCUGAGCAAAGAUGUUCCAGUCAAGUGGUUCCAUAAUGAGAUCGAAAUUAAGGCUUCAAAGAUGGUUUCCAUGAAGGUUGAGGGUAACCGAAGAAUCCUCCACAUUAAGAAAGUGGAGAACAAAGACAAGGGCCAGUAUGUAUGUGACUGUGGAACAGACAAAACAAUGGCCACUGUGAACAUUGAAGCUCGUGACAUUAAGGUUGUUCGUCCCAUGUAUGGUGUUGAGCUGUAUGAUGGUGAAACUGCACGUUUUGAAGUGGAACUCUCGGAGGAUGAUGUCCAUGGCCAGUGGAAAUUGAAAGGAGACGUUCUUUCUCAGUCACCGGAUGUUGAAAUCAUUGAGGAUGGAGCUAAGCACACUUUAACUUUAUACAACUGCAAAGUGCCCCAGUCAGGUGAAGUUUCUUUCCAGGGUGCUAAUGCAAAGUGUUCUGCAAAUCUGAAAGUAAAAGAGCUUCCUAUUACAUUCCUCACACCUUUGAGCGAUGUGCAAGUAUAUGAGAAAGAUGAAGCAAGGUUUGAGUGUGAGAUAUCACGAGAGCCAAAAGUCUUCAGGUGGCUAAAGGGAACCCAGGAGUUGAAGGCAGAUGACAAAUUUGACAUUCUGACAGAGGGAAAAAGGCACACUCUUGUUGUCAAAUCUGCUGCCUAUGAAGAUGAGGCUAAAUACAUGUUUGAAGCUGAGGACAAGAGGACAUCUGCCAAACUCAUUAUUCAAGGCAUUCGUCUUGAGUUCAUCAAGCCUAUCAAGGAUGUUACUGUAAAGGAGCGUGAGACAGCAGAAUUCAGCAUUGAACUUUCUCAUGAGAAAGUUCAGGUCACCUGGUACAAAAAUGAUGUGCGUUUGCACCCAAGUAAAGUGGUGCACAUGUCUGAACAUGGCAAGAUCCACACCCUGUCCUUCAAGGAGGUGUCCAUUGAUGAUACCUCUUUGAUCAAAGCAGAGGCCCUUGGAAAAAGCUGUGAGGCAAUGCUCACAGUACUUGAGGGAGAAGCUUAUUUCACUACCAAGCUACAGGACUACACAGCAGUUGAGAAGGAUGAAGUUGUGCUGAUAUGUGAACUGAGCAAACCCUCUGCUGAGGUGAAAUGGUUCAAGGAUGGCAAGGAAAUUACCCCCUCCAAAAAUAUCCUCAUCAAGGCUGAUGGCAAAAAACGUAUUCUCACAGUUAAGAGGGCUGAUAAGGGAAAUAUUGGUCAAUAUACUUGUGAUUGUGGCACUGACAAAACAACAGCUAAGCUGAAUAUUGAGGAUCGUGAUAUUAAGGUUGUCCGGCCACUGUACAGCGUGGAAGUUAUAGAGACUGAGACUGCUCACUUUGAGACAGAAAUCUCAGAGGAAGAUGUCCACGGAAACUGGAAACUCAAAGGAGAGGCUUUGCACCAGUCGCCGGACUGUGAUAUUAAGGAAGAAGGCACCAGACACAUGCUGAUUCUCUACAAUGUACGCAAAGACAUGGCUGGUGGUGUGGACUUCAGUGCUGCCAAUGCUAAAUCUAGCGCUCAGCUUAGAGUUAAAGCACGAGUGAUAGGCCUCAUGCGGCCUCUCAGGGAUGUUACAGUUACGGCUGGAGAGACGGCAACUUUUGACUGCGAACUGUCAUAUGAGGGCAUAUCUGUGGAGUGGUUCCUUGGGGGUACAAAGCUGGAACCAAGCGACAGAGUGGUGACCCGAGCUGAAGGCAGAACCCACACGCUGACCCUAAGAGACGUAAAACUGACUGAAGCGGGAGAGGUGAAACUAACUGCAAAAGAUUUCCAAAUCCAGGCCAACCUCAUUGUAAAAGAGCCUCCAGUCGAGUUCACCAAGCCGCUCGAGGACCAGACUGUAGAGGAAGAAGCUACUGCUAUACUAGAGUGUGAAGUCUCCAAAGAAAAUGCAGAGGUCAGGUGGUUUAGAGAUGGACAAGAAAUCCGUAAAACUAAGAAGUAUGAGAUGGUUGCUGAUGGCCGGAAGAGAAAGCUUAUCAUCCAAGACUGCACACUUGAUGACUCAAAGACAUAUACCUGUGAUGCCAAAGACUUUAAGACUUCUGCUUUUCUAAAUGUUGAACCUCCACAUGUUGAGUUCACUAAACCACUCCAUGAUGUUGAGGUAAUGGAGAAAGAAACUGCCAAGUUUGAGUGUGAGGUUUCCAGAGAAAAUGCCAAGGUUCGCUGGUUCAAGGAUGGUAAUGAAAUCAGGAAAGGCAAGAAAUAUGAUAUAAUUUCCAAAGGUGUUCAACGCAUUCUCAUCAUUAGCAAGGCAGUGUUUGAUGAUGAAGCUGAAUAUGAAUGUGAUGCAAGGACCUCCAAGACCUCUGGCAUGCUUACUGUUGUUGAGGAGGAGGCAAGAUUCACGAAGAACCUGGCUAAUGUUGAGGGCACUGAAACUGACAGUAUUAAACUGAUCUGUGAAGUCUCCAAGUCCAGCGCAGAGGUUACAUGGUAUAAAGGUGACCAGGAAUUGCCUGAGGGCGGUAGAUAUGAACAUGUUGCAGAUGGGAGAAAGAGAAUCCUUAUCAUCCAGGCUCUUCAUAUGAAUGAUGCUGGAGAAUACCACUGCAAAUUGCCCAGAUCACAAACUACAGGAAACUUGAGAAUCAAUGAACUUGCUGCUGAGUUCAUCUCCAGACCUCAAAGCCAGGAGGUGGUUGAAGGUGAAAAAGCUGAGUUUGUGUGCUCUGUGUCCAAAGAUUCUUAUGAAGUCAAAUGGCUCAGGGGUGACAAAGAACUCCAAACAGAUGACAAGUAUGAAAUUACUUCUGAGGGCAAAAGACGAGGCCUUGUAGUGAAGAAAUGUGAGCUCAGUGAUGAGGGCCCUUUUGUGGCUCUCAUUGGUGCUACAAGAGCUUCUGCUGAUUUGAUCGUCCUUGAGAAACUCAGAAUUAUCACACCCCUCAAGGACACAAAGGCAAGUGAAGGACAAGAGAUAGUUCUCAACUGUGAGGUGAACACAGAGGAAGCCAAGGCCAAGUGGAUGAAGAAUGAUGAAACAAUAUUUGAUAGCAGCAAAUUUAUCAUGACCCAGAAAUACAAUGUGUACUCUUUGAGAAUUAAAGAUGCUGACAUGUCAGAUGCAGCUACUUACACUAUAACACUGACUAAUCAACGGAAUGAAUGCGUCAAGAGCUCUGCCAAGAUUACUGUACAGGAGGAGGAUCUGAAAAUCAUUGUUCCUCUGGAGGAUGUCGAAACACAAGAGAAGAAGACCAUCAGCUUCUCAUGCAAAGUAAACAAACUAAAUGUGACUGUGCAGUGGAUGAAGGCAGGACAGGAGAUUACUCUCAGCAAGCGCGUUGUGUAUCGUGUUGACAAGGACAAGCACACCUUGACCAUUAAAGACUGUAGUCUGGCAGAUGAAGGGGAGUACUUUGUCAUUGCUGGUGCUGACAAGUCAUCUGCUGAGUUGAUUAUCAGUGAAGCACCUACUGACUUUAUCAUCCAACUUCAAGACCAGACCAUUACCGAAUUUGAAGAUGCUGAAUUUACCUGCCAACUCUCUAAAGAAAAGGCUGAAAUCAAAUGGUACAGAGAUGGCAGAGAGAUCAGAGAGGGUCCACGAUAUCAAUUUGAUCGUGACGGAAAGACCUGCACACUACGCAUUAAGGAGUGCAGACUUGAUGAUGAAUGUGAAUAUGCCUGUGGUGUAGAUGACAAAAAAUCAAGGGCUCGUCUCUUUGUUGAAGAAACACCAGUGGAGAUUAUCAGACCACCCAACGAUAUAUUUGAGCCUCCUGGCUCUGAUGUUGUGUACGAGGUCGAGCUCAACAAAGACAGAGUUGAAGUCAAAUGGCUAAGGAACAAUAUGACUAUUGUCCAAGGUGACAAAUACCAAAUGAUGAGUGAAGGCAAGAUUCACAGACUUCAAGUAUGUGAAAUUAGACCUCGUGACCAGGGAGAGUACAGAGUUAUUGCUAAAGACAAGGAUGCAAAAGCCAAGCUUGAGCUUGCAGCUGUGCCAAAGAUUAAGACAAUGGAUCAGGAACUGGUGACAGAUGCUGGAAAACCAUUUGUCAUGUCAGUUCCCUACAAUGCCUACCCACAUGCUGAGGCUGAAUGGUUCUUUGACAACAUUAGUCUGCCUAAAGAAAAUCUUCAUACCAUGCCAGACAAAGCAGAGUACCGGCUGAAGGACCCUAAGAAGUCAGAUGAGGGCCGUUACAAGAUCGUUAUUAAGAACAAGCAUGGAGAGGGAGAGGCUUUCAUUAAUCUCAAAGUUAUUGAUGUUCCUGGCCCUGUGAAGAACCUGCAUGUGGUUGAUACUGCUGAUGGAGAGGUCAGCAUUGCAUGGGAUGAGCCUGAAAGUGAUGGCGGCAGCAAGAUCUUAGCCUAUGUGGUGGAGAGACGUGAUGUCAAGCGCAAAACCUGGACUCUGGCGACUGAUAGUGCUGAUACCACAGAGUACACUGUCACUGGGCUACAGAAAGACUCCAAGUACUUUUUUCGUGUUUGUGCACGCAACAGAGUUGGAAGCGGUCCGAAUGUUGAAACAGAUGAAGCUGUGCAAGCUAAGAAUAAGUUUGAUGUUCCUGAUGCACCUCAAAAUGUCACUGUUGGAAAUGUAAACAAGUUUGGUGCCACGGUCUCCUGGGAACCACCUCUGUUUGAUGGUGGAUCUGAAAUCACAUCCUAUAUCAUUGAACUCCGUGACAGAACAUCUGUGAAAUGGUCUCCAGUCAUGGUGACUAAAGCACAAGAUCGUUCAGCUAUAAUCAAUGAUGUUAUUGAAAACAAGGAAUACAUCUUCCGUGUAAGAGCAGAAAACAAGGCUGGUCCUGGCAAACCAAGUGCUGCCACUAACCCAGUUAAAAUCAUGGACCCAAUAGAGAGACCAAGCCCACCCCUGAAUCUGACACACUCUGAACAGACCAAGGAUGCCUGUCUGCUGACAUGGGAGACUCCUCUUAGAAACGGAGGCAGCAUGAUCACUGGCUAUAUUAUUGAAAGAUGUGAGGAAGAUUCAGACAAGUGGCUGAGAUGUAAUGCCAGGCUUUGCCAGGACCUCUCAUACAGGAUGUCUGGUCUUAAAUUUGGAAAGAAUUAUAAGUACAGAGUCAUUGCUGAGAAUGCAGCUGGUCAGUCUGACCCAUCUAAUACUGUUGGACCUGUGCUGGCAGAUGACCCACACUUUGCACCUACACUGGACUUGAGUGCCUUUAAGGAUGGCCUGGAGGUCAUUGUACCUCAGCCUCUUACUAUUCGUGUUCCCAUCACUGGAUACCCGACACCCACUGCUAAGUGGACCUUUGGUGACAAGGAGCUCACUUCUGGCGACCGAGUGUCCAUGGUCACAAAGAGCACGUUCACAGAGUUAGUCAUUACUCCAAGUGUGCGGCCUGAUAAAGGCACAUAUUCUCUGACGCUGGAGAAUGAUGUAAGCAGUGUCUCUGGAGAGAUUGACGUCAAUGUCAUUGCAUGUCCAAGUGCACCCAAGGACUUCAAGGUUGCAGAAGUAACCAGAAAACAUGUGCAUCUUAUGUGGGACCCACCAGACCAUGAUGGAGGCAGUCCACUGACUGGCUACCAGGUUGAGAAGCGUGACGUGUCCAGAAAGACAUGGGUCAAGGUCAUUAGUGGUGUGCAAGACCAGGAAUACACUAUCACAGAUGUGAUUGAGGGCAAGGAAUACUUGUUUAGAGUUAUUGCCUGCAACAAGUGUGGCCCUGGAGAGCCUGCAUACAUUGACGAACCUGUUAAUGUGUCUUCACCAGCCACUGUUCCAGAUCCACCAGAGAAUCUUAAAUGGAGAGACAAGACAUCCAGCAAAAUAUUCCUUUCUUGGGAACCUCCGAAAUGGGAUGGCGGUGCUCCAAUAAAAGGCUACACUGUUGACAAAUGCCAACGUGGCACUGACAAGUGGGAGCCAUGUGGAGACCCAACACCUGAGCUCAAGCUUGAGGUUACUGGUCUGAUAGAGGGACAGUGGUAUGCUUAUCGUGUGAGAGCCUUGAACAGACUGGGCUCAGGUAGACCUAGUAAGGCAACCGAUGAGAUCUUGGCUGUUGAUCCUAAAGAGCCUCCAGAAAUUCACUUGGAUGCAAAACUCCUGGCAGGAUUAACUGCAAAGGCUGGCUCAAAGAUCGAACUUCCUGCUGACAUCACAGGCAAACCAGAACCUAAAGUCAAAUGGACCAAGGCUGACCUCAUCCUUAAGGAAGAUGACAGAAUAUCUAUUGAUUCCAAGCCUGGUCACUCCACAGUGUCAAUUGCUAAGACAAAAAGGGAUGACUCUGCAACAUACAUCAUUGAAGCAGUUAACAGCAUGGGCCGUGCAACUGCAACUGUUGACGUCAACAUUCUAGAUAAACCUGGCCCUCCAGCUUCCUUCGAUAUCUCUGAAAUCACCAACGAAUCCUGUUUACUGGCCUGGAAUCCACCCAGAGAUGAUGGUGGCUCAAAGGUGACAAACUACAUUGUUGAAAGAAGGGCUACAGACAGUGAAAUCUGGUACAAGCUGUCUUCUACUGUGAAGCAGACCAACUACAAAGCCACCAAGCUUGUGACUUUAAAAGAGUAUAUCUUUAGAGUCUAUGCUGAGAAUCAAUUUGGCAUUGGUCCACCAGCUGAACAUGCUCCAAUUAUUGCGAGAUAUCCCUUUGAUCCACCUGGACCUCCAUACAAACUGGAGGCAUCAGAUAUUGCUAAGGAUGCUGUAACUCUGACCUGGUAUGAGCCUGAUGAAGAUGGAGGAAGUCCCAUCACUGGCUACUGGGUUGAGAGAUUUGAACCGGAUGUUGAUAAGUGGAUAAGAUGCAAUAAAAUGCCAGUCAGAGACACUAACUUGAGGGUAAAAGGGUUGCCCACAAGGAAGAAGUACAAGUUCCGUGUCUUGGCUGAAAAUCUUGCUGGACUAGGCAAACCAAGCAAAGAGACUGACCACAUCAUGAUCAAGGAUCCUAUUGAUCCUCCAUGGCCUCCAGGCAAGCCAAGUGUUAAGGAUGUAGCAAAGACAUCUGCUUUCCUGCAAUGGACAAAGCCUGAACAUGAUGGUGGUGCUAAGAUUGAGUCCUACAUUAUUGAGCUUCUCAAGAGUGGAACUGAUGAGUGGGUUCGUGUGGCAGAUGGUAUACCUUCUGUUGAAUAUUUUCUGAAGGGAUUAAUGGAGAAGCAGGAAUACUCCUUCCGUGUCAGAGCUGUCAAUGCAGCAGGCGAGAGUGAACCUAGUGAACCUAGCAAUCCUGUUCUUUGCAAGGAGAGACUCAAUCCUCCAUCACCACCAAGAUGGCUAGAGGUGGUUAGUAUUUCCCGUAACAAUGCCGAACUAAAGUGGACAGCCCCAGAGAGAGAUGGUGGUUCUCCAAUUACCAAUUAUAUUGUGGAAAAGAGAGAUGUGAGACGCAAGGGCUGGCAGGCUGUGGAUACUACAGUGAAGGAGCUGAACUAUACUGUCACUCCACUGAAUGAAGGCUCUCUCUAUGUAUUCCGUGUGGCAGCUGAGAAUGCUGUUGGACCUAGUGAAUACUGUGAACUUGUAGACUCAGUUCUGGCAAAAGACACAUUCACUACUCCUGGACCUCCUUAUGCUCUAACUGUCACAGAUGUGUCAAAGACACAUGUUGAUCUUAAAUGGGAGGCACCUAAGAAUGAUGGUGGUAGACCUAUCUUACGGUAUGUCAUUGAGAAGAAAGAGAAACUUGGAACUCGCUGGGUGAAAUCUGGAAAGACAUCAGGUCCUGACUGCAAGUACAGGGUCACUGAUGUCAUUGAAGGCACUGAGGUACAGUUCCAGGUCCUCGCUGAGAAUGAGGCUGGGGUUGGUCACCCAAGUGAACCUACAGACAUUGUGGUAAUUGAGGACCCAACAGGUCCACCAUCACCUCCUCAGGAUCUCCAUGUCACCGAGGCAGCCAGGGACCAUAUCUCUAUUGCGUGGAAAGCUCCAGAAAGAAAUGGAGGAAGUCCAGUCACUGGAUAUCACAUUGAGCUCUGUGAGGCUGGAACAGAAAAGUGGAUGAGAGUUAACUCUCGUCCAGUUAAAGAGCUGAAAUACAAGGCUGGGGAGGAGGAAGGCAUUGUUCCUGAAAAGAAGUACAUUUUCAGAGUCCGUGCUGUCAAUUCCAUUGGUGCUAGCGAGCCAUCUGACAUCUCUGAGAGUGUAUAUGCUAAAGACUCUGACUGCAACCCAACUAUUGAGUUCCAGACCAAGGAUGUUGUUGCUGUGGAGGGUGAGAGGAUGCACCUCCCAAUUCCAUUUAGGGCUGUUCCAUCACCUAGGAUCACAUGGCACAAAGAUGGCAAGGAGAUGAAGGCUGAUGAGAGAAUUUCAUUCAGAUCAGAUUACACUUCCUGCCACCUGGAAAUUCCAAGCUGUCUGCAUGCUGAUGCUGGACAAUACAAAGUUACCCUGGAGAACAGCCUUGGAGCAAUCAGCGGGACAAUUAAUGUUAAAGUUAUUGGACUUCCUGGGCCAUGCAAGGAAAUUGUUGCUAGUGAUAUCACCAAGAACUCCUGCAAAGUGACAUGGGAACCCCCAGACUAUGAUGGUGGCAGUCCUAUCCUGCACUAUGUCCUGCAGCGCAGAGAAGCAGGCAGGAGAACGUAUAUCAAUGUGAUGUCUGGUGAGAACAAACUGAGCUGGCCUGUCAAGGACCUCAUCCAAAACGGAGAGUACUAUUUCCGUGUCGGAGCGGUGAAUAAAAUUGGUGGUGGCGAGUUUAUUGAGCUUCGCAAUCCUGUAAUUGCUGAGGAUCAGAAGCAUCCACCUGAUCCACCUGUUGAUGUUGAGACUCACAACCCUACUUCUGAAUCUGUGACCCUUACUUGGAAGCCACCCAUGUAUGAUGGUGGAUGCAAGAUCAUGGGUUACAUUCUAGAGAAGAAGAUGAAAGGUGAAGAAAAAUUUGAGAGAUGCAAUGACUUCCUUGUGCCAGUAUUGUCCUACACGGUUAAGGGCUUAAGGCCAGGAAAAGAGUAUCAGUUCCAAGUGCGUGCAGAGAAUGCAGCAGGCAUUAGCGAGCCUUCUCGUAACACUCCUAUGGUCAAAGCCACUGAUGCAGUUGAUCGCCCCAAGGUUUUCCUCAGUGGCAGUUUGCAGUCAGGCUUAAGUGUCAAGAGAGGUGACGAGAUCCGACUGACUGCCUAUAUUUCUGGUUUUCCUUACCCGGAAAUAACAUGGAUGAGGAACAAGUCAACCAUCAGGCCAGAAGCACUGAAGAAGAGGCCAGAAAAGCCUGUUAGAAAGAAGAAGGAAAAGAAGGCAGAGGAAGCAAAAAUAGAAGAAGACAAGGAGAAAAAGGAGGAGAUGAAAAAGGAAGAGCAGGACAAGAAAGAGGAAGAGAAGAAGGAGAAACUAAAGGAGGUAGAGGAACCUGAAGAGCCAGAGGAGGAAUACCACCCAUCUUUGAAUGAGCGUCUUAGCAUUGAUAACUCAAGGAAGGGUGAAUCCUCCAUUCUUGUGAAAGAUACUAUCAGAGGCGAUCAUGGUGUUUUCACCAUCAAAGUGGAGAAUGAUCAUGGUGUUGCCUCUGCCACCUGUGAAGUUAUUGUUCUUGAUACUCCUGGACCUCCAGUCAACUUCAGAUUUGAAGAAGUCAGGAAGGAUUCUAUCCUCUGCAAGUGGGAACCUCCUCUAGAUGAUGGUGGCAGUGAGGUCCUAAAUUAUGUAUUGGAGAAGAAAGAUAACUCCAAAGCUGAUACAGGAUGGGUCACUGUGACAUCUACUCUUAGAGGUUGCAAGUACCCAGUGACAAAACUGAUUGAAGGAAAGGAGUAUAUUUUCAGAGUUACUGCUGAGAACAGAUUUGGUCCUGGAAAACCAUAUAUCUCCAAACCUGUCAUUGCCAAGAAUCCAUUUGAUCCCCCCGAGGCACCUGAGAAACCUGAAAUUAUGGACAUUACAGCUAACAGCAUGGUUGUUACUUGGAAUGAACCCAAUGACAAUGGGAGCCCCAUCCAAGGAUACUGGGUGGAAAAACGAGAAAUUAACAGUACACACUGGGCACGAGUUAAUCGCAACAUCAUUGAUGCGCUGGAAGUAAAAGUAGAAGGUCUUUUGGAAGGAUUGACAUACAUUUUCAGGGUCUGUGCAGAAAAUGUAGCUGGAUGUGGAAAGUUCAGUCCACCAUCUGAUCCAAAAACAGCCCAGGCUCCUAUCUUGCCACCGGGUCCACCAAUUCCACGCAUUGUUGACACCACAGACCAUUCAAUAAUAGUUGAAUGGGACCCUCCAGCAGACAAUGGUGGUGCAGACAUUUUUGGUUACCAUGUUGACAAGGUAAUUGCUGGCACUAAAGACUGGUCACGAGCCACAGAGAGACCAUGGAAGAACCACACAUUUACUGUGUAUGGUGUCAGAGAAGGAGCUAAGUACAUUGUCCGUGUGGUGGCAGUCAACUCUGCUGGUGAAGGUGCUCCUGGUAUGACAGAUGCUGUCAUUGUGAGGAAUCCAGCAGAGAUGCCUGUAAUUGAACUUGAUAUCUCUGUGAAGAAUGGUCUUGUUGUAAGAGCUGGAGAGAUGCUGAAGAUCCCUGCACAUGUAAUGGGUAAACCAAAACCAUCACUUACAUGGACAAAGGAUGAUGCGGCUCCUGACAAAGAGCGUGUGGAAAUAGAAGAAGUAGGACAGGACAGCACUGUCAUCAUUAAGACCUCAAAAAGAAGUGACAGUGGCAAAUACCAGAUCACUGCAGCAAACCCAAGUGGUAUAAAAUCUGCAUGGACCAGGGUUGAAGUUGUGGAUGUUCCUGGGCCCGUCCUUGACCUCAAGCCUGUAGUAGUAACCAGAAAGUUAAUGAUUCUGAACUGGUCCGAUCCUGACGAUGACGGUGGAAGUGAUUUGACUGGCUUCACUGUCGAAAGAAGAGAGCCAAAGAUGCACACAUGGAGACAGCCCAUUGAAACAGCCGCAUCCAAAUGUGAAAUUGUAGGUAUUAUUGAAGGACAGGAGUACAUAUUCAGAGUUGUGGCCAAGAAUAAAUAUGGCUGUGGACCACCAGUUGAUCUUGGACCUAUUCGUGCAGUUGAUCCACAAGGUCCACCAUCCUCUCCUGAGAAGUUUCACUACACAGAAAGAACUAAGUCAUCCAUUACCCUUACAUGGAAGCCACCUCGCAAUGAUGGUGGUAGUCCAAUUAUUGGCUACAUCAUUGAAAAGAAACGUCAAGAUCAGCCUGCUUUCCAGCCUGUCUCCAAAGACUUGUGCACUGCUCUGACACUGACUGUGGAGAAUCUGGAUGAGCUGCACAUGUAUGAGUUCCGUGCAAAGGCUGUUAAUUGCAUUGCUGAAAGUGAUCCUUCUAUACCCUUGACUGUUGUGAUUCAGGAUGAUGAAGUUCCUCCAACUUUGCACAUGAUGAAGCACUUCAAAGGUGACUUGAUUAGAGUGAGGAAGAAUGAGCCAGUUGAGAUUCCUGCUGAAAUCACAGGUCUCCCAAUGCCAAAGGUUGAAUGGUUGAAAGAUGAUGUUGUUAUAGUAAAGCCCACUGAGAGAAUCCUGUUUGAGACCAAAGUGAUUGACAGACUCACAGAACACACUAAACUUACUAUCCCAGCUAUUGCAAGGCUGGAAAAGGGAACAUACACUGUGAGUGCCUCAAAUCGCCUUGGGUCAGCCAGCCAUUCCAUCACAGUGGAGGUGCUGGAUCGACCAACACCACCAAGAAAUGUUGCAGUUUCAAAUAUCCGAGCCACGUCUUGCCAGCUGACCUGGGAUGCACCACUGGAUACUGGUGGCAGUGAGCUCACCAACUACAUUGUUGAGAAGAAAGACCUUAAUGUUGAAGAUGUUGAGAAAGCUGAAUGGGUUCAGGUUACUAAUACCAUCAUAGAGAAAAAAUAUGGGGCAUGGGACCUUGUAACUGGUGGAAACUAUAUGUUCAGAGUUAAAGCUGAGAAUAAGUAUGGAAUAAGUGAUGGCUGUGAAACAGAGGAAGUGCAAAUAAAGGAUCCAUUUGCCCUACCCGGUCCGCCAGAAAAAGUUGCUAUAGCAGAACAUUCUAAAGCCCAUAUGCUAGUAACAUGGGAGCCUCCUAUGGAUUGUGGUGGAUCUGUGAUCAAUGGCUAUUGGCUAGAGAAGCGUGAAAAAGGCACCACCUACUGGGCUAAAGUAAACAAGACCCUGGUGUCAAAACGUGGAAUGAAAGGCUGGGAAUUUCUGGUCACGCGUCUCAUUGAGGGAACUGAGUAUGAAUUCCGAGUGAUGGCUUGCAAUGCUGCAGGAGUUGGCCCUCCAAGCGCUGUCUCUGAAUCAGCCUUUGCUAUUGAUCCUCUCGCUCCACCUGGCAUGCCAGCAGCUCCUGUAGUUGCUGACAAAACCAAGCGUAGUGUCACUCUGUCAUGGACCCCACCAGCCAAAGAUGGUGGCAGCCCAAUCAAAGGUUACAUAAUUGAAAUCCAGGAUGAGGGAACAUCUGAUUGGGCAAGGGUGAAUGAUGCAGACAAUCUACACCCUACUACUGAAUUUACCGUUCCCAAUCUCCAGGAACUCAAGAAAUACAGAUUUAGAAUUAUUGCAGUAAAUGAUAAUGGCGAGUCUGAGCCAAGUCCUAGAACCACAGAAGUGCUCAUGGAGGACAUUCACACUGAGCCAAAGAUAUUUAUGGACAUCAGUGCUGAUGAAUUAUUAUGUAUCCGUGCUGGAUCACCAAUCAAAAUCCCGGUAACUAUUACUGGGCGUCCUGUUCCCAAGGUUACUUGGGAAUUUGAUGGCAAAGCAAAGACAGAGAAGAAAGAACGUCUUCAUAUCCUACCUGUUGAUUCACAGGUGGAAUCUACUGACACUACCUCUGUUGUAACAAUUCCAGUGAGCUUGAGAGCUCACUCUGGCAGAUAUACUGUCACAGCAAAGAACAAAACUGGGCAGAAACAUAUUAAUAUCAGAGUCAUUGUGCUUGAUGUUCCUGGAGCACCUAAGGAUCUCAAAGUUACUGAUAUCACCAGAUCUACAAUGCGGAUUAUCUGGAAACUCCCAGAUACUGAUGGUGGAGAGAGGAUUAAGAGCUACUUUAUUGAAAAGAAGGCUGUCAGUGGAAAGGCCUGGACAACAGUAAAUGCAGCCUGUGCCAAUAUGGCCUUUGUGGUGCCCGACCUUCUUGAGGGCCAGGAAUACCUGUUCCGAGUUCGUGCUGAGAAUCGUCUUGGAAUGGGACCAUUCACUGAAACCACAGAGCCAGCAAGGGCAAGGGAUCCCAUUUAUCCUCCUGAUCCUCCAACUAAGGUCAAGAUAAACCUUGUCACCAAGAACACAGUGACUCUAACAUGGAUGCCUCCCAAAAAUAAUGGUGGCGCACCAGUAACACAUUACAUUAUUGAGAGGCUGAGCUGGGACACCAGUGGUCCACAAAAGGAGACCUGGAAACAGUGCAAUAAAAGGGAUGUUGAAGAGACAACUUUUAUUGUUGAAGACCUUAAAGAGGGUGGUGAAUAUGAGUUCCGUGUCAAAGCAGUGAAUGAAGCUGGUCCAAGCAGACCCUCUGGUACUGUUGGACCAAUAAUUAUCAAGGACCAGACUUGUGCUCCAAUCAUCGAUCUUAGAGAAUCUCUGGAGAGUGCAGAAACAUUUGAUGUUAAUAUACUUGCCAGGAUCCAGGGUUGUCCAUUCCCAUCACUCGUUUGGCAAAAAGCCACAUCUGACAAGCCUGAUGAAAAGUUUGAUGUACAAUAUGAUCAGCAUAUCAAUAAACUUGUCUCUGAUGACAAAUGCAGUCUGGUAAUUCAGCAAUCCAAGAGAGAUGACAGUGGAAUUUAUACACUCACAGCUACUAACAGCCUUGGCAAGGCUUCCAAGGAUAUCAAACUUACCAUUUUGGGACGACCCGGGCCACCAGUUGGACCAGUCAAAAUUGAGGAAGUUUUUGCUGAAAGGAUUGGACUCUCCUGGAAGCCACCCACAGAUGACGGUGGUUCCAAAAUCACAAACUAUGUCAUUGAGAAGCGUGAGGACAACAGAAAGACAUGGGUACAUGUAUCUAGUGAUCCUAAGGAAUGUGCAUAUACAGUUCAAAGGCUAACAGAAGGGCAUGAAUAUGAGUUCCGUAUUAUGGCUCAGAACAAAUACGGUGUUGGACCACCACUGUAUAGUGAGCCUGAGAAAGCAAGAAACCUUUUCACUGUCCCCGGUCAAUGUAACAAGCCAACUGUCUCAGAAGUCUCUCUUGAAUCAAUGACUGUUGAAUGGGAGGAGCCAGAAUAUGAUGGUGGAUCUCCAGUUACUGGUUAUUGGCUGGAGAAGAAGGAAACUACAUCAAAACGUUGGACUAAAGUGAACCGUGACCCCAUUAGAAUCAGGCCCCUUGGUGUUUCACAUGUUGUGACUGGUCUUUUGGAAGGAGCUACCUACCAGUUCCGUGUUAUUGCCAUUAAUGCUGCUGGAUGUGGACUUCCAAGUCUGCCAUCAGAUCCUGUUGUUUCUAGAGAUCCAAUUGCUCCUCCAGGACCCCCGAUGCCAAAGGUAACAGACUGCACAAAGUCAACUGUAGAUCUUGAAUGGAUUCCUCCACUGAUUGAUGGUGGAUCUAAGAUCACAGGAUACUUUGUUGAAUACAAAGAAGAAGGAAAGGAGGAAUGGGAGAAGGCUAAAGACAAGGAGAUUAGAGGCACUAAGUUUGUUGUUCCUGGACUCAGAGAGCUUGGACUUUACAGAUUCAGAGUAAGAGCAGUGAAUGCUGCAGGAGUUGGUGAACCUGGUGAAGUCACGGAAGUGAUUGAGGUCAAGGAUAGAACAAUUCCUCCUGAAGUGGAUCUGGAUGCAACUGUAAAGGAGAAGAUCACUGUUCAUGCUGGUGGCGUAAUCCGUAUUAUUGCUUAUGUAUCUGGCAAACCUGCCCCAGAAAUUAUCUGGAACAAAGAUGAUGGUGAUAUGCCUAAAGAGGCUGUUGUUGAGACCACUGCUAUCAGCUCUUCUCUGGUCAUCAAAAAUUGCAAAAGAAAUCAACAAGGUAUUUACACCUUGACUGCCAAGAAUGAAGGAGGAGAAAGGAAGAAGGCAGUAAUUGUGGAAGUGCUGGAUGUUCCUGGACCUGUCGGUCAGCCUUUCUCUGGUACAAAUCUGACUACUGACUCUUGCAAGCUGACAUGGUAUUCACCUGAGGAUAAUGGUGGCUCAGCCAUCACCAAUUACAUAAUAGAAAAAAGAGAAUCUGACCGCAGAGGUUGGACUUCGGUAACAUACACCGUGACCAGACAUAAUGCUGUGGUUCAGGGUCUUAUUGAUGGCAAAGGUUACUUCUUCAGAAUUGCUGCUGAAAAUAUAAUUGGAAGGGGCCCAUUUAUUGAGACUGCAUCAGAAGUUCUUAUUAAGGAUCCUAUUUCUGUCCCUGAGCGUCCAGAGGAUCUGGAGGUAACAGCUGUCACGAAAGAUUCAAUUAGCUUAGCAUGGAGACCACCAAAGUAUGAUGGUGGUGCAGAAGUGACAAGCUAUGUUCUUGAAGUCCGUCAGAUAGGAAAGGACAACUUUACCCGUGUUGCAACUGACAGCAAGCUAAUGGAUCGUAAAUUUGUUCAUGAGGGUCUCAAAGAGGGCUCUACAUAUGAAUUCCGUGUCAGUGCCGUAAAUCAGAUUGGCCAAGGCAAGCCGUCAUUCAGCACUAAACCUAUUACAUGCAAGGAUGAGCUUGAGCCACCUACCCUUGAUCUGGAAUUCCGUGACGCACUUUUAGUUCGUGUUGGGCAGCCCUGCACUCUCCAAGGUCGUUAUAAAGGGAAACCAACGCCAACAAUCAAAUGGUUUAAAAAUGAUGAGGAACUUCAAGCAAAUGAUGAGAUUAUGCUCACCAGCACUAAGAAGACCUUGUGCUUGUCUAUUGAAAAGGCUAAGCGUGAUCACAGUGGUAAAUACACUGUGGUUGUGGAGAACUCAACUGGCACACAAAAGGGCAUCUGCAUUGUUACUGUUGUUGAUCGACCACAGCCUCCAGAGGGCCCUGUCGUCUUUGAAGAAAUCUUUAGGGAUCACAUGGUCAUCUCUUGGAAACCACCACUGGAUGAUGGUGGAUGUGCUGUAUCUAAUUACAUUGUUGAAAAGAGAGAUAGCAACAGGGAUCUCUGGAUGCCUGUCACAGUGUCCUGCACUAGAACAACAUGUACAGUACCCAAACUAAUUGAGGGCAGAGAAUACAUUAUUAGAAUCUGUGCUCAGAACAUUCAUGGCAUAAGUGAUCCAUUGCUGUCUGCUGAGACAAAAGCAAGAGAUGUUUUCAAGGUGCCUGAUGCUCCUAAGCAGCCAUUGGUGAAAGAGGUCUACAAAGACACAGCUCUGAUUUCCUGGGAACCACCAGCUGAUGGUGGAAAACCAAUCACAAACUACAUUGUCGAGAAGAGAGAAACAAUGUCAAACAGAUGGGUUCGUGCUGGAACUGAACGCAUCUUCCCUAAAACAGAAUACUGGGUUCCAGAUCUUCUCAAAGGAUGUGAAUAUGAGUUCCGGGUUAUGGCAGAGAACGUCAUUGGUGUUGGUGAUCCCAGCCCACCCUCAAAGCCUGUCUUUGCUAAAGAUCCCAUUGUGAUUCCAAGCCCACCAGUAAAGCCAAUGGCAAUUGACAAAACAAAGAACUCGGUCACUCUAUCUUGGGAGCCACCAAAGGACUGUGGCAGAGGCAAAAUCUUGGGCUACCUGCUUGAGUACCAGAAACCUGGAGAGGAGGAAUGGAUACAGGUUAAUCAGACUCCUGAGUCCUGCCCAGAAACAACAUUCAAAAUAGUCAACCUUGAAGAUGGAAUGUUAUACCGGUUUAGAGUGAAAGCAGUGAAUGCAGCUGGGGAAUCUGAUCCUGCAAAUGUUCCUGAGCCUAUUCGGGCACAAGACAGACUUGAGCCUCCAGAGCUUCUGCUGGAUAUGGGCAUGCCUCGUGAGCUUAAAGCCAUGGCAGGAACUCAUAUAAAAAUUGUUGCUGGAAUCAAGGGUAUGCCUUUCCCCAAGGUCACAUGGAAGAAAAAUGAUACUGAGGUACCUCCAAGAGCAGAAAUUGAGACUUCUGGAGUAAGAACCAAGCUUGAGAUGCGCUAUUGUAACCGAGGGGAUUGUGGAGACUACACACUCACUGUAGAAAACCCAGCUGGAUCCAAGACAGCAACAUGCACUGUGCUUGUUUUAGAUAAACCUGGCCCAAUUCAAAAUCUGAGGGUAUCUGAUGUUAGAAGUGACUCAGCUCAACUCUCCUGGAAAGAUCCAGAAGAUAAUGGUGGUGUACGCAUCACCAACUUUGUGGUGGAGAAGAAGGAUGUUGCUUCUGCACAAUGGGUGCCAGUCUGUGCAACAUCCAAAAAACGAAGCAUAAUGGCCAAGCAUUUGAUGGAAGGCACAUCAUACAUGUUCCGUGUGGCUGCCGAAAAUCAGUUCGGCAGAAGUGAAUAUGUUGAGACAACUAAACCUGUGAAGGCAAUGAACCCACUGUUCCCACCUGGUCCACCAAAGGACCUGCAUCAUGUAGAUGUUGACAAAACAGAGGUGUGGCUUGAGUGGAACUGGCCAGAUCGCACAGGAGGAAGUGACAUCACUGGAUUCUUGGUGGAAUAUCAGGAGGAGGGUGAGAGAGACUGGAUCGUCUUCAAGACUGUGAGCAUCCCUGAAUGCCAUGUGACAGGGCUGGAGGAGGGAAAAACCUAUAGAUUCCGUGUGAAGGCAGAGAAUGCAAUUGGUCUUGGCCGACCAGACACCACUGUGCCAGUGCUCUGCCAAGAAAAACUUGUGCCACCAAUUGUUGAGGUUGAUGCAAAACUGAUUGAUGGAAUCAUUGUGAAGGCUGGAAGCACUAUCAGGCUGCCUGCAAUCAUGAGAGGCAUUCCAGUUCCGACUGCAAAAUGGGUCAUUGAUGGCGAAGAAAUUAAAAGCGAAGGAAAUACCAAGAUUGACACAGACAACUUUUCGACUAUUCUGAGCAUUGCUGAAUGCACAAGAAAUCACACUGGAAACUAUAUUCUCACAGUAUCUAACCCUGCAGGAAGUAAGACUGUUUCUCUGAAUGUCACAGUACUUGAUGUCCCUGCUGCGCCCAUUGGCCCAGUUAACAUCCUUGAAGUAACUCCAGAUUCCAUGGUCAUUGACUGGCGUCCUCCCAAAGAUGAUGGUGGAAGCCCUGUCACGAAUUAUAUUGUUGAAAAGAAAGAAUCUAAUAAGGAAACUUGGGGAGGUGUUAGCUCUGGCAGUACUGCGACACGACUUAAGAUUUCCCGUUUACAGAGUGGUGUUGAAUAUGUUGUAAGAAUCCGUGCAGAAAACAAGAUGGGAAUUGGUGCACCUCUUGAAAGUGCACCAACUGUGGCAAAGCACCAGUAUGAGCCACCUGGCCAUCCUGGAAAACCUGUUGCAUCUGAUAUUUCUGAGGAUGCACUUACUCUUGGUUGGACAAUGCCAUUGUAUGAUGGUGGCAGUCCUAUUACUGGUUACAUUAUCGAGCGGAGACAUAAAGGAGGCAAAUGGAUUCGAGUGAAUAAAAUACCAUGCAAGGACCUCCGAUUCAGAGUGCUUGGACUUUUUGAGGGUAAUGAUUAUGAGUUUAGAGUAUUUGCUGAAAAUAUUGCUGGCUUUAGUGGACCGUCACCUAUCUCAGACCCAGCCAAACCCUGCAGGCCAAUUACAGUUCCUGGACCACCAGUCAAUCCUAAAGUUAAGGAUUAUAGCUGCACUUAUGCUGAUUUAGUCUGGAUAAAGCCUACAAGAGAUGGUGGUAGCCCAAUCCUGGGAUAUGUUGUUGAAUGGCAGAAAGCUGGUGGUGAAUGGGAUAAAGUUAACAAAGAUGAUUUGAUUAAACAAUGUGCAUAUAGAGUGAAGGGACUAACUGAAGGCACAGAAUAUAGGUUCCGUAUUCGAGCAGUCAACAUGAUUGGAGAUGGUGAGACAAGAGAAAUCCCAGAAUCAGUUAUUGCUCAAGAUAUUCUCAUUCCCCCAGAGAUUGAAAUGGAUGUCACAUGCCGUACACAUGUGACUGUACGUGUAGGACACAAUAUUAAUAUUACUGGAUAUGUGAAGGCAAGACCAGAUCCUGAGAUUAUUUGGACCAGAGGAGAGACUGUUUUGGAAAGAGAUAAACGUACUACUCUCACAAAAAAUUUCCCUGUUGUACAUAUGCGUAUCAAGGAAGCUAUCAGAGCAGAUCAUGGAAAGUAUGUUCUUAAGGCUGUGAAUGAUGGUGGAGAAGCCUCAGCUACCAUCACUGUAACUGUACUGGACAGACCUGGACCCUGCAGGAAUCUUAAAUUAACAUAUGUGACCAAAAAUUCUUGCAUGGUGAACUGGGAUGCUCCUGAGGACAAUGGAGGCACUGAGAUUACAAACUACAUUGUUGAGUGUCGCGAGCCAAGCAGCAGAACAUGGUCAAUGAUCUCGUCUGACUGCACCAACCGCAAGGUAAAAGCAAAACUCCUGGAGAAUCAUGAAUAUUUGUUCCGUGUAUCUGCAGAGAACAAGUGUGGUCCUGGACAAGCAAUAGAAACCAAAACACCUAUACUUGCAAUUGAUCCACUUCAGAGACCUGGUGAACCAGAAAAUUUCCAUGUAGCUGAUGUUGGCAAGAACUUUGUUUUCCUGAGAUGGCGAAGACCAGAUUAUGAUGGUGGCAGUCCAAACUUAGGCUACAUUCUGGAAAAGAAAGCAAAGGAUGCUGAAGAGUGGGAAAGCUUACAUGAUGGCAUAAUCAAAGACACAUUCUUUAUGGCAGACAAAUGUGCUGAGAAUCAAAUAUAUCAAUUUAGAGUUCAGGCAACAAAUGAUGGUGGAGAAAGCAACUGGGUGAAGACAUCUGAUGUUCUUGUCAAAGAAGAAAUUCAGAAACCAGUUCUUGACCUCAAAUUUGCUGGUACUAUAGUGGUUAAAGCUGGUGAAUCAGUCAGGCUUGAGGCAGCCCUCAGAGGAAAGCCACAACCUGAGGUAAAAUGGGUGAAGGACAAGGCUACAGAAGAUAACCCAAGAGUCACCAUUGACACUGGAGCAGAUUAUUCAAAAUUCCUUAUGACUAAAGCCAAACGAUCUGACACUGGAAAAUAUGUAAUAACUGCCACAAACUCUGCUGGAAGUUUCACUGCAUAUGCAAAUAUAAGUGUUUUGGACAUACCAGGACCUGUCAGGGAUGUCAGGGUCACUAGUGUGUCCACAGACAAAUGCAGAGUUGUGUGGGAUCCUCCAGAGGAUGAUGGUGGUUGUGAAGUCAAUAGCUAUAUUCUAGAAAAAUGUGAAACUAGAAGAAUGGUUUGGUCUACAUAUUCUGAUAAUGUAGUCACUACCUACUGUAAUGUGACUCACCUUGUUGAAGGUAAUGAGUACAUCUUUAGGGUUAGAGCAGAAAACAAGAUGGGAACAGGUCCUCCAAUGGAGAGCAAGCCUGUUAUUGCCAAAACACAGUACAGCAGACCUGGUCCACCUGAUCCACCAGAGGUCACCAAAAUUGGCAAGGAUGAGAUGACUGUGAUAUGGGCUCCUCCCGAGAAUGAUGGUGGAAAAUCCAUUACCGGCUACAUCCUAGAAAGAAAGGAGAAGCGUGCUGUACGAUGGGUACCGGUUACGAAAAGUCCCAUCUCUGAGAGGCGCAUGAGAGUAACCAACUUGAUUCCUAACCAUGAAUAUCAAUAUCGUGUUAAAGCUGAAAAUGAGGUUGGAUUAGGAGAACCAAGCAAACCUUCAAGACCAGUUGCUGCUAAGGAUCCAAUUGAGCCUCCUGGUCCUCCUGCCAAUCUGAAAGUGGUGGACAGUACAAAGACUUCAAUUACACUUGGCUGGUCCAAGCCAGUGUAUGACGGUGGUGCCCCAAUCAUUGGAUAUUUGGUUGAAAUGAGAGAGAAGAUUGAAAUGGAAGGUGAAAAAGAGCGAGAUCCAGAAGAAGGCUGGUCAAAAUGCAACACUAGUGGGCAGCUUGUUCUCACUGAAUUCACAAUGCUCAACUUGGAUGAGAGGAAACAAUAUGAAUUCCGUGUCUCUGCACAAAAUCAAGUUGGAAUGGGUCGCCCAGCAAAACUUAAAGAUGCUGUGACACCAAAAGAGAUUCAUGAAUUGCCAGAGAUUGAUCUGGAUGCCAGUUUGAGAAAAGGACUCAGUGUAAGAGCAGGUUGUCCCAUAAGACUAUUUGCUACAAUCAGAGGAAGGCCAUCACCCAAAGUGACCUGGAAACGCAUUGGUAUUGACAAUGUUGUCAGGAGAGGUCAUGUGGACCAGAUUGAUACAAUGACCUUUCUUGUUAUACCUGAGAGCACACGUGAAGACUCUGGAAAAUACUCUCUGACACUCUCAAAUCCUUCAGGAGAGAAAGCUGUAUUUGUUCGUGUUAAGGUCUUGGAUACUCCUGGACCUGUUGGUGAACUGGAAGCAACUGAUGUCACAAAGACAUCUUGCCAACUCUCCUGGUCACCUCCAGAAAAUGAUGGUGGCAGUCCAAUCCUUAACUACCUUGUUGAGAAACGUGAAGUAGAUAGGAAAACAUGGACAAAUUGCACCAACGACUUAAAGAAAACAAGCUUUAAAAUCACAAACCUAACACCGGGAACUGAAUACUACUUCAGGGUCAUGGCAGUCAACAAGUAUGGUAUUGGGGUGCCAAAAGACUCUCCAAAAUCCUAUUUGGCUGUAGAUCCCAUGAGUGAACCAGAUCCUCCCAAAAAGAUGGAUGUCUUGGAGAUUUCGAAGAACAGUGCAAAACUUGGAUGGCUAAAACCACUGAGAGAUGGAGGAUCUAAGAUUAAUGGCUACAUUGUUGAUUACCAGGAGGCUGGUCAACCUGAGGACAAAUGGACAUCAUACUCAGUUGUAAAGGACUUGAGCAUUGUGGUUGUUGGUCUAAAAGAAAACACGAAGUAUAGAUUCAGGGUUGCUGCAAGAAACUCUAUAGGAUGCAGCCUGCCAAGAGAGGCUGAAGGAAUUUUUGAAGUCAAAGAGCACCUGAUGGCACCAAAGAUUAUCAUGCCUGAUGUAGUCACAGCAAAGGCAGGAACAAAGCUGAAUGUCGAAGCACUUGUAUCUGGCAAACCUGUUCCAGUCACGACAUGGAAAAGAGGAAGUGAUGAUGUGGUAACAUCUGAUCGUCUUUCUGUGCAAAAAACGUUGUCCUCAUCCACACUAAUGAUUAAGGAUGUUUCAAGGAAGGACAGUGGUUAUUACAGUCUUACUGCUGAGAACAGCAUUUCUAAGGUCAACCAAAUCCUCAGAAUUAUAAUCAUGGAUAUCCCUGGUCCCCCAGAGGGGCCCCUGGAAAUUCUUGAGAUGGACAUUGAUGCCUGCACUCUUGCAUGGAACUCACCAACUGAGGAUGGUGGUAGCAACAUCACUAAUUAUGUUGUUGAAAAAUGUGACGUGAGCAGAGGUGACUGGGUCCCUGCUGUAGCCUCUUGCACCAAGACCAGUUGCCGAGUGGUAAAACUUACCCCUGGCAAAGAAUAUGGUUUCCGAGUGCGUGCUGAAAAUCGCUUUGGGAUUUCAGAGCCAAUCUACUCCGAAAAAAUGAUUGCCAGAUAUCCAUUUGAUCCACCCAGUGAACCAAGGAACUGCUGUGUCAAUAAAAUCAACAAGGACUUUGUUGUUUUGUCUUGGGAGAGACCAGUAAAUGAUGGUGGUAGUCCUAUUAUAGGAUACUCAAUUGAACGUAAAGAGAGAAACAGCCUUUUAUGGGUCAAGGCAAAUGAGACACUUGUUCGUCCAACUGAAUACUCCUGCUCUGGCCUUAUUGAGGGUCUGGAAUACACAUUCAGGGUAUCUGCUGUGAAUAAAGCAGGACAAAGCAAACCAAGCAAACCUACUGAGAUCAUUACAGCCAGGACCCCCGUUGAUCCACCUGGUAAACCAGAGGUUCUUGACGUGACAAGAAAUUCAGUUUCCCUUGUUUGGAACCGUCCAAAACAUGAUGGUGGUAGCAAACUUAUUGGUUAUUAUGUUGAGUGUUUGAAGCUUCCAGGGGACAAGUGGGUACGUAUAAAUGCAAGCAGCCAAAAUGUGCCAAAAGAGGAAUACAUUGCCACUGGACUUGAAGAGGGAGCCCAAUACAAGUUCAGAAUAAUUGCAAAGACAGCAAUUAACAUCAGCGAACCUUCAGAAGAGUCUGAUGCAAUCACAGUCAUUGCAGAGCAUGUUCCACCCAGGGUUGAGAUCAGUCUUGAAAUGAAGAACCUUAUCACUGUCAAAGCUGGAGCAAAUGUUUGCCUUUAUGCUGAGGUCUAUGGAAAACCAUUACCAAAAGUUUCAUGGAAGAGAGAUGGUGUGCCAUUGUCACUUGUUGAGGGCAUGAAGAUGUCUCAGAAGAGACACCUCUUCCUCUUAGAAUUGUUCUCUGUGACAAGAAAGGAGUCUGGAGAGUAUACUAUUGUUGCUGAGAACCCUAGUGGCACUAAGUCUGGCAACAUUAAGCUGAAGGUUCUGGAUAAACCUGGACCCCCAGCAUCAGUAAAGAUCAGCCAAGUUUUUGCUGACCGGGUUAAACUGCGGUGGGAGCCACCUCUUUCAGAUGGUGGAGCUGAAAUAACCAACUAUAUUAUUGAUAAACGUGAAACAAGCAGAGCUAACUGGGCUCAGGUUACUUCCAACAUUAAUGGCCAGAUUACAAACUGCUCAGUGGAGAAAUUGAUUGAGGGUCAUGAAUACGAGUUCCGCAUCAGUGCUGAAAACAAGUAUGGUGUUGGUGACCCAAUUGUCACUACCUCUGUGAUUGCUAAGAAUCCAUAUGAUGUUCCCGGACCUUGUGACCCACCUGUUAUUACCAAUGUUACCAAAGACCACAUGACUGUGAGCUGGAAGGCCCCUGCUGAUGAUGGCAAAUCCCCAAUCCUUGGAUACAUGGUGGAAAAACGUGAAAUUCAGGAACUCAGUUGGUCUAAAAUAAACAGAAAACCUGUCAUUGAUAGAACAAUUAAAGCUGGAGGUCUCACUGAGGGUUCUGAGUAUGAAUUCAGAGUUAUUGCUCUCAAUAAGGCUGGUCUUGGCAAACCAAGCGAUCCCUCUCAAGCUGCUCUUGCAGUGGACCCACUAUAUCCUCCAGGGCCACCUGCUUUCCCCAAGGUUGUUGACUCUACACACAGCUCAGUCAGUCUAUCAUGGACCAAGCCUGCCUAUGAUGGUGGAUGUGAAAUUUUGGGCUACCUGGUUGAGGUCAAGAGGGCAGAUUCAGAGGACUGGUUAAAGUGCAAUAUGCCAAAAAAUCUCCAGGACACAAAGUUCCUUGUCAGUGGGCUCCUUGAUAACACAGAAUAUCAAUUCCGUGUGACUGCUGUAAAUAAGAUUGGAUUUAGUGAGCCAAGUGAAGUUCCUGGGAAGCAUAUGGCACAAGAUAUUUUAAUUGCUCCUGAGGCAGACCUUGAUGCAGAUCUUAGGAAAGCACUUGUAUUGCGAGCUGGAGUCACACUGAGAAUCUAUGUGCCAAUUAGAGGCCGUCCUGCACCAAAGGUGACAUGGAGCAAGGUCAAUGCCAACUUGAAGGAGAGGCAAGGUCUUAUGAUCAACACAACCGAAUGGGAUACUUUUGUAUACUGUGAAGACAUCAACAGAUAUGAUGCUGGCAAAUAUGUGCUAACCCUUGAAAACAGCAGUGGAUCCAAGUCCUAUACCAUUGUUGUCAAAGUCUUAGAUACACCUGGACCACCACUCAACCUGACUGUAAAAGAAACAUCAAGAAAUCAUGCAUCUAUCACUUGGCAUCCUCCACAAAUUGAUGGUGGAAGUCCAGUGAAGAGCUAUGUUGUGGAAAAACGUCUGGCAGAACGGAAAGCAUGGACCUGUGUUGCUUCUGAGUGCCCCAAAACAUCUUUCAGAAUUACUAACCUAGAUGCUGGGAAAGCCUACUGUUUCAGAGUCUCAGCUGAAAAUGUGUAUGGUAUUGGUGAAGGCUGUGAGACAGCUGGACCAGUUAAAGCCUCAGAGCAACCUGGACCAGUUACAGAAUUCAAACCUGCACUGGUCACCAAGGAUUCUUGCACACUUAUUUGGAAGAAGCCCAUCAGUGAUGGUGGAAGCAAUAUUGUUGCAUAUGCAUUAGAAAUCAGUGAAGGUGAAGACAAAUGGAAGCAGCUCAUGAAGGCCAAACAACUGCAAUACACAGUAAAGGACCUACAAGAAGGAAAAGAAUACUCUUUCAGAGUUAAAGCUUAUAAUGAGUCUGCUGAAGGACCCACCACUGAACUGACUGUGGUGGCUAAGGAUCAAAUUGUUCUCCCAGACUGUGACCUUAAGGGGUUGCCAGACUCUUGUUAUGUGGCAAAGGAGGGAAGCACGGUUCGCCUCACAAUCCCAAUUACUGGUAUUCCUGCUCCAACAGUCAUGUGGAAGAAGGGAGGUGUUGCUUUGGGAGAUAGUGGAAGAGUCUCUGUUGAAUCCACAGUAACAAACACAACCUUGCUGAUACGUGACUGUCAGAGAGGUGAUGCAGAGAAGUAUUGUCUCAUUUUGAAAAACAGUGCAGGAACCAAGGAAGGCACCAUAGACAUCAAGGUAGUUGGGAAGCCUGGAAUUUGCACAGCGCCCAUCAAAUUUGAUGAAAUUACAGCUGAUGGAAUUACUUUGGAAUGGGGUCCACCCAAGGAUGAUGGUGGAUCAGAAAUUUCCAACUACAUCUUAGAGAAGAGGCAGUCCACAAAUAACAAGUGGGUCACUGUUGCUUCAGCCAUUCAGAAGAACACCAUGAGAGUCACCAGACUCCAUGAUGGAACAGAGUACCUAUUCAGAGUAUGUGCUGAAAACAAAUAUGGUGUUGGAGACUUCCUGAGAUCUGAUCCAGUGGUGGCUAAACAUCCAUUCAAUGCGCCAGAGGCUCCAGAGCCACCACAGGUCUUGGCUAUUCGCCAUGAGUCUGCUAUUGUGUCGUGGUCAGAUCCAAAGGAUACAGGAGGCUCUCCUAUUACAGGAUACCAUGUGGAAUUCAAAGAUAGGAACAGUUUAUUAUGGAAGAGAGCCAGCAAGACACCUCUGAGAGUGAAGGAGUGUAGAGUGACUGGUUUAGUUGAGGGCCUUGAGUAUGAAUUCAGAGUUAUGGCUAUAAACGUGGCUGGAAUAGGAAAACCAAGCAAACCAACUGAAGCAUUUGUUGCCCUUGAUCCAAUUGAUCCUCCUGGCAAACCUGAUGUAAUCAACAUUACAAGGAACAGCGUAACACUCAUUUGGACUGCGCCUAAAUACGAUGGAGGUCACAGACUGACCGGCUAUAUCAUUGAAAAACUAGAGCAUCCAGGAAAGGUCUGGAUGAAGGCCAACCAUGUCAAUAUCCAGAGUUGUGCUUUCACAGUAACAGAUUUGCAAGAAGGCUGCAUGUAUGAUUUUAGAAUUAGGGCAAAGAAUGCAGCUGGUGCCAUCAGUGCUCCCUCAGAGCAAACUGACACCCUUGUCUGCAGAGACGAAUAUGAACCACCAACUAUUACAAUUGACCCUGAAAUGAAGGAUGGUGUCACUGUCAGGGCUGGAGAAACAAUUGUGAUUUCUGCAUCAAGUAUCCUUGGCAAACCUCCACCUAUAUCUGUAUGGUCUAAGGAAGGAAGAGAAUUCAAGCCAUCAGAUGUUGUCCAGAUUACAAGCACUCCCACAUCUUCAACUCUGUCAAUUAAAUAUGCCAGCAGAAAGAACACUGGGGAGUAUAUAAUUACUGCCAGCAACCCAUUUGGUAUUAAGGAAGAAAGAGUAAAAGUAAAAGUCCUAGAUGUGCCUGGUCCACCUGGUCCUAUUGAAGUCAGCAGUGUCUCUGCAGAAAAAUGCACACUGACAUGGUUACCACCAGAAGAGGAUGGAGGCUGUGCUAUCAAAUCAUACAUCCUUGAAAAGAGAGAAACUAGCCGUCUACUUUGGACAAAGCUUGCUGAAAAUGUAAUGGAUUGCCGUUAUGUGGCCUGCAAGUUGAUUAAAGGCAAUGAAUAUAUCUUCCGUGUUUCAGCGGUCAAUCAGUAUGGUACAGGUGAUGCUAUCCAGUCUGGUCCAGUCAAAAUGGUUGACAGCUUUGGACCCCCUGGGCCACCAUCAAAACCAGAAAUUGAUAAUGUCAGCAGAACCGCUGUAACUAUUUCCUGGAAGAGACCAGUGGUGGAUGGAGGAAGUGAUAUUAGAGGGUAUAGUGUUGAGAGAAAGGAGAGGAGAGGUAUGAGAUGGGUUAGAGCUUCAAAGAAGACCAUUUCCGAUCUACGUUACAAAGUAUCAGGCCUUACGGAAGGAGUUGAGUAUGAGUUCCGUGUAACUGCUGAGAACAAAGCUGGUUUUGGAGUACCCAGUGAGCCAUCCCAACCAGUGCUGACAAAAGACAUUGCAUAUCCACCUGGACCUCCAUCCAACCCAAGAAUAACUGAUACCACCAAAACAACAGCAACAUUUAACUGGGGAAGACCGUUUUAUGAUGGUGGCCUUGAUGUGACAGGAUAUAUUGUUGAGCACAAAAAGGAAGGAGAAGAUGAUUGGAUUCAGGACACAACUUCUCCCUUGAGAAUCACUGAGUUUGUUGUUCCAAACCUACAAGCAGGGGGCAAAUAUAAUUUCAGAGUCAGUGCCAUUAAUUCAGAAGGAUGUGGGGAACCUGCUGAAGUUGAAAAAAUUGUGGAACUUGUUGACCGUGAAGAGAUUCCUGACUUUGAACUUGAUGCAGAACUGAGAAGAACACUUAUUGUCCGAUCAGGUGCCUCCAUCCGCAUAUUUGUACCAAUUAAGGGCCGUCCAACUCCUGAAGUUACAUGGAUGAAAGAUAAUGUUGCUCUCAAAGGUAGAGCUCACAUUGACAGUACUGAGUCAUACACUCUAGUGGUUGUCCCUGAGUGUACAAGAUAUGAUGCUGGAAAAUACAUUUUGACUUUAGAAAAUGUUGCUGGAAAGAAGACAGGAUUUGUCAAUGUCCGAGUCGUGGACACACCUGGGCCUCCAGUCAAUUUGAAACCAAGGGAAAUCACCAAAAACAGCAUUACACUUCAGUGGGAAAUUCCAAUUAUUGAUGGUGGCUCAAAGAUCAAAAAUUACAUAAUUGAGAAGCGUGAUGCAACUAGAAAGGCCUUCACAACAAUCACUACAAAUUGGCAGAAAUGUUCAUACCAGGUUAAAGAUUUGGAAGAGGGAGCUGAAUAUUACUUCAGAGUUUCAGCUGAAAACGAACAAGGUAUUGGUGAGGCAGCAGAGACACCAGAACCUAUCAGAGCUUCUCAGGCUCCAUCUUCACCAGACAAUUUAGCAGUUACAGAUGUGACAAAGGAUACAGCAACUCUUGCAUGGACAAAACCAAUUUAUGAUGGUGGUAGCAGAAUCACUGGCUAUGUGAUUGAGGCUCAGAAGAAGGGUUCUGAUCAGUGGCUACAUGUCACCACAAUAAAGGCUUUGGACUAUACUGUAACAGAUUUAACAGAAAAUGCAGAAUAUGUAUUCCGUAUCUUUGCUGUGAACAGCUCAGGUAGAAGCGAACCUCGUGAAAGCCGGCCAGUUGAAAUCAAGGAGCAGACUACCGCACCAGGAUUUGACCUCAGAUCUGUCUAUCAGAAGUUGGUAGUAGCCAAAGCAGGUGAUAAUGUGAAGGUUGAGAUCCCUGUUUUUGGUCGUCCAAGACCAUCUGUUGUCUGGAAGAAAGAAGAUCAGGAACUUAAACAGACACAAAGAAUCAACAUUGACAACACAACGACCUCGACAAUUCUUAACAUACGAGAAAUCAAGAGAAAAGAUGGAGGACAGUAUUCAAUGACAGGGAAGAAUAUACUGGGAACAGUGACAGAAACCAUUACUGUACAAGUACAUGAUAUCCCAGGACCUCCAACUGGACCGAUUAAAGUGGAUGAAGUGUCCUGUGACUAUGUAGUUAUAUCAUGGGAUGCACCAGAGAAUGAUGGAGGAGUUCCUAUCAAUAAUUAUAUUGUUGAGAUGAGAGAGACAACUGGCACAUCUUGGGUUGAGUUAGCAGCUACUGUCAUUCGCACAACAUUCAAAGCUGCUCGUCUUACAACAGGAAUUGAAUAUCAGUUCCGUGUAAAAGCUCAGAACAGAUAUGGUGUUGGUCCCUACAUAACAUCUGAACCUGUUGUUGCUGCUUAUCCAUUUGAGGUACCCGGCCAGCCAGGUAUUCCACAAGUUGUUGCCUUCACAAAAGAUUCUAUUACAAUUAGCUGGAAUGAACCUUCCACGGACGGAGGAAGCCCGAUUUUGGGAUAUCAUAUUGAGAGGAAAGAGAAAAACAGCAUCCUGUGGCAGCGGAUCAGCAAAGCCCUUGUAGUUGGGAACAUUUUUAAGUCAUCUGGUCUGAUGGAUGCAAUUGCAUACGAAUUCCGUGUUAUUGCUGAAAACAUGGCUGGUCUUAGUAAGCCAAGCAAGGCUUCUGAGAUGACAUUUGCACUUGAUCCAGUGGACCCUCCCAGUCAACCAGUGGCACUUAAUAUAACUAGACAUGAGAUUACCCUUCAAUGGAUGAAGCCACAGAGUGAUGGUGGUUUCCCAAUCACUGGGUACACUGUGGAAAAGAGAGAGCUGCCAAAUGGUCGCUGGCUCAAAGCAAACUUUAGCAAUAUCCUUGAGACAAGCUUCACUGUAAGUGGACUGACAGAAAAUUCUUCAUAUGAAUUCCGUAUCUUUGCAAGAAAUUCAGCUGGAUCUGUCAGCAAGCCCUCGAAACCCUCAGAAGUCAUAAUCUGCAGAGAUGAUAUUGAGGAGCCAAAGCUUGAUGUUGAUGCAAGCUUUAGCCAUAUUGUGGUAGUUAAGGCAGGUGAUGUCUUCAAACUAGAUGCAAAUGUUACUGGCAGACCAAUCCCAUCUUUUGUAUGGACAAAAGAUGGGAAAGAACUUGAAGACACUGCAAAACUAGAGAUUAAAACAGCAGAUUUCUAUACCUGUUUAAUCAACAAAGAUUCAUCACGAAGGGAUGGUGGUGCAUUCACUCUAACUGCAAGCAACCCUGGAGGAUUUGCCAAGUUUGUUUUCAAUGUUAAGGUCCUUGAUAGGCCUGGGCCUCCUGAAGGACCCCUUCAUGUUACAGACAUGACAACAGAGAAAUGUAUUCUGUCUUGGCUACCACCACUUGAAGAUGGAGGAGCAAAGAUUGAAUAUUAUAUAAUUCAGAGACGUGAAACAAGCAGACUUGCAUGGACAAAUGUAGCCACAGAUUUACAAGUCAACCGUUAUAAAGUUACCAAAUUGCUAAAAGGAAAUGAAUAUGUCUUCAGAGUUAUGGCUGUGAAUAAAUAUGGAGUUGGUGAGCCCCUUGAGUCAGAACCUGCAGUUGCCACUAACCCAUAUGUACCCUCUGAUCCACCACAAGCUCCCGAAGUAACAACAAUUACAAAGGACUCUAUGGUGGUUUGCUGGGGACAUCCUGAAAACAAUGGAGGAAGUGCCAUAACUACUUACAUAAUUGAAAGAAGGGAUAAAACUGGCCUCCGAUGGGUCAAAUGCAAUAAGAGGUCAGUAACUGAUUUGCGCUUUAAAGUGUCUGGACUUACACCAGGGCAUGAAUAUGAAUUCAGGAUCCUUGCUGAAAAUGCUGCUGGUUUAAGUGCUCCAAGCCCUUCAAGUCCAUUUUAUAAGGCAUGUGACACAAUAUUCCAGCCUGGACCUCCAGGGAAUCCAAGAAUUUUGGAUACAACAAAGUCAUCCAUUACUGUUGCUUGGAACAAACCAGUUUAUGAUGGUGGUUCAGACAUUACAGGAUAUAUUGUAGAAACCUGCCUACCAGAAGAAGAUGAAUGGACAGUUGUCACUCCAAAGGAAGGUCUUGUAGGAACAUCAUUUACCAUAAUUAAUUUAAGAGAAAACCAAGAAUAUAAGAUCAACAUUUCUGCCCUGAACUGUGAGGGAGUUGGAGAACCUGCAUCAGUACCUGGUUCACCAAAAGCAGAGGACAGAUAUAUUCCACCUGAAAUUGAGCUUGAUUCAGAUCUUCGAAAAGUGGUGAACAUUAGAGCUUGCAGCACACUGAGACUGUUUGUACCAAUUAAAGGAAGACCUGCACCAGAAGCUAAAUGGUCAAGGGAGAAUGGUGAACCCCUUGAUAAAGCAUCUAUUGAGACCACAACAUCAUUCACAUCACUUGUUAUUGAGAACGUUAACAGGUUUGACAGUGGAAAGUAUUUACUAACAGUGGAAAACAGCUCUGGGAGUAAAACAGCAUUUGUGAAUGUCAGGGUGCUUGACACUCCAGGGGCACCACAAAAUCUCACAAUUAAGGAAAUCACAAAAGAUUCUGUCUCACUGAUCUGGGAUCCUCCAAUUAUUGAUGGUGGAUCAAGAGUCAGGCAUUACCUUGUAGAAAAACGUGAAUCCACAAGAAAGGCAUAUUCCAUUGUAAAUGCUUCCUGCCCCAAAACAAGCUGGAGAAUUGGUGAUCUGCAGGAAGGAAGUUUAUAUUUCUUCAGAAUCUUGGCUGAAAAUGAAUAUGGUGUUGGCCUCCCAGUGGAAACUGCUGAACCAGUCAAGAUUUCUGAAAAGCCUUUACCUCCUGGCAAGGUCACUCUUAAAGAGGUAACUGGCAGCAGUGUAACUCUGUCAUGGGAGAAGCCAGAUCAUGAUGGAGGAAGCAGGAUCACAGGAUAUGUUGUGGAAAUGCAAGGAAAGGGCAGUGACAAAUGGACUCAGGUAAUGACUGUAAAGGUAACAGAGGCGGUUAUUGCUGGUCUGACUCGAGGUGAAGAGUACUCAUUCCGUAUAUCAGCAACAAAUGAAAAAGGGACAAGUGAUCCUCGUCUACUCAGUGUGCCCGUUGUGGCAAAGGAUCUUGUCAUCACACCUGCAUUCAAGCUUUUAUUUAAUACAUUCAGUGUGCUGGCAGGUGAUGACCUGAAGAUAGAUGUACCUUAUGUUGCUCAGCCCAAAGCAGCAGUUACCUGGUUUAAAGAUGGUACUGUUCUCAAAGAGACAACACGGGUAAAUUCUGAAGUUACUGACAGUCAUCUAUACCUUGUAAUCAAGGAAGCAACACGUGAUGAUGUGGGUAAAUAUACUAUCAAGAUUAUAAACUCAGCUGGAGAAGCUACCGCUGACAUCACUGUUGUUGUACUUGAUAAACCUGGUCCUCCUACUGGACCUAUCAAAAUAGAUGAGGUAACUGCAGACAGUGUGACAUUGUCAUGGCAGCCACCAGAGUAUGAAGGUGGUUGUACAAUUAAUAAUUAUAUUGUGGAAAAGAGGGACACAUCCACCACAAACUGGCAGAUUGUGUCAGCUACAGUUGCUAGAACAACCACCAAAGCUGCAAGACUGAAAACUGGCUGUGAGUAUCAGUUCAGGAUUGCAGCUGAAAACAGAUAUGGUAAGAGCUCUUUUCUACUGUCUGAGCCUGUAAUUGCACAGUAUCCAUUUGAGGUGCCAAGUGCACCAGGGACUCCCACUGUUCAGUCUGCUACCAAAGAAACUAUGGUCAUUGUUUGGAACAGGCCUAGCAGUGAUGGUGGAAGCAAGAUUAUUGGCUAUCAUCUUGAGAGUAAAGAAAGAAAUAGCCUCCUGUGGGUGAAACAAAAUAAAACCAUCAUUCCAGACACAAGAUUCAAGGUUAGUGAUCUCGAAGAAGGCAUUGAAUAUGAGUUCAGGGUUUAUGCUGAGAAUAUUGUUGGACUGAGCAAAGCCAGCAGAGUGUCAGAAAUACAGGUAGCAAGAGAUCCCUGUGACCCUCCAGGCAAACCAGAAGCAGUAAUUGUCACUAGAAGCUCUGUAACAUUACGAUGGACAGCACCAGAAUUUGAUGGUGGUAGCCGAAUAACUGGCUAUGUAGUUGAGAAGAAAGAAUUGCCUAAUGGUCGCUGGAUGAAGGCUAGUUUCACUAAUAUCAUAGAAACUGAAUUUGUUGUCAGUGGCUUGGUGGAAGAACAACAGUAUGAAUUCCGAGUCAUUGCAAAAAAUGCAGCUGGUGUAUAUAGUGUACCAUCUGACAGUACUGGUGCAAUAACUGCAAAGGAUGAAGUAGAGCCACCUAUGAUUGACUUGGAUGCUAAAUAUUCUCAAACCAUUAUUGUUAAUGCCGGAGAAUCGUUUAAGAUUGAUGCUGGAAUAUCUGGCAAGCCUAUACCAUCAGUCCAUUGGAUAAAAAAUGGUGAGGAACUUGCUAAUACAGCUAGACUUGAGAUUAAAAAUACCGACUUCACAGCCUCUCUAAGUGUAAAAGAAGCUAUUCGUGUUGAUGGAGGCCAGUACACACUGCUACUGAAAAAUGUUGGUGGUGAGAAAUCCAUAAACAUCAAUAUCAAAGUUCUAGACAGGCCUGGGCCACCGGAUGGGCCUAUUUCUAUAUAUGGGGUUACAAGUGAGAAAUGCUGCAUAGCAUGGAAAACACCUUUACAUGAUGGAGGUGCUGAGAUAUCUCAUUAUAUUGUUGAAAGAAGGGAGACCAGCCGAUUAGUUUGGACUGUUGUGGAAUCUAAGGUGCAAACCCUUAAUCUGAAGAUUACCAAGCUCCUUCCUGGAAAUGAGUAUAUUUUCAGAGUGAUCCCUGUCAACAAAUAUGGAAUUGGUGAGCCUCUGGAAUCUGAUCCAGUCAUUGCCACAAAUCCAUUUGUCACACCCGAUCCACCAACUGGGGUGGAGAUAUCCAAUAUAACAAAGGACUCCAUGGUUGUUACUUGGGAAAGACCCAUUAAUGAUGGAGGUAAUGCAAUUACAGGAUACGUAAUUGAAAAGAGGGACAAAGAAGGUGUCAGAUGGACAAGAUGCAAUAAGCGUUUAGUUAGUGAACUGCGCUUUAGAGUGACGGGUCUUCUUGAAAACCGCAGUUAUGAAUUCCGUGUCUCUGCUGAGAAUGCAGCUGGAAUUGGUAAACCCAGUGCCCCUACUGUAUACUUCAAGGCUUUGGAUCCAGUCUUCAGGCCAGGUCCACCAAACAACCCUAGGGUUAUUGAUAUCUCAAGGUCAUCUGUUGUACUACACUGGAGCAAACCUAUUUAUGAUGGUGGAUGUGAGAUUCAAGGUUAUAUUGUUGAAUUCUGCGAAGGCACAUCUGAUGAGUGGACAAUGUGCACGCCUCCCACAGGAAUCACAGAAACAAGAUUUGAAGUUAAAAAACUGCUGGAAAAACAUGAAUACAAAUUCAGAAUUUGUGCGAUAAAUAAGGCUGGAGUUGGAGAACAUGCAGAUAUCAAAGAAUCCAUUCUUGUGGAGGACAAACUAGAGGCACCAGAUAUUGAUCUUGAUGCUGACCUAAGAAAGAUGAUCACUGUUAUAGCUGGAGGAGCCCUGAGAUUGUUUGUUCCAAUCAGAGGACGACCAGCUCCAGAGGUCAAAUGGGGAAAAGCUGAAGGUGAAAUUAAUGAGACAGCACAGAUUGACAUCACAAGCAGUUAUACUUCCCUUGUAAUUGAAAACAUAAACAGAUUUGACAGUGGAAAAUACACUUUGUCUUUGGAAAAUGCAAGUGGUACAAAAUCUGCAUUUAUUAGUGUCAGAGUACUUGACACCCCUGAUGCACCUGCAAACUUCCAUGUGAAGGAAAUAACAAAGAAUUCAGUUACCCUCACAUGGGAGCCACCUUUGCUGGAUGGUGGAGCUAAAAUAAAAAAUUAUAUUGUUGAAAAGCGUGAGAGUACAAGGAAGGUAUACUCUACUGUUGCUUCCUGCAACAAGAUGUCAUACAAGAUCGAGCAGCUCCAAGAAGGCAGCAACUACUACUUUAGAGUUCUUGCUGAAAAUGAAUAUGGAAUUGGAUUACCUGCUGAAACACUAGAACCACUAAAAAUCUCAGAAGUGCCACAACCUCCUGGAAAAAUCUCUGUGGUGGAUGUUACACGCAAGAGCAUCUCACUGUCCUGGGAAAAACCAGAACAUGAUGGGGGUAGUAGAAUCACUCACUAUGAAGUUGAGAUGCAAGCAAAAGACAGUGAAAAGUGGUCUGUGUGUGCACAAGUUAAAUCACUUGACACCAUUAUUACCAAUUUAGUCCAAGGUGCAGAGUACAAUUUUAGGGUGAUUGCAGUUAAUGACAAAGGAAAGAGUGAUCCCAGACAUCUAGCACACACUGUUCUUGCAAAAGACCUUGUAAUUGAGCCAUCUGUAAGGACAAAACUUAGCACAUACAGUGUACAAGUUGGCCAUGACUUGAAAAUUGAAGCACGUAUCACUGGUCAUCCAAAGCCAAUCAUUACAUGGACUAAAGAUGGUACAGAGCUGAAACAGACCACAAGAGUUAAUGUUGCAGACACUGCCCACCAUACAACAUUAUUGAUUAAAGACGCAACAAGAGAUGAUGGUGGUAUGUACAACAUUACAGUAGCUAAUGUACUAGGACAAAAGGAGGCCACUGUUGAAAUCAUUAUACUUGACAAACCUGGUCCACCAACAGGGCCAGUAAGGAUAGAUGAAAUAAGUGCAGAAAGUAUUACACUGUCAUGGGAUCCUCCAACCUACACAGGAGGAUGCCAAAUUUCGAAUUACAUUGUGCAAAAGAGAGAUACUACCACAACUAACUGGGCAGUUGUUUCAGCUACAGUAGCAAGAACUACACUCAAAGUUGGAAAUUUGAAAACUGGAGCUGAGUACCAGUUCAGAAUCUUUGCAGAAAAUAGAUAUGGGAAAAGCUAUGCUAUAGACUCAGAGCCAGUUGUUGCUCAGUAUCCUUUCAAAGAGCCAGGGCCUCCUGGAACACCAUAUGUGUCUGCUUUUACAAAAGAAUCUAUGGUAGUUGAAUGGCACAAACCAGUUUCAGAUGGCGGCAGUGCUAUUCUUGGAUAUCAUCUUGAAAGAAAAGAAAAGAACAGUAUUCUCUGGACAAAAAUAAAUAAAAUGCUUAUUCAAGACACCCGAUUUAAAACAUCUCCUUUGGAGGAAGGCAUAGAAUAUGAGUUUAGAGUUUCUGCUGAAAAUAUUGUUGGAAUUGGUAAAUGCAGCAAAGUUUCUGAAGGUUGCGUGGCCCGUGAUCCAUGUGAUCCUCCUGGCACACCCGUGCCAGUAAUUGUGACAAGACACUCGGUGAUGCUGAGAUGGACACCACCAGAAUAUGAUGGAGGCAGUCUGGUCACUGGAUAUAUUGUGGAGAAACGGGACCUCCCAGAUGGCCGUUGGAUGAAAGCAAGCUUUACAAACAUCCUUGAAACUGAAUUUACAGUCACAGGUCUGACAGAAGACUCAAAAUAUGAUUUCAGGGUCAUUGCUAGAAAUGGUGCUGGAUCAGUCAGCAAACCUUCUGCAUGCACAGGGCCAAUCACAGCUAAAGAUGAGGUUGAGCCACCAACCUAUGAGAUUGACUCACAAUACAGCCAAGUAAUGAUUGUAAAUGCUGGAGAUACAUUUGUACUGCAAGCAUCUGUAUUGGGGAAGCCAGUUCCAACAAUGCAGUGGUUCAAAGGUGAUGUGGAAGUUGAAAAUUCUGCAAGAGCUGAGACCAAGAACACAGACUUCAAAGCAGUUCUUGUUAUCAAAGAUGCUAUUAGAGUUGAUGGAGGACAGUACACUUUGCAGCUUACCAAUGUUGGGGGAACUAAAUCUGUGCCCUUUAAUGUAAGAGUGCUUGAUAGACCUGGGCCACCAGCAGGACCUCUGACAGUUUCAAAUGUAACAAGUGAAAAGUGCUCUUUGUCAUGGCUUCCUCCUGUACAUGAUGGUGGUAGCAGUAUUUCUCAUUACAUCAUUGAAAAAAGGGAAACCAGCCGUCUUACUUGGACUGUAGUGUCUAGUGACUGUGGAGCAACUAUGUUCAAGGUCACUAAGCUUCUAAAAGGAAAUGAAUACAUCUUCCGUGUCAUGGCUGUUAACAAAUAUGGUGUUGGUGAACCUUUAGAGUCUGUACCAGUAAUAAUGAGAAAUCCAUUUGUUCCUCCUGGACCACCUAGAGAACUAGAAAUAACAAAUAUCUCAAGAGAUUCUAUGACUGUGUGCUGGACUCGCCCAGAGUCUGAUGGUGGAAGUGAGAUUGUUGGGUACAUUGUUGAAAAGAGAGACAGAGCUGGAGUCAGAUGGACAAAAUGUAACAAACGUAGAAUUACAGACCUUCGCUUCAGAGUUACAGGUCUUACAGAGGACCAUGAAUACGAAUUCAGGUUAUCUGCAGAAAACGCUGCAGGAGUUGGUCAACCGAGUCCACCAACUCUGUAUUACAAAGCAUGUGACCCAACAUUUAAACCUGCUCCACCAACUAAUGCACAUAUUACUGACACCACAAAGGACUCAGUGACUAUUGAAUGGAGUAGACCAAUCUAUGAUGGUGGUUUAGACAUCCAGGGCUAUGUUGUAGAGAUCUGCAAAGCUGAUGAAGAGGAAUGGCUAACAUGUACUCCACCUACUGGGUUGAAUGAUACUAAAUUCACAAUUACCAAACUCAUAGAACAUCAAGAAUACAAGGUUCGAAUAUGUGCUCUUAAUAAACUAGGUGUUGGUGAGCCAGUCACCAUUCCUGGUACAGUAAAGCCUGUUGAUAAAAUGGAGCCUCCUGAAAUUGAACUUGAUUCUGAGUUAAGAAAGGGCAUUGUUGUCCGUGCUGGAGGAAGCAUGAGAAUUAGCAUUCCCUUCAAAGGCCGUCCCACUCCAGAGAUAAACUGGACUAAGGAUCAUGGUGAUCUACCAAGUAAAGCACAAAUUGAAAAGGGUCUAGAUUAUACCCAGCUUUCAGUUGACAUAUGUGAUAGGAAUGAUGCAGGAAAAUAUAUUCUGACUCUAGAGAACAGCAGCGGUACCAAGUCAGCAUUUGUUUCAGUGAAAGUACUGGAUACACCAGGUGCUCCUCUAAACUUAACUGUUAAAGAUAUCACAAGAAAUUAUGUAACUCUUGUUUGGGAGCCUCCACUUAUUGAUGGUGGGGCGAAGAUAAAGAAUUAUAUUGUGGACAAACGUGAAUCAACUAGACCUGCCUUCUCUAAUAUUACUACAAAAUGCACCAAGACUAGCUUACGUGUUGGUGAUCUCGAUGAAGGUGGCAUUUAUUACUUCAGAGUCAUGGCUGAGAAUGAGUUUGGAGUAGGUCUGCCUGUAGAAACAGAGGAAUCUGUGAAGACAGCAGAUCCUCCUCUAUCUGUGGGUAAGGUCACAUUGACUGAUGUGACUAAAACUUCUGCAUCACUUUCAUGGGAGAAACCAGACCAUGACGGUGGUAGUAGGAUUCUAGGAUAUUAUAUUGAAAUGCAGCCAAAAGGAUCAGAAGGCUGGGUAGUAGCAACUACUACCAAAACCUGUGAGGGAACAGUCACAGGACUUAGCGCUGGCCGAGAGUACCUCUUCCGAGUGUCGGCCUACAAUGAUAAAGGAAAGAGUGAUCCAAGGCCACUGGCAGCUCCAGUCAUAGCUAAUGAUAUAACAAUUGAACCAGCCCUCAAACUGACUUUCAACACAUACAGUGUGAAAUAUGGUGGAGAGCUGAAAGUAGAAAUUCCAGUAAAAGGUCGUCCAACACCAAAGGUCACAUGGACUAAAGAUGGCCACUCAUUAAAAGAGACAACUAGACUAAAUGUCUCAAGCACGGCAACAUCAACAAUUCUUAGCAUCAAAGAUGCCAAUAGAGAGGAUUCUGGCAAAUAUACAGUAACAGCUAUAAACAAUGUAGGAUCAGUCUCAGAGGAAAUUGGCGUAAUCAUCUUAGACAAGCCUGGUCCACCUGUUGGCCCAGUUAAAAUUGAUGAAGUAAGUGCCAACUAUGUAAUAAUUUCAUGGGAACCACCUGUGUACACUGGUGGUUGUCAAAUAAACAAUUACAUUGUGGAGAAACGAGACACAACUACCACAGCCUGGCAGAUUGUAUCAGCAACCAUUGCACGUACAACAAUCAAAAUUUCUAAGCUGAAAACUGGCUCAGAAUAUCAGUUUAGAGUGUUUGCUGAAAACAGAUAUGGAAAAAGUUCACCUUUAGACUCAGUACCUGUUGUCGUUAGCUAUCCUUUCAGUGAACCUGCAGCACCUGGUACACCAUUUGUGUCCUCAGUGACAAAAGAUCACAUGACAGUUGAAUGGAAGCCACCUAGUAAUAAUGGAGGUAGCCCUGUUCUUGGGUAUCACAUUGAGCGCAAAGAGAAGAACAGUAUUCUCUGGACAAAACUUAACAAGCUUCUUGUAACUGAUACUCAAUUCAAAACAAAUGGUCUCGAGGAGGGCAUUGAGUAUGAAUAUAGAGUAUUUGCUGAAAAUAUUGCAGGAAUAAGUCCAUCUAGCAAAGUUUCAGAAACUGUUGUAGCACGUGAUCCAUGUGAUCCACCUGGAACUCCGGAGGCUAUUGUUAUCACUAGAAACCUUGUCACACUUCAAUGGACAAGGCCCCAAUACGAUGGAGGCAGUGUGGUCACGGGUUAUAUUGUUGAGAGGAAAAAGCUACCUGAUGGUCGUUGGAUGAAGGCUAGCUUUACAAAUAUAAUUGACACUCAGUUUACAGUUACAGAGUUGACAGAAGGAGACCGUUAUGAAUUCAGAGUAAUUGCAAGAAAUGCAGCUGGUAUUUUAAGUGAGCCUUCUGAAAGCACUGGAAUAAUUACUGCACAGGAUGAGAUUGAAGCACCUUCAGUUUCCAUGGACUCAAAAUUCAAGGAUAUCAUUAUCGUGAAUGCUGGUGAGACAUUUGCUAUUGAUGCUGAUAUUGCAGGCAAACCACUCCCAGAUAUAAGGUGGCUAAAGGAUGGAAAAGAAAUUGACAGUGCUACUCCAAGAAUGGAAAUUAAAUCCACUAUUACACAUACUGUUUUAACCGUUAAAGAUUGCAUAAGGGUAGAUGGUGGACAUUUUGUCCUAAGCCUCAGCAAUGUGGGUGGAACAAAACUGGUCCCUGUAAAUGUCAAGGUUCUGGAUAGACCUGGUCCGCCGGAUGGGCCUCUGAAGGUAACUGGUGUCAGAGCAGAGAAAUGUUAUCUACACUGGAGCCAUCCAACACAUGAUGGUGGAGCUAGUGUUUCACAUUACAUUAUUGAAAAGAGGGAAACAAGCAGACUGUCUUGGACUAUGGUAGAACCCAAAAUUCAAGCUAUCAGUUAUAAAGUCACCAAACUCUUGCCAGGUAAUGAGUAUAUCUUUAGAGUCAUGGCAGUAAACAAGUAUGGUAUUGGCGAACCACUUGAAUCUGAACCAGUUGUUGCAAGAAAUCCUUUCAAGACUCCAGGCCCACCUUCAACUCCAGAAGCAAGUGCAAUCACUAGAGACUCAAUGGUCCUCACAUGGGACCGUCCGGAGGAUGAUGGUGGUUCACCAAUCGAGGGUUAUAUCCUGGAGAAGCGUGACAAAGAAGGUAUCCGAUGGACAAAGUGCAACAGGAAAAGACUUACUGACCUCCGUUUCAGAGUCACUGGAUUAACAGAUGGACACUCUUAUGAAUUCAGAGUGUCUGCCGAAAAUACUGCAGGUGUUGGCACACCAAGUGAACCAUCUGAAUAUUACAAAGCCUGUGAUGCAACCUAUCCUCCUGGCCCGCCAAACAAUCCCAAAGUGACAGACCAUUCAAGUACAACUGUUUCCCUUGCAUGGAGUAGGCCUAUUUAUGAUGGUGGUGCACCAAUCUCUGGAUAUAUUGUUGAGAUGAAAGAAGCCUGUGAUGAUGAAUGGACACUAUGUACACCAAACACUGGUGUACAAACAACUCACUUUACAGUGAAAAACCUGAAGGAAAAUGCAGAAUACAAGUUCCGUAUUUGUGCCAUUAAUAUUGAAGGUGCUGGAGAUCAUGUUGAUGUUCCAGGCUCUGUAAUUGCUGCUGAGAAACUUGAAGCCCCAGAAGUAGAGUUAGAAGCUGAUCUGAGGAAAAUUGUGACUGUUCGUGCAAGUGCAACACUACGCUUGUUUGUUACCAUCAGGGGAAGGCCUGAGCCUGAAGUUAAAUGGACAAAGGCUGAGGGACCCCUAACAGAGCGUGCCCAAGUUGAAGUCACAAGCUCUUACACCAUGCUUGUUAUUGACAACGUUGACAGAUUUGACACUGGAAAGUAUAUUUUAACUCUUGAAAACAACAGUGGCACCAAAUCUGCGUUCGUAAAUGUCAGAGUCCUGGACUCCCCAAGUGCUCCUGUGAACUUUGUCGUUAAAGAUAUCAAAAGAGACUCAGUCCAGCUGCAGUGGGACCCUCCACAUAUUGAUGGCGGUGCCAAGAUUACUCAUUACAUUGUGGAGAAACGUGAAUCUAAAAGAAUGGCAUUUACAUCUGUGACAAAUAACUGUGUCAGGAAUUCAUUGAGGGUUGAUGAUCUCCAAGAGGGAGGUGUUUAUUACUUCCGUGUACUUGCAGUGAAUGAACUUGGUGUUGGCUUGCCAGCAACCACCACAGAGCCGGUCAAAGUGUCCCAAGCACCGCUACCACCAGGAAAGGUUACACUUGUUGAUGUAACUCGGCACAGUGUGAGUCUUUCUUGGGAAAAGCCAGACCAUGAUGGUGGUAGCAAGAUAACAGGUUACAUAGUAGAGAUGUUGACUAAAGGAUCAGAUAAAUGGACUGUAUGCACAACAGUAAAAAUGCCUGAAGCUACAGUUGAAGGACUUACAACAGGGGAGGAAUAUUCAUUCAGAAUUUCUGCCAUGAACGACAAAGGAAAGAGUGAUCCCAAACCACUGGGAGCACCUGUGGUUGCCAUGGAUAUCACUGUUGAACCUGUUAUUGACUUGCUAUUUAACACAUACAGCAUUAGAUCUGGAGAAGAUCUCAAAAUUGAUGUUCCAUUUAGAGGUAGACCUCACCCAGAAGUGACAUGGAAGAAGGAUGGCCACACCCUGAAGCAAACGACCAGAGUAAAUGUUCUUACAUCCAAAAUGUCUUCAAAGAUUGUUAUCAAAGAUGCAAUAAGGGAAGAUGCUGGAAAAUACGAAAUCACACUGACUAAUUCAGUUGGUGUAAAAUCAGCUGAAAUAACAGUUAUCAUUCUUGACAAACCAGGUCCACCAACAGCAGUCAGAGUCGAUGACGUAAGUGCAGAUUACAUUUCAUUAUCAUGGGAUCCUCCAGUUUAUGAUGGUGGGUGUCAAAUCAAUAAUUAUGUUGUUGAGAAGAGAGAUACAACCACUACAACAUGGCAAAUUGUUUCAGCUACAGUGGCAAGAACAUCAAUUAAAGUGUCCCAUUUGACGCAGGGAACUGAAUAUCAAUUCCGUGUUGCUGCUGAAAAUCGUUAUGGCAAGAGCCAUGCUGUUGACUCUGCACCGAUUGUUGCACAAUACUCCUUCACACCACCUGGCCCUCCAAAUGACCUUCAAGUUGCUCAUGCUACAAAGUCAGGCAUGUUGGUUACAUGGAAAAAACCAACCAGUGAUGGUGGAAGUCCUGUCAUUGGAUAUCACUUGGAAUGCAAGGGCCAAAGCAGCAUUCUCUGGACUAAGAUCACUAGGGGUCUUGUUUCUGACACACAGUUUAAAGUAACUGGUCUUGAAGAGGGACUUCUCUAUCAGUACAGAGUAUAUGCAGAGAAUAUUGCAGGAAUUGGACCUUGCUCAAAAGCCUGUGAGCCUGUUGCUGCAAGAGAUCCAUGUGAUCCUCCAGGUCAGCCAGUUGUUACUAAUAUAACAAGAACUUCUGUUUCUCUCUCCUGGACAAAACCUGAAAAUGAUGGUGGUGCCAAGGUGACUGGUUAUAUUGUAGAGCGAAGAGAACUACCAGAUGGUCGCUGGUUGAAAUGUAAUUUCACCAAUCUCCAAGAAACAUUCUUCGAUGUGACUGGCCUGAUUGAAGAUCAAAGAUAUGAUUUCCAUGUAAUUGCAAAGAAUGCAGCUGGUUUACUUAGUCAGCCAUCAGAGUGUACAGGCCCUGUUACAGUGAAAGAUGAUGUUGAUCCACCACGCAUUACAAUUGAGGAAAAACUCAGACAACUAGUUGUAGUCAAAGCAGGAGAUAUACUAAGAAUUGAUGCUGAAAUUUCUGGCCGCCCAGCUCCUGUGAUUUCGUGGGCAAAGGAUGGAAAAGAAAUCGAUUCUAAAGCAAGAGUUGAAAUUUCUUCAACAUUCACAACCACAACACUAAUUGUUAGAGACACCAUCAGAAGAGACUCUGGACAGUACGUUCUCACAUUACAGAAUGUUGCUGGUACCAGAUCUUUAGCAGUGAACUGUAAAGUCCUUGAUAGGCCUGGCCCAUCAUCUGGACCAUUGGAAGUAACUGGUUUGACAGCAGAAAAAUGCACAUUAACUUGGGGACCACCCCAAGAAAACGGCGGUGCUGAAAUUCAACACUACAUUGUUGAGAAGCGUGAAACAAGCCGUCUUGCCUGGACAUUAGUCUAUGCAGACAUGAAGGCCACAACAUGCAAAGUUACAAAACUGCUUAAGGGCAAUGAAUACAUUUUCAGAGUUCGGGGAGUAAAUAAAUAUGGAACAGGAGAAGCUCUGGAGAGUGAUCCCAUUAAGGCCCUAGAUCCAUUUACAGUGCCUGCUGCACCAACAAAUGUUGAAGUCACAAGUGUUACAAGCGAAGCUAUGACAAUCUGCUGGGAAAGGCCUGUUUCUGAUGGCGGCAGUAGUAUUAGUGGCUAUGUAAUAGAAAAACGUGAAAAAUCAGGUCUUCGUUGGGUUCGUGUCAACAAAAAGCCUGUUUAUGACUUGAGGGUCAAAGCCUCCAAUCUCCGUGAAGGAUGUGAAUAUGAAUACCGUGUAUAUGCAGAGAAUACCGCAGGGUUGAGUGAACCAAGCCUUCCCUGCCCAUUGACAAAGGCAGAGGAUCCAUUAUUCUUGCCAUCUCCACCAGUGAAACCAAAGAUAAUUGAUUCUACCAAGUCCACAAUAACACUCUCUUGGAACAAGCCAUUGUUUGAUGGUGGUUCUCCAGUCACAGGAUACUCAGUUGAAUAUAGGAAAACCAAUGAUGAGGACUGGAUUGUUGGGGUGCAGCACACUAAUAACACUGAGUUUACAGUUGUAGGGCUGACAUCAGGAGCAGAAUAUGUCUUUGUGGUUAGGUCAAUUAAUAAAGUUGGUCCAAGUGAGCCAAGCCCUGAGACUGAUCCACAGGUAGCAAAGGACAGAGAAGAUGAACCCGUUUUCCUCAUCAGUAAUGAAUUGCGAAAAACACUGAUUAUCAAAGAUGGCAGCUCGUUCACCUUAAGAGUUCCUUUCAAGGGGAAACCUGUGCCAAAUGUAAUGUGGAACAAGCCUGAUGUUGAUCUUAGAGUUCGGGCAACAAUUGAUACCACAGAUACUUGCACAUCUGUCACAAUUGAGCAAGCUACAAGAAAUGACUCAGGCAAGUACACUGUGACUCUACAAAAUGUUGCUGGAACAGCCACACUAACAUUGAAUGUAAAAGUGCUCGAUUCACCUGGACCACCUGCCAGUCUUUCAGUUAAGGAAGUGACCAAAAACUCUGCAACAAUAACAUGGGACACACCAGAAAAUGAAGGUGGUGCUCCUGUCAAGAACUACCUUGUUGAUCUGCGUGAGGCAAGCAAAAAAGGAUGGACAAGAGUCACAGAAAGUUGUCCCAGACUUACCUACAAAGUAACUGACCUUCAAGAGGGAGGCGUUUAUUAUUUCAGAGUCACUGGUGAAAAUGAAUAUGGAAUUGGCGUACCACUUGAAACUAAAGAGGGAACUAAGAUUACAGAAAAACCAAGUCCACCAGCAAAGCUUGGAGUAACUGAUGUUACAAAAGAUACUGUCUCGUUAGCUUGGAGUAAACCUGAGCAUGAUGGAGGUAGUAGAAUUACCAAUUACCAGGUGGAUGCACUGGAGAAAGGACAACAGAACUGGAUAAAAUGUGGUGUCACCAAAUCGACUCACUUUGUUGUCUAUGGGUUAAGAGAGAAUGGAGAAUACUUCUUCAGAGUUCGUGCUGAAAAUCUUGCUGGAUUUAGUGAUCCUAAAGACAUGGUUCUUCCUGUUCUUGUUAAAGAUCAACUAGAGGCACCUGAAAUUAACAUGAAGAACUUUCAGCAUAAUACAGUCUAUGUAAAGGCAGGCUCAAAUCUUAAAGUAGAGAUCCCUCUUACUGGUAAACCUUUACCAAAAGUAUCGCUCUCAAAGGAUGAUCAGGUCCUGAAAUCAACCAUGAGGUUCAAUUCUGAAGUAACACCUGACUGCCUUCUCAUCACCCUCCGUGACAGUGUUGCUCAUGAUGCAGGCAGAUAUGACAUUACAGCCUCAAACUCAAGUGGAACCACCAAGUCCUUUAUUAAUAUUGUUGUCCUGGACAGACCAAGUCCACCUGUUGGUCCAGUUGAGAUGUGUGAUAUCACAGAGGACAGUGUAAGUCUGAAAUGGCUCCCUCCUGCAUAUGAUGGUGGCAGCCCAAUCACCAACUAUAUUGUUCUAAAACGUGAAACAACAACAGCAAACUGGGUUGAAGUUUCAUCUGCAGUUGCAAGAUGCACAAUUAAGAUUAUGAAACUAACUACUGGAGUUGAGUAUCAGUUCAGAAUUAGGGCUGAAAAUCGCUUUGGUAUCAGUGAUCACAUCGAUUCUCCAACUGUCACAGUCAAUCUGCCAUAUACAAUUCCUGAGGCACCUACAACACCAUGGGUAUCUGCUGUCACUAGAGAAAGUAUUACUGUCAACUGGAAAGAACCUUCUUCUGAUGGAGGAAGUCAUAUAUUUGGAUACCACCUUCAGAUGAAAGACAAAAACAGUAUUUUGUGGAAGAAAGUCAACAAAACUGUUAUCCGUGCCACACAUUUCAAAGUUACAAACAUCAAUCCAGGCCUUAUCUAUGAAUUCAAGGUUGCAGCAGAAAAUGCUGCUGGCAUUGGUCCUGUCAGCAAAAUUUCAGAUGCUGUACUGGCAAUUGAUGCUUGUGAACCACCAACUGAUGUCCGUGUCACUGAUAUCACAAAGAGUUCAAUAAGCCUUACAUGGAGUAAACCUUCCUAUGAUGGUGGAAGCAAAGUGACAGGGUACAUAAUUGAGAAGAAAGAUGGUCCAAAAGGCAAAUGGGUCAAAACUAAUUUAUCAAAGGUUUCUGACACCAGGUUCACUGUAUCAGGCCUCAUUCAAGAUGAAUCUUAUGAAUUUAGAGUCUUAGCCAAGAAUGCUGUUGGCUCUGUCAGUAACCCAUCUGCUACUGUUGGGCCAGUUACAUGUGUGGAUACUUUUGGUGCUCCUGAAAUUGAACUUCCUCAGGAAUACCUGGAUGUUGUAAAAUACAGAGCAGGAGCAACUGUCCAGCUUAGAAUUGGCAUUAUUGCUAAACCUCAGCCAACAAUUGAAUGGUACAAAGAUGGAAAAGAGCUGGAAUCUGGAGCUCAGCUCAUGAUAUCAAACACCACUGAUUCUGCAUGCAUCUCAAUAAAGGAUGCUACACGCAUAAACACUGGAACAUACGAACUCAAGAUCAAGAACUCUUUGGGCUCAGCAUAUGCUGCUAUCAGAGUACUUAUUCAAGACAAACCUGGGCCCCCUGCGGGACAGAUUCAGUUCAAGAAGAUCACAGCAGAUAGUAUAACCAUCAUGUGGGAUCCUCCAGCUGAUGAGGGUGGUGCAAUGGUUACCCAUUACAUUGUGGAGAAACGUGAGAGUAGCAGAAUUAUGUGGUCCAUAAUAUCUGAGAAACUAGAAGACUGCAUUGUCUCUGUUUCAAGGCUGAUCAAAGGAAAUGAGUACAUCUUCCGUGUUCGUGGGGUGAACAAAUAUGGAGUUGGAGAUCCUUUAGAAUCUGAGCCUGUCAUUGCACAGAAUUUAUUUGUACCUCCCAGCCAACCUUCCAAACCUCAGGUCACCAUGAUUACUAAAUCAACGAUGACAGUCAUAUGGGAAAGACCAAGUCUAGAUGGUGGCAGUGAUAUUGAUGGAUAUUAUCUGGAGAAGCGAGAAAAGAAGAGCCUACAGUGGUUCAAGGUCAUCAAAGAUCCAAUCCGUGAUACUAGGCAAAAAGUCAGCAAUCUCACAGAGGGAAAUGAGUAUCAGUAUCGUGUUUGUGCAGUUAAUAAAGCUGGUGCAGGUCAAUACUCGGAUGCAUCCAUCUUCUAUAAAGCAUAUGAUCCCAUUGAUCCACCAACUGAGCCGACAAAACUUAAAGUUGUUGAUUCAACCAAGACUUCAAUUACACUUGGAUGGGUGAAGCCUGUGUAUGAUGGUGGCAGUGAAAUCACAAGCUACAUAGUUGAGCAGAUGACAGCUGAUGAGAAGGAGUGGGUUACUAUUAGCUCCAAGGGUGAAGUAAGAACCACAGAGUAUGUGGUGUCCCAUUUAAAACCUGGAUUGUACUAUUACUUCCGCAUCUCUGCUGUUAACUGUGCUGGAGUUGGCCGCCCAAUUGAAAUGAUUCAGCCAGUACAGGCUAAGGAUAUUCUGGAGGAGGCUGAUGUUGAUCUUGACAUUUCAAUGUCAACUCAGUAUACAGCAAAGGCUGGAAGAGAUGUGGAAAUCAUGAUUCCUCUAAAAGGCAGACCUGCACCAAAUGUCACAUGGCGAAGAGGAGAUAGGAAUAUUGGUGGAGAUGCAAAAUACACAAUUAAUAACACAGAGUAUUCAACAACACUUAUCAUUCCAAAGGUCACUCGGGACGAUUCAGGCAAAUAUCUCCUUGAGAUUGAAAAUGGAGUUGGUGAACCAAAGAAUAUUACUAUCUCUGUGAAGGUAUUAGACUCACCAUCUGCUUGUAGUAAGUUGGUAGUGAAAAAUGUUACCCGUGGUAAACUCACUCUGAGCUGGGAUCCUCCAUUUAUUGAUGGUGGAUCUCCAAUUACAAAUUACAUCAUUGAGAAGAAGGAUGCUAAACUCAAGGCUUACUCCAUAGUUACAACAGAAUGUGCCAACACAUCGUACAAGGUUGAAGGCCUGUCAGAAGAGAUUGCCUAUUUCUUCCGUGUGUCUGCUGAAAAUGAAAAUGGUAUUGGUGAUACUUGUGAAACCACAGAACCUGUUAGAGCAGCUGAGACUCCUGGUCCUGUAAAGAACCUUGUCAUGGUUGACUCAACUAAUACAUCUGUAACUUUGGCAUGGACAAAGCCUGAUCAUGAUGGUGGCAGCCAUAUUUCUGAGUACAUCAUUGAAAAGAAGGCAGAUGAUGCUGUGACAUGGAGCCUUGGUGGUACAUGCAGAUGUUGCAAGUAUGAGGUAACAAACCUUAAAGAACUCUCAGAGGUUUUCUUCAGAGUGUAUGCCAAGAAUGAGAAGGGUUGCAGUGACUUCUCUCAAAUUGGACCCAUUACUGUGAAGGAAUCCUUAAUUCCACCUGAAGCGAACCUUAUUGACUAUCCUAAUGGUGAAUUAAGCGUCAGAAUUGGACAAAAUGUGAACAUCGAAUUGCCAUACAAGGGUAAACCCAAACCUGCAAUUCAGUGGAUGAAAGAUGAUGUUCCACUGAAGGAAAGUGAACAGGUUCGUUUCAGGCAAACAGAGAAUAAAGCUAGUCUAACUGUGAGAAAUGCAAGAAAGGAGAAUGCAGGAAAAUACACUCUGGUCCUUGACAAUAGACUUGUGAAGAACUUCUUUGACAUCAAGGUCAUCACUCUUGGGCCACCCUCUGCACCAGUGGGCCCUAUCCGAUUUGAUGAAAUCAAAGCACAGAGCAUUAUUAUCUCAUGGAAUGAGCCACAGGAAGAUGGUGGUGGAGAAAUCACCUGUUACAGUGUGGAAAAAAGAGAGACUUCUCAAGCAGCUUGGAAAAUUGUUUGUUCAAGUGUGGUCAGGACCACAUUCAAGAUACCCAAUCUCGUUAAGGGCACUGAAUACCAAUUCAGGGUGCGUGCAGAAAACAAAUAUGGAGUAAGUGAGCCUCUCAACUCAGUGGAUGUUCUUGCUCAACACCAGUAUAAGCCACCAGGUCCACCAGGAAAACCAGUUGUAUUUAAUGUAACAAGUGAUGGCAUGACUGUUUCAUGGGAUGCACCCAGCUUUGAUGGCGGUUCGCCUAUUACUGGCUACCAUCUUGAGAAGAAAGAUAGAAACAGCCUCCUGUGGAUGAAAGUGAAUUCCAGUGUAAUCUCUGGAAGAGAGUACAGGGUCAUUGGUCUCAUUGAAGGUCUGGAAUAUUCAUUCAGAGUGUAUGCUCAGAAUAAUGCUGGCAUGAGUCCAGUUAGUGAGCAAAGCAAGCACAAACUUGCUAUUUCUCCUGUUGAUCCCCCUGGCACACCCAACUGUAUUGAUGUUACAAGAGAUUCUGUCACUCUUCAGUGGGAGCCACCUAAACGUGAUGGAGGCAGUAGGAUUGUGGCAUACAGUGUUGAGAGGCGCCAAGGAAGAGCACGCUGGCUGAGAUGCAAUUUUACUGAUAUCAGUGAAUGCCAGUUUACAGUGACAGGACUUGCUUGUGGUGACCGCUUUGAAUUUAGAGUAAUUGCCAGAAAUGCUGUUGGAACAGUCAGUCCACCAUCACAGUCAUCGGGCUACAUCAUGACCAAGGAUGAAAGUGUUAUCCCUGAGAUUCAGUUUGGUGCUGAAAAGACUCUGACAAUCAAGGCUGGAGAAAACAUCAAACUGAGUUGCACUAUUAGUGGGCGUCCUGUGCCUCAGGUUACAUGGUAUAAGGAUGGGAAACAGCUUGACAAAAUGCUUGUUGAUAUCACAACCAGUAUUGGGUCAAGUUCACUGUUCAUUAGAGAUGCUGAUCGUAGUGACCGUGGAAUCUACACUGUUGAAGCCAAAAACAGCUCUGGAACAACGAAGGAGGAUGUUCUUGUCAGAGUACAAGAUACACCUGGACCACCUGAGGGCCCACUUCGCUUCACAAAUAUCUCUGCUGAGAAGGCAACUCUUUGGUGGAGUCCCCCAGAAAAUGAUGGCUGUGCAGCUAUCACUCAUUAUGUGAUUGAAAAGCGUGAGACCUCCCGUAUUACUUGGGCACUUGUUACAUCUAAGUGUGAAGCCUGCUCUUUCAGUGCCACCAAGUUGAUCAAGGGCAAUGAGUAUCAGUUCCGUGUUUCUGCUGUCAACAGUUUUGGUGUUGGCAAACCACUCGAAUCAGAUCCAAUUGUUGCUAAAAUGCAGUACACUGUACCAGAUGCUCCAGGAACACCUGACUGCACUCAUGUGACAGGAAACAGUCUUACACUCUGCUGGACAAGACCAAGACAUGAUGGUGGAAAUGAGAUAAAGCACUAUAUCCUUGAAAGGAGAGAAAAGAAAAGUUUACAAUGGGUAAAAGUUUCAGCAAAAAGACCAAUCACAGAGCUCAGACACAGAGUGACAAACUUGACUGAAGGAAAUGAAUAUGAAUUCCGUGUUAUGGCUGAAAACGGGGCUGGUGUUGGACCACCGAGUGGAGUAUCAAGACUAUUUAAGUGCAGAGAACCUACAAGUGCACCUAGCGCACCAACAGUGGUAAAAGUCCGUGAUUCAACAAAGACCUCUGUGAGCCUGGAAUGGACCAAACCAAUCUUUGAUGGUGGUAUGGAGAUCAUAGGUUACAUUAUUGAGAUGUGCAAAGCAAGCCUUGAAGAAUGGCACAGAGUCAAUAGCCAGACUUGUAUCCAUACCACAUACACAGUUACAGAUUUAGAACCAGGUGAAGAGUAUAAAUUCCGUGUGUGUGCUGUUAAUGGUGCUGGAAAGGGAGAGGCAUCUGAGAUUCCAAAUGCAGUGCAAGCAGUUGACAGACUGACAUCACCAGAGAUUGACAUUGAUGCAGAUUUCAAACAGACACAUAUUGUGAAAAGUGGAGGAAGAGUUUCUCUUAAUAUCCCUUUCCGUGGAAAACCUACACCCCUGGCUUCAUGGGCAAAAGCAGAUGGAGAACUUGGUGUGAUGGUAGAUAUUAAUACUACAGACACCUUCAGCACAUUAACAAUUGAAAACUGUACCAGAUAUGAUGCUGGCAAAUACACGCUUUCUCUUGAGAACAACAGUGGUCGUAAAUCCAUUACAUUAACAGUAAAAGUGUUGGACACACCUGGGCCACCAGGUCCUCUCUCAUUCAAGGAUGUGACAAGAGGAGCUUUGACUCUCAUGUGGGAUGCUCCGUCCAAUGAUGGAGGUGCUCGUAUUCAUCAUUAUAUUAUUGAAAAACGUGAGGCAAGUCACCUGAGCUGGCAAGAGGUCAGUCCCAAGUGUACACGCCAAAUUCUCAGAGUGACCAAUCUUGCAGUUGGUGUACCAUACUUCUUCAGGGUCACAGCUGAAAAUCAGUAUGGUGUAGGUGAGCCUUAUGAAAUGUCAGAACCUAUUAUUGCCACUGAGGAGCCUGCACCACCCAAGAGGCUGGACAUUAUUGAUACUACAUCUUCAUCAGCCACUUUAGUAUGGAUGAAGCCUGAGCAUGAUGGUGGAAGCCGCAUCACAGGAUAUAUUGUUGAGACCAGAAAGAAAGGUUCUGAUCACUGGGUUGUUGGUGGUCAAACAAAAUCUUUGAAGAUGGUCCUGGAAGGCUUGGUUGAGAACACAGAAUAUGAAUUCCGGGUCAAAGCACAAAAUGAUACUGGAGUCAGUUAUCCAAGAGAUGCACUCACCUCUGUUAUCAUCAAAGAACCUCGCAUUGAGCCAACUGCAGACCUUAGUGGCAUCAGUAAACAGCUUAUUACCUGUAAGACUGGCAGUUCCUUUGCCAUUGAUAUUCCCAUUAGUGGUAGACCAGCUCCAAAAGUAACAUGGAAGCUUGAGGAGAUAAAACUAAAGGAAACAGAAAGAGUCUCUAUCAAGACUUCUAAUGUGAAAACCACCCUACUGGUUAAGGAUGCCAAGAGAGGGGACAGUGGAAAAUACUACCUUACUCUAGAGAAUGCGGCUGGGGCAAAAACAUUCAGUAUUACUGUAAUUGUCUUCGGCAGACCAAGCCCACCCACUGGCCCAAUAGAAAUCUCAGGAAUCACAGCAGAAUCCUGUGUGUUGACAUGGGCUGAGCCUACAGAUGAUGGUGGAUCAGAUAUAGCUAACUAUAUAGUUGAGAAACGCGAAUCUGGUCAAACUUCAUGGCAGGUUGUAAAUUCCAGUGUGAAAAGACCAACAAUUAAAGUCACCCAUUUGACAAAAUACAUGGAGUACACAUUCCGUGUCUGCGCAGAGAACAAGUUUGGUGUUAGCAAACCAGUUGAGUCUCAAGCUAUUGUGGCAGAACAUCCAUUUGUACCACCAAGCCCACCUACACGUCCAGAUGUGGUAUUAGUAUCUGCUAAUGCCAUUUCCAUUAAAUGGGAUGUUCCAUAUCAUGAUGGUGGAAGCAAGGUUACUGGAUAUUGGAUCGAGAAGAAAGAGCGCAACACCAUUUUAUGGACACGGGAAAAUAAAAUCCCAUGCAUUGAGUGUCACUAUAAGGUCUCCAAUCUUAUUGAAGGCCUUGAAUAUCAGUUCCGUGUAUAUGCCAUGAACAUUGCUGGUCUAAGCAAAGCUAGUGAAGCUUCAAGACCAGUGCUGGCUUUGAAUCCAGUUGAUCCACCUGGCAAACCAGAAGUAUAUGACAUUACAAGAUCUUCAGUUUCUAUUAAAUGGUCUGUACCAUUUAAUGAUGGUGGCAGCAAACUUGUUGGCUAUGUAGUUGAACGCAAGGCAUCCACUGGAGAUGAUGAUGAAACUCGUUGGUUGAAGUGCAACUACACUACUAUCACAGACAAUUUCUUCACUGUAACAUCACUUGAAGAGGGAGCAGUUUAUGAAUUCCGUGUCAUUGCGAAAAAUUGUGCAGGAGUCCACAGUAUGCCAUCGGAAUCAACAGGCCCUAUCACAUGCAAGGACGAAUACACACCACCAAAGGCUGAGUUAGACAGCAAACUUGUCGGUGAGACAGUAACUAUUAGGGCUGGAUCAGACCUUGUUCUUGAUGCUGCAAUAGGUGGUAAACCUGAACCCAGAGUAUGCUGGUCUAAGGGUGAUAAGGAGUUGGAGCUUGGUGAUAAGUACUCGUUGACAUACUCCAGCACAAGAGCUAUGGCAAUCAUCAAGUCCUGUAACAGGAAUGAUACUGGAAAAUAUAUAUUGACUGUUAAGAAUGCCAGUGGAACCAAAACUGCAGCUGUCAAUGUUAAAGUUCUUGAUACCCCUGGUCCUCCAGAUGGUAAAAUUACAAUCAGCAGAGUCACAGAAGAAAAAUGCACAGUUUCUUGGAAGAUACCUCUUGAGGAUGGGGGAGAUUUUGUCACUCACUACAUUGUUGACAGACGUGAGACCAGUAGGCUCAACUGGGUUGUCAUGGAAACUGAAUGCAAGACCCUUUCUUGUGUCAGUACAAAACUAAUCAAGAACAAUGAAUAUAUAUUCCGUGUCAGAGCUGUUAACAAAUAUGGAGCUGGUGUCCCACUGGAGUCUGAACCAAUUAUUGCAAGAAAUGCAUAUACUGUUCCAACACCUCCCGGAGCACCAGAAAUUACAGCUGUCGGAAAGCAACAUGUCAUUAUUGAGUGGCUGAAGCCAGAGAAUGAUGGUGGUAGUGAAAUAAAAAAUUAUCUUGUGGAUAAACGUGAGAAGAGCAGCGUGAGAUGGACCAGAGUAAACAAGACAUUCACCAUCUAUGACACAAGACUCAAGAUAACAGGUCUAUUAGAGGGAAGCGAAUACCAAUUCCGUGUUGCAGCUGUCAAUUCUGCUGGCACAAGCUUACCAAGUGAAGCCUCUGAAUAUGCUCUUUGCAGAGAUCCAACGUAUACCCCAGCUCCUCCAUCAGCUCCUCGCAUAAUAGAUACUACCAAACACAGCAUCACUAUGACAUGGACCAGACCUAUGUAUGAUGGUGGUUCAGAUGUCACUGGCUAUAUUGUUGAGAUUCUAGAAGAGGGAACUGAACAGUGGUAUAGGGCCACCCAGAAGAUCCUGACUACUAAUGAAUAUACUGCAGCUGGUUUAACAAGCAACAAGAAGUACAGAUUCAGAGUGGCUGCAGUGAAUUCAAUGGGCACUGGAGAGUUCAGUGAAGGCAGUGUGGAGACUUCACCCACAGAAAGAGUUGAAAUUCCUGAUAUUGAAUUACCUGAAGAACUGAAGAAAACAGUUUGUCUGAGAGCUGGUAGCACUUUACGUCUAAAUGCAACCAUACUUGGAAGACCACUGCCAGUUGUUACCUGGAGAAAGUCUGGCAUAGACCUUCAGUCAAGGGGAUACAUUGACACAACAGGGAGCACUACAACUUUAAUAGUGGAGAAGGUUCACCGUUAUGAUGCUGGAAAAUACACAAUCGAGGCUGAAAAUCCAUCUGGCAAAAAGACAAUUACCAUUCUUGUCAAGAUAUAUGAUUCCCCUGGUCCCUGUGGUGCAGUCAAGGUGAAGGAUUACACUAAAGAAUCAGUUGUCAUUACAUGGGAUGUCCCUACUAUUGACGGAGGGGCUCCUAUCAACAACUACAUUAUUGAAAAACGUGAAGCAUCAAUGAAAUCUUAUAAAACAGUGACAUUGGAAUGCAAGAAGACACUGUACAGAAUCACAGGGUUAGAGGAAGGAACACGAUACUUCUUCAGAGUACUGCCUGAAAACAUAUAUGGUAUUGGAGAACCUUGUGAAACCACUGAUUCUGUGCUGGUAUGUGAAAUUCCAUCUGUUCCUCAAGAUUUGCAAGUCAUUGACAUUACUAAGUCCACUGUCAUUCUUGGAUGGGAAAAACCACUUUACGAUGGUGGCAGCAGGCUUACUGGUUAUGUUAUUGAAGCCUGUAAGAAAGGAACUGACCGAUGGAUGAAUGUUGCUAAUGUGAGAGCAUCAGUAUUUCAGCACACCAUAGAUUCUCUGAAUGAAAAUGAAGAGUACUUCUUUAGAAUCAAAGCUGAAAACGACAGGGGGGUCAGUGAGCCCAGAGACCUGUUGACACCUGUAACUAUUCAAGAACAGAGAGUUACACCAAAGAUUGAUCUGACUAGCAUUCCUCAAAAGAUUGUAAGUGUGCAUGCUGGAAAGCCAAUUGUGCUUGACAUUCCCAUCACUGGAAGACCUGCACCAACUUGCACAUGGUUCUUUGGUGGCAUUAAGAUGAAAGACAAGCUUGACCGUAUUAAAAUUGAGACAACUGCUAAGUACACUAAACUAAUGGUUCGUGAAACUACUCUUGAUGAUACCGGUGACUAUACUCUUGAAGUAAAGAAUAUAACAGGAGUAGCUACAGAAAUCAUCAAAGUCAUCAUUCUUGAUAAACCAGGCAUUCCAGUUGGGCCUAUGAGAAUUGAUGAAAUUGAUGCCACAUCUGUAACAUGCAGCUGGGAGCCACCAGAGAAAGAUGGAGGUGCCAAUAUCAGUGGCUAUAUAGUGGAACAACGAGAUGCUCAUCGCCCUGGUUGGCUGCCUAUUUCUGAAUCUGUCACAAGACCCACAUUCAAAUUCACUAGACUUAAUGAGGGAACAGAAUAUGUGUUCCGUGUGGCUGCAACAAAUCGUUUUGGCAUUGGUGCAUUCCUUCAGUCUGAAGUUGUUGAAUGCAAGAGUGCCAAGACUGUUCCUGGUGCACCAAGCACACCUGAAAUAUUUGAUGUGUCCCAUGAUGGUAUGACACUCACUUGGAAACCACCAGAAGAUGAUGGUGGUUCCUCAGUGGCCGGCUACAUCAUUGAGCGUAAAGAAAGUAGAUCUGACAGAUGGGUGCGCAUCAAUAAGAAUCCAGUGACAAUGACAAGAUACAGAUCAACUGGAUUAAUUGAAGGUCUCGAAUAUGAGUACAGAGUGACAGCUAUGAACUCUAGAGGCACUGGCAAACCGAGUCUGAGCUCAAAACCAGUGAUUGCAAUGGAUCCUAUCGAACCUCCAGGUAUACCUUUGAACCCAAGAGUCACAGAUACAACCAGGACAUCUGUGUCAUUGGCAUGGUCUCCCCCAGAGGAAGAGGGAGGUGCCGUCAUCACUGGUUACCUGAUAGAGAUGCAGAAAGUUGACCAGAUUGAAUGGACCAAAUGUAAUACAACUCCAACAAAGAUUUGCGAAUACACACUGACGCAUAUGCCUCAAGGGGCUGAAUAUAGGUUCCGUGUGAUGGCAUGUAAUGCUGGUGGACCUGGAGAACCAGCUGAGAUUCCAGGAGUAGUUAAAGUUACAGAAAUGCUUGAAUAUCCUGAUUAUGAGCUGGAUACAAAGUACCAGGAGGGUUAUAUCGUCAGACAAGGUGGAGUUGUCAGACUCUCUGUGCCAAUUAAGGGAAAACCAUAUCCAACCUGUAAGUGGACAAAGGAAGGCCGUGAUAUUUCUUACAGAGCUAUGAUUGCCACCAGUGAAGAACGCACAGAGCUGGUGAUCAAGGAAGCUCACAGGGAUGACACUGGAACCUAUGAUCUUGUGUUGGAGAACAAAUGUGGAAAGAAAGCAGUUUACAUCAAAGUUAAAGUUAUUGGACCUCCAGAUCCCCCUGAAGGCCCUCUGGAAUUUGAUGAUAUUCAAGCUCGUUCUGUAAGAGUGAGCUGGAGACCACCCUCAGAUGAUGGUGGCUCUGACAUUCUUGGUUACGUUGUGGAGAGACGUGAGGUACCAAAGGCAGCAUGGUACACUGUGGACUCUCGAGUGGUUGACACUUCACUAGUGGUCAAAGGACUGAAAGAAAAUGUUGAGUACCACUUCAGAGUUUCAGCAGAGAACCAGUUUGGAAUUAGUAGAUCUCUCAAAUCAGAUGAAUCAGUUAUACCAAAGACACCACUCUGUCCACCUGAGCCUCCCAGCUUCCCUCCAGAAAUUAUGGAAGUCACAAAAACCACUGUUGGCCUGUCUUGGUCAAGACCAAAGGAUGAUGGUGGUUCUCGUGUCACUGGAUACUAUAUUGAAAGAAGAGAGACGUCAACUGAAAAAUGGGUGCGUCACAACAAGACUCACAUCACAACCACAAUGUAUACUCUCACCGGCCUUAUCCCUGAUGCCGAGUAUCAGUUCCGUGUGAUUGCUCAGAAUGACAUUGGUCAAAGUGGGCCUGGACCUGUAUCUGAAGCAGUUGUGUGCAAGGAUCCAUUUGAUAAACCAAGCCAACCAGGUGAUAUUGACAUCAUAUCAGUUACCAAGGAUUGCAUCACUAUUCAUUGGCUGCGCCCAGAAUCUGAUGGUGGCAAAGAAAUUCUUGGAUAUUGGAUUGAGUUUAGACAAGCAGGUGAAAGUGCCUGGAAAAAGUGCAACAAAGAGCGUUCAAAAGACAGGCAGUUUACCAUGGGUGGUCUCAUGGAGGCAACAGAAUAUGAAUUUAGAGUGUUUGCUGAAAAUGAAACUGGAUUGAGCAGACCCCGUAGAACUGCCAUGGGCAUCAAAACCAAACUGAGUGUUGGAGAAGCUCCAAGUCUAAAGGAAGAGAUGAAAGAUACUACCACUAAACUGGGGGAAUCUGGAACACUGACUUGCCAGAUUAUUGGAAGACCUCUUCCAGAAAUCAAGUGGUAUAGAUAUGGAAAGGAACUGAUUCAGAGUCGUAAAUACAAAAUGAGCUCUGAUGGCAGAAGUCAUUCUCUAACAGUUUUAACAGAUGAACAAGAAGAUGAAGGUCUGUACACUUGCAGAGCCAUCAAUGAGGCUGGUGAGAUUGAAACCAGUGGCAAGCUUCUCCUGCAGGCUGCACCCCUAUUCCAUCCUGGAUUCCCUUUGAAGGAGAAAUACUAUGCAGGCUGUGGAACAAGCCUACGUCUCCAUGUUGUCUAUAUUGGACGUCCAAUUCCACAAAUCAUGUGGUUUUAUGGCAAGAAACCUCUAAAUCCAUCAGAGAAUGUUAUUAUUGAAAACACAGAGAAUUAUACUCACUUGGUUGUCAGAAAUGUUCAGCGCAAGACAAACGCUGGCAGGUACAAGGUGCAACUGAGCAACAAAUUUGGCACAAUUGAUACAGUGCUAUGUGUUGAAAUCCAAGAUAAGCCUCUGAUUCCUGAAGGGCCAAUUAUUGUUGAAGCCCUCUUGAAGAACUCUGUAAUCAUAAGUUGGAAACCACCUAAGGAUGAUGGUGGUUCAAUGAUCACAAACUAUAUUGUAGAAAAACGUGAAGCAAAGGAGGGAGAGCAAUGGCAUCUAGUGUCAUCAUCUGUCUCAGGAACCACAUGCCGCAUUCCAAAUCUAAUUGAGAGUGCUGGAUAUUACUUCCGUGUUUCUGCCCAGAAUCAGUAUGGUAUUAGUGAGUCAUUAGAGAUUCCUGCUGUUGUCAUCAUCAAGAGUCCAUAUGAAAAACCUGGAAUCCCACAACAGCCAGUGGUUACUUCAUUCACAGAGAAUUCCUGUGUUGUGACAUGGAAACCCCCAUCCAGUGAUGGAGGUGCCAAAAUUAAGAAUUACUAUCUGGAGAAGAGAGAGAAGAAACAGAACAAAUGGAUUGCUGUUACAACUGAGGAAAUUCAUGAGACAUGCUAUACUGUUAAAGGUCUUAUUGAAGGCUUUGAGUAUGAGUUCCGUGUCAAAUGUGAGAACAUUGGUGGAGAGAGUGACUGGAGUGAGAUUUCAGAACCUGUCAUUCCAAAGUCAGACACAGCUCCUCGUGCUCCCUUCUUUAAAGAAGAACUGAGAGAUAUGUGUGUUAAAUAUAAAGCCAAUGCAACCUUUGUUACUAAGGUCAUUGGCUACCCCAGGCCAAUAGUAAAAUGGUACAAGAAUGGCAAAGAAAUUUUACCAGAUGGUGAGAAAGUCAAGAUCCAAGAAUUCAAAGGAGGCUACCACCAACUUUUUAUCAGUAAUGCAGAUGAGAAUGAUGUGGCCGUUUACCAAAUUAGAGCCACAAAUCAGGAAGGAUCAAUCUCUACAACUGUAACACUUGAUGUUGAAGUUCCUGCCAAGGUUCACUUGCCAUUACAUCUACAAGGUAUGGGAGCUGUUCAUGCUGUUCGUGGUGAGGUAGUCACCAUCAAGAUUCCAAUCAGUGGUAAACCUGAUCCUGCAGUCACAUGGCAGAAGGGACAAGAAAUACUGAAUAACACAGCAUAUCAUCAAGUGAUUGUAACAAGAUCCUUUACAUCCCUUGUGUUCCAAAAGGGAGUGCAAAAGAAAGAUGCUGGUUACUAUAUAAUUUGUGCCAAGAACAGAUUUGGUGUUGAUAAACAAACAGUUGAACUCGAUGUUGCUGAUGUACCUGAUCCACCAAAAGAUGUUAAAGUAAGUGAUAUUGGAAGAGAUUUCAUCACACUCACAUGGACUCCUCCAAAUGAUGGUGGAAGUGAUAUCAUCAGCUAUAUAGUAGAGAAGUGCCCAGUAUCUGGUGAUAGGUGGAUCCGUGUUGCCCAGACAUCUGAACCACAACAUACUGUAUUGAGCCUAUUCGGAAAGACCAAAUACCAGUUCCGUGUUAUUGCAGAAAACAGAUUUGGUCUGAGUAACCCAUCUGUGCCAACUGAACCUGUAACAGCAAGAGAAGACAAGUUAGCUAUUAGAAAUUAUGAUGAAGAAGUGGAUGAAGAAAGAGAAGUUACUAAAGAAGAAGCACCUCAUUCCAAAGUUAAGAAUGUGCCAUCUCUUUACAAAAUCUCUGAGGAACUAGCACGAUGUGGACACUUUGGUAUUGUUCAUCGUUGUGUUGAAAUUAGCUCCAAGAAGACUUUCCUGGCUAAACUCAUUAAGGUGAAAGGGGCUGAUAGAGAGCUAGUUGCAAGAGAGAUUGAAACACUCAAUAUUGCAAGGCACAAGAACUUACUAUAUCUUCAUGAGUCCUUCGAUAGCUUGGAGGAAUAUGUUCUUAUCUAUGAAUUCAUAUCAGGGAUGGACAUCUUUGAACGUCUUGGAACAAAUUUUGACCUCACUGAGCGGGAAAUUGUUCUGUACCUGAGACAAGUUUGCCACGCUCUCAAGUUCCUGCAUGGCCUCAACUAUGGUCAUUUUGACAUAAGACCUGAAAACAUUGUCUACACUACAAGAAAGAGCAGUACAAUCAAGAUCAUUGAAAUGGGCCAAGCCAGGGUGCUGACACCUGGAGAAAAUAUCAGAAUUCAGUUCACAGCACCUGAGUAUUUUGCACCUGAGGUCCACAAUAGUGAUUUUGUUACCACUGCUACAGACAUGUGGUCAGUUGGAGUUCUCGCAUAUGUGCUCCUUAGCGGCAUCAAUCCUUUUGCUGCUGAAUCAACUCAAAAAAUGAUCGAACACAUUUCCAGUGCUGAAUACAUAUUUGAUAGUGAGGCCUUCAAAUAUACCAGUCUCGAAGGCAUGGACUUCAUUGACAGGCUUCUAAUUAAAGAACGCAAACAUCGUAUGACUGCAUCUGAGGCUCUGGAACAUCCUUGGCUCAAGAUGAAAAUAGAAAACAUUAGUUCUAAAGUCAUAAAGACUUUAAGACACAGACGAUAUUACCAGUCAAUAAUCAAGAAGGAGUGGAGCACUGUUAUUUCAGCAGCUCGUGUUGCCUAUGGCGGUGGUUACAGAAACCAGAGAAAUGUUUCAAUUGGCAGAGUGAAAAUUGGACAUCCAGAACAAGGCCUGAGAGCAGGUCCUGUCAUGCAUGGCUCUGCUGAAUUAGGUGGUCAUGUUCGUUUUAUGUGCAUCAUUGAAAACUAUGACAAGACUACGGAGGUGGCCUGGUACUUUGGCUCUCGUAAAUUGACAGCAAGUCAUAAGUAUGAAAUCAGCUAUGCCAAUGGAGUUGCAAGCAUAUAUGUGAAAGACAUUGAAGAAUGUGAUGAUGGACUAUACAGAUGCAAGGUUGUUAGUGAAGAGAGGGAAGACAACGCCUACGCAGAGCUGUUUGUUGAGAGUGUGAGGUCCUAUCGAGAAUACUUCCUGGGACGUUCACUCAAGAAACCCAAGCGGAGAAUUGAUAGAACCAAACUUCUACAAAGGCCACCUGAGUUUACUCUGCCACUGUACAAUUGUUCAGCAUAUAUUGGAGAGGAUGUACGCUUUGGUGUAACAAUAACUGUUCAUCCAGAACCACAGGUUACUUGGCUGAAGGCAGGACACAGAAUCAAACCUGAUCCUACAAAAUACACGUUUACAACUGACAAGGGUCUUUAUCAACUAAUGAUUCACAAUGUUGAACCUGAUGAUGAUGGUGAAUAUACCGUUGUGGCAAAUAACAAGUUUGGUGAAGACAGCUGUAAGGCACGCUUAACAGUAAGACAUCACCCUGUUGCUGAGGACACAAUGAGGCCAAUGUUCAGACGCCUCUUAGCAAAUAUUGAUUGUGUUGAGGGAGAGAGUGUACAUUUUGAUUUGAGAGUGUCAGGAACACCGACACCUACUCUGAAAUGGGAAAAAGAUGGAAAGCCUCUUGAAUUUAGACCACAAGUUGAACUUGUUCAAGAAGAUGUGGGUUAUUAUGUUCUCCAUAUUAGAGAAACACUUAUUGAGGAUUCUGGCACCUACAGAGUUACUGCAACAAACUCUGCUGGUUCAGCAAGUUGCCAAGCCACACUCAAGGUUGAACGCCUAACUUAUAUUAGGAGGGAGUUCAAGAGUGAGGAAGAUAAGCAGAUAUACAUACAAAACCAAAUAAAAAAGACACUAAAAAUGGCACAAGAAUUCUCAACAGCAGAAGUGACUACACUUAAUCCUGUAGCACAAGAGGCACUGAAAGAAGCGGCUGAACUGUACAAACCUGCAGUGAGUACCAAGAAUGUGCAGGGUGAGUUUGAUAUCUCUGACAAAGAAGAUAAGGAAAUUAAGAGAAUUAAAGAAGAAAGUAGGAAGAUCAGGAUGCCUUAUGAAAUUCCAGAAGCUCGUGUACAUGAUCCAACUGUUCUUGAGGAAGACAUGAAUAUUAAAUAUUUUGUGCCUUUAUCUGACAUGAAGUGGUACAAGAAACUUCGCGAUCAAUACGAAAUUUCUGAACGCAUGGAGAGAGUUGUGCAGAAGAGACAGAAACGCAUCCGACUUUCCAGAUGGGAACAGUUCUAUGUCAUGCCACUUCCAAGAAUUACUGAUCAAUACAGGCCAAGAUGGCGUAUUCCAAAGCUUACACUAGAUGAUUUGGAAACUGUAAGACCAGCUAGGCGCUCACCAUCUCCUGAAUCAGACCUCUUCCGACAAAGAAGGCAUUCCCUGGGGGAUCUUUCAGAUGAAGAACUCCUCCAGCCUGUAGAAGAUUAUCUGACAAAGAGGAGAAUUGAAGAAGAGAAGCAACAGCUUGAGGAGGAACUGGAACUUGGCUUCUCUGCCUCUCCUCCAAGUGGUAGCCCUGUUCGUUUUGAACUGCAUGCACUACGCUAUACAUCACCUAGGAUUAUGCACAAAGCUGAAGUGAAACACACAGAGGAAACAAAACAUGCAGUGACACCAAUAAAACCUAGUGGUUCUCCACCCCCCCUUUCCCAUUUCAUGAGAAGGAGGAGAUCUCUGUCUCCAACGUAUAUUGAAUUGAUGCGUCCUGUCUCUGAAUUGAUAAGACCAUCCCGGGUGCCAGUGGAAUAUGAAGGUGAGGCAAUUGAAAGGAGGUCACCCACUCCUGAGAGGACACGACCACGUUCCCCUAGUCCUGUGUCUCCUGAAAGAAGAUCAUCGAGAUCUUCCUCUAGAUUUGAAAGAUCUGCAAGGUUUGACAUCAUGUCUAGAUAUGAGGCAAGAAAAGCUGCUUUGAAAUCUGAGCGCAAGUAUCAAGUUGUAACACAACAACCAUUUAGCCUUGACCAUGCCCCUCGAAUCACAGUUAGAAUGCGUUCACACCGUGUACCAUGUGGUCAGGACACUAAAUUCACAUUGAAUGUCCAAUCAAGGCCAGAAGCUGAAAUCCAGUGGUUCCAUAAUGGACAACAGAUUCAAGAGAGCAGCAAAUACCACUUUACAGACAUGAGUGGUGUCUUAACCCUCCAGAUUACUGAUUGCCAGGCAGAGGAUAGUGGCACAUACCGUGCUGUCUGUACCAACUCUAAGGGAGAAGCAUCUGACUAUGCAACUCUCGAUGUAUCAGGAGGAGCAUUUACUACAUAUUCCUCAAGACGCAAAGAUGAGGAAGCUCCAGCGGCAUUUGUACCUGAAGUGAUAAAGACAGACUAUUACCACACAUCAUCAAUCAGGGCAUCUUCUGCCUCUAGAACACACAUAGAGAUCAAAGAAACCAAAACAAAACUUACUGAGAGACAUGAAGUUUCUGGGUUUGAAAAAUAUGAGUCUGAAAGACUUGCAUCAUCUCCUGUCAGACAUGCAUCGACUGAAUACCUGUCAUCUGCUUCAUAUUCAUCCUCAGAACGACAUGUAUCAGCUGAAUAUAAGGCAAAAUCUGUUGAGUCCUCAGCUACAGCAAGCAUUACUGCUAGGAAAGUCAAAGCCACCCUGUCAGCAAAAAUACUCACCAAACCACACUCUCUAACAGUAUCAUUGGGUGAGUCUGCAAGAUUUACCUGUGAUAUUGAUGGCGAGCCAGCACCAAGUGUCACAUGGAUGCAUGGGCAACACACUAUUGUCACUUCUCAUCGUGUACAUGUGACAACAACACAAUACAAGUCUACAUUUGAAAUAUCCUCUGUAGAGUACUCUGAUGAAGGCAGCUACACAGUAGUGGUAGAAAAUUCAGAGGGAAGGCAAGAGGCAAAGUUUACCUUAAACAUCUCCAAGCCACCAACAAAAGAGGAGGCUGUUGCACCAUCCCCUCCAGUUAAAUCUCUUGAGCCAGCAGUGAAGUCACCUGAACUUUCAGUGAUGUCACCAACAACUUCUGUAGAAUCACCAGGACCUUCAGUGAAAUUUCGUACACCACCUGUGACAUCUCCAGAGCCAUCAGUUAAGUCUCCAGAGCCUUUGGUGAAAUCACCAGAAUCUACCGGAGUCAAGUCUCCUGAACCACAAAUUAAGUCACCCGAGGGUGUCAAAUCGCCACUACGAGUCAAGUCUCCUGAGCCUAGUACUGCUGCUCCAAGAGUUAAGUCACCUGUCCCUGCAAAGCCCUCAGAAGCAAUUACGUCCCCUCUUAGGAUUAAAUCUCCCACAGCCCUGAAGUCUCCUGAACCAGUAGCAUCUCCUCCAAGAGUGAAAUCGCCACCUCCAGUUAAGUCUCCAGAGCUAAGAACCUCACCACAGAGAGUUAAAUCUCCCACAGGCAUGAAGUCACCAGAGCCAAUCACCUCUCCUCAAAGAGUAAAAUCCCCACCAGCAGCCAAGUCUCCUGAGCCGAUCAUUUCACCAAAAAGGGUUAAAUCUCCACUCACUGUGAAAUCACCAACUCCUUCAAAGGAAGCACCCCCAAAGAUCCUCCAGCAACUUAAAGCUGAGGCCUCUGAAGACAAGGUGAAGAUGAUCUGUGUUGCUGAAUGCUCUGUAAGGGACGUUGUGUGGUACAAAGAUGGCAGGAGACUUAGUCACAGUAGCCAUUAUCAGAUCCAUACUUCUGCUGAUGGCACUUGCUGUCUCUAUAUAUCGGAUGUGUCUGAGAGGGAUCAGGGUGAAUAUUCCUGUGAAAUAAUCGCAGAGAGUGGAGCAGUCUCAAAAACAUCAUUCUCCUUCUUUGGUCAAGUGUUCCAGUCCAUCUACACAAAAAUAACAACAUUUGUGUCUGCACACAUGGCUGUUAAAGAAUCAGUGUCCUCAAAGGCCCAUGAGGGGGUUGAAAUGCUUAAGAAAGAGAGUGCCACUCUCAGCAAAAUGCAUGAGAGUUUCUCUUCAAAAUCCGUCCACAUGGAGAGCACAAUGCAAGAAACAUCGUUCAGCAGUUCCACCAUGGCUGAAAUGAAAUUUGAAACAAUGUCAAUGUCCAGCAUGUCCUCCAUGACUUCUGAAUCAGUGUAUGCUAUGAGCUCAAGCAGUAUGAUGUCAAGUCACUCACAUGCUGAGGGAUCCUCAAUAAGAGCCACUCUGCUCAGUGGUCAAGGUUCAGCACCAAAAAUUGAAGCCCUACCUGAAGACAUCAGCAUUGAACCUGGGAAGGUUUUGACCAUAGCAUGUGCAUUCUCUGGAGAGCCUUCUCCACACAUUGAGUGGUCUUGUGGUGGAAAAACUAUUUCAACUGCAGAAGAGAGUGGAAGAUUCCACAUUGAGACUACGGAGGACCUGACGACACUCAUAAUCACUAGUGUAAAAUCUAGUGACGCUGGGGUGUACACCCUCAAACUUUCCAAUGAGCAUGGGUCUGAUAUGGCAACUGUCACCAUUAGCAUUCGUUCACUAUAAAUCGAAUAAUGAUACUUUCUUCCCCCUUCUCGCAUUAUCUGCCUUUUUAUUUACUGAAUGAGAAAAAAAAGAUAUUUACUUGAUAAAUACCUGGAUAUCUGUUCCUGUAAAUAUGAAAUAUUUUUAUAUCAAACUUGACAUUAAUUUAUGCCGAACUAGACUAAAGUCUAAAGUUGUUAUAAAAUGUGCCAUUUUGGAUAAUUAUGACUAGGAUUUUUGGUCAAUUUUUUGUGACAUGUACAUAAUGUAUAUAGCCGAAUUUACCGGUUAUGGGAAAUGUAUGAAUUGUUAUUUAAGACGAUAUUAACUAAAACAAAUGGAACUAACUGUUUAUCAGGAGAAAGUUUCUCAUGGAACGAAUACCCUGUUAAACCUGGAACUAAACUUAGUGCCUCAACAAAAAGUUGAAGUCUUAAGAUUGCCUCAACAGGUAGAGAGGCUCCCUGUUGAAGUUUUACUAAAUUUACGAGACAAAGCUAUACAUUGUAUGUGUACAUGUGAUAUUUCUAUAAUCACAUGACUUUAUAACUUGACCAUAAGACCUUGAAUGCUGCGUGCAUUUACCCUCAUGUAAGCAGCAUGACUAGGUCUUGUGUUCAAACUGAUUAUGUCAUACCACCAUUUUAAAGACAUGCUCAAAGUGUGAGCGGCCUUCACUUCAUGAGCAAAAAUGUUUAAUGUGCUCUGUUUCUGGAAAGGGAUUGCUUGAAUGGACUUUCAAAAUGAACAUCUCCUGGCCAAUAAUAAAAGUCUAUCUUGUACUUCCUUGCAGAAGCAGAGCCUCCUCUUGGAGGAUUGCUUUGUUGCAUUGUGUGUGUGUACUAGUUUUAGAACUCAUCUUCACAGUUGCUGGGCAAACAAGCGUACCACAGGGACAACAUCUUCUGUGGAAAUAAAAAUCUUAAAACAGGAACUAUAUGCCCUAUAUUUUGGUUUGAUUUUAUGUAGAAUUGUAGUAUUACUAAUGAAUGCAACCUCCUUGAGCCUUAUAAUUGAUUCAAUAAAGCAUGUUUUCAGCACUAAAA